ACUAGCUAGGGACUGAAAAACGAGGAAAAAAGGAGCGAGCGAGAGAACUUUUUAGUCGAAGCAAAGGAGCGGCCAUCUUAGAUAGAACACGUAUCUUCUAUGCGAGCGUUCUCAUCUCUUGGCCCGACUUUUUCCUUGACCGACAGACUUUUUUCUUGAGGACGAGUAAGUUAGCUUCUGUUCUUAUUUUGUUUUGUUCUUGUCGUCUGACGUCUUGUCGCCUGACGUCUGAAGUCGUUUGUUCAACGUAUUGUUGGAUCUUCAGCCAACAUUUUCCAUUAUGGUGCGAAAAUGUCCCGGAAAAGCUGCCGUAAUCGGCACAACUAUGUAUGUGUCCACAGCAGAUUCUAGGCAGCGUGCGCCGAAUCCUGCAAGUAGAGACGAGGGGAAUGCUGACGAGGACACCAACGCUUUCCUCGAAGUCGAUAGAGAGUUUCUUGCUGAGGAAAACAGGUGAUUCUUUGCUAGAUGAUAAAAUCAGAAGAACUUAAUAUGUAAGAUGACAAUCAGAUUCAGAAGAACCCAGAUGACAUAAAAAAGCGUAUUUAUAUUAAGAACUCCCUGGGCCGGGGUGCCCCUAUUCCUCUCUAUCAUUGACUCCUAAUUUGUGAUACUCUUACUCAUUACUGUCUAUAUUAGGAUGCACGUGGGCAAAGCAAGUAAAAAUCCCGAUGCUGAGUCUCAGAGAGAAGCGGAGGCCGUGAAAGUGGACCCAAUUGUAGCGAUGCUCGACGAUUUAAUUGAAGAAUAUGACGCCAGACGAUAUUACUCAACUUGUCAACAUCAUGUCGAGUAGUAGCGUUUUGCUGUAGAAAUUCAGAGAUAUAAUUAAGAAAACUCAGAUUGUUGAUAUUCUUCCGGUUCCAAGAUACAACAACUCCCCUCUUCAAUGCUGUCUCGUUGUUGUUUACUUAGAUACAGAAUUUUAUUUAGUAGACGUCACAGAACAAUUCCUUGGAGCGAGGAAGUGCUUCUAGUGGGUGGAUUUACGGAUUCUUGAUUAAUAUAGAUUCUUGUUCCAAAUAAUGGGCUCUCAUGAUAAGAGGAAGAAUGCGUAUGGCCAGGAGCAUGGCGAAGCGAGAAUAUGGUUAAGGCCUGUGCUGUGUGCAAGCAUGUACUAGAAUAAAAGAACUCCUGAUAGUCUGGCAAUCUCAGUACUCUAGAGGAUAUUUUACAUCCACUUCCAAAGAAAUUCUUGCAACAGUUACAAACUCUUGCAUUUUUGACGCUCUCGCUGUUGCAUAUGAAAUAGUCCUUGCGUACUCUCGGUUCACUCGACUGUAACCCUAGAAGAUCGGACAGACUAGCCUCUAGGCUUGCGCAUAAGCGUGCUCCUUCUCCGGCAUGAACACUAUGAAUAGACAAUUAGUGCCCUCGCGCCUACUCGUGGUCUAGUGCUCCUGGGCACUUAGUAGCUGUUCUCUUAUAGUUCCAAUCGAAUGAUCUUCAAAGACCAAAACCUAAUGCCUAGAGGUGAUUUGGGAACGAAGGCAUUGUCGUGACGUAAUCUAUUUCACGAAUAAGCGAUGAGCUAAAGUCCAUUUCUUUGUCUUCUCAUCUUCGAGUGCAAGUUUGCCAAUGUUUGACGAUCAUCCGAGGGAGUGCUCCCCUUUUCUCUCUCGCGUCACCACAGCCCAUUUGCUGUCAGCGAGCGAUACGACUACCACACAACUGUUGCCAUACAACACAUAGUAGAGGAGUUGGAGCUCAGAAAUCAGUGCUAGAACAACUAUUACCGUCUGAAAAAGAGUGCAACUUUUUUGCAAGAGCAAUCCCUUCUAACCUGUAAGGCACUACUAUGGUCCGUCAAUGACAGACAGCAUACCGAUUCCGAAUGGGCUAUCCUGAAGCGCGACGUGGCGUAUCUCUUAAGGGCUGACACAACUGCUAUCGCCCUAAACUUUGUACUCCGAGAAUUCAACUUGGUACGUAAAAAGCUAGAGCCACCUGUCGCGUUUUUUUUCAACAAAAGUAGUAGGGGCUUCGUUCUUGUUCCCCUCUCGUGACCCGUGUGCAGUAAGCCCAUUAAGUGUAGAAAAAGAUAAAGAUACUAUCUUUAAGACAAUUGAAGUACUCAAGAAAUAUACGAAUUACUCACUUGGGGCUGGUUCUUCAAGGCAUGGGAUUUCUCUAGAAGGGGAGGCUGCUGCUCCUAGAGUCGAAGGCGUCCGCCCCUAGAGUUGGGGAAUUCUGCUCCUAGAAUCGGAAGCGCGUGCUCCUAGAAUGGGAAGCGCCUGCGCCUAGGAGAACCGCGCAAAGCUGGAAACCUUUGCAGCCCUUAGAACCAGGGAAGCCCCCCCCGUGCGUUCGCCUAGCUGGGUCGGCUAGCAGCGCCGGCCGCCGUGGAUUGAGCCCGCAACCAGCCUGCUAGGCGAGACAGACGCGGGCGCAGGCGCGUCGGUCUUUGGGGGUGAGGACGCGCGUCGCUGCGAGGAAGCCGCGCGCGCCACGUGUGGCGGGGGUGUGUCUGCGUGGUUUUAGCAGCUGAAGCGCCGCGCGCGGCGGCAUCUCGGUCAAAAGUUCCAGGGCCCACAAAGCCACACGCCGCCCCCGUGCUCCUUCGCUUUUUUGUUCUCUGAUGAGCUUCGCCCGCGUGUUGGAGUGUCCUUUUAUUCCGCUGGGAGCUGACAGCGGGGCAGCAUGGUUGGGCGUGUUGAUGCUUCUCGCCGUGUUGUGUGACUUUGUCUCCUUUUCGCCUCUUUCGCUUUUGUGUUGCGGCUCUGCUAGCUCUGGGCGCUCCAUUUUUGCCGCGUCUGUUGCCCGGUCGUCUUUCUGUCUUGAGUUUCGUUUCAUGUUUUGCAAGGUGCCUGCCACUGAUGUGGCCCUGGCUUUGGGCUUCGUCUUGUUUUAUGUGUCGCUGUCUUUGUGUUUUGUCUGUCGUUUCGUCUGCUUCUUUGCGUGUUUCUCCCCCUCGCUCUUGACAGGCGGCGCGCGCUUCGUUCUGUUUCGUGCUCGUGGCUUGCUUUGGUUGUUCGUUUUGUGUCAGCGUGGGCUGUUGCGUUGUGUGCUUCGUGUGUCUUGUCUUACAUCUCGCGGCUCUUCUGCUUCUUAUCUACCUAGCCGCCUCGCGUCUUGUGUUUCGUUUUGGCAUUGGCUUCGCCCUUGGUUGGUUGGGUUUGUUCUCUGUUUCUGGUUUGUAUUUCGUCAGGCUUUGCAUUUCGUUCCAGCUUUCUCCGCUGUGCGGUGUUGUAUCUUCCUCGGCUUUUUCACUCCUCUCCCCGUCUUGCGCAUUUUGCACCCCAGUCGCAUUCGCAACGGACACCGCCAGCUGGGCGCCUUGUUUAUUUCGCUGCGUUGUGUCGUGUUUGUCGUCCCUCUCUGUUAGCUUGUUCCCAACUUGUGCAGCAUGUUGCCCAGCUUCUCUUCCACUUCGUUCGACAUUUCUCGCCUGGGCAUCGUUGUGCUUGCUUGCUGGUGUGGUUCUCUGUUUGUUUUGUCGCUUUUUGUUUUGUGGUUUGUUUCUCGGUCGGCUUUUUUGGUUUCUUUUCUGUAAGUGCUGCGCCUUGCUCUGGUGUGGUUGGCCUCUCGGUCUGUCUGUCUUAGUCUCUUCCUUGGUGUGUUGUCCCCUUCUGCUCUCUUGCUCUGUGCAGUGUUUCGCCCCGGGUUCAUCCUUGGCACGCCGUUGGUUCCAUUGUCUUGGGGUCGUUUCGUUCCACUCUCUUCGUGCCUUGUUGCUUUUGCUUUGUGCCUCGUUUCUUUCGUUCUCCUCGUUCCUCUCGGGUCUCUCCCCGCUCUCAUCUUCGGCGGCUUGUUCUGCUCUUCCUUUGGGUCUCCCUUGUGUGUGUCUUUUUUGGCUCCUUUGGCGCUUGGUCUCUUUCCGCUUCUCAUCUGUGGCGUGCCAGUCUCUUCGCGCUUCUUUGCAUUUCGUUCGGCUCGCCUUCUUCGCCUUUACUCGUUUCGGCCUCUUACUUGGCGCGGUGUCUCUCUCGUUUCGUCUCUUGGGUUUUCGCUCUGUCUUGUGGUGUUUUUCUUUCGGGUUUCGUUCUGCUUUCUUCUUCUAUGUUUGCGCUCCGUUCUGUUUGCCUCCUGGCGUCUGUCUGCCGCGUCGUCUUGGUCUCUCUUCUGUCGUUGUCUCGCUCUCUUCGUCUUUGUUUUGUCUUGUUCUUUUUUUGCAUUUCGUUCCAAUUUCUUCGCACUUCGUUCCGCUUUCUUCGCAUUUCGUUCCACUUUCUUCGCAUUUCGCUCCACUUUCUCCGUGUUUCGUUCCAUUUUCUUCGCAUUUCGUUCCGUUUUCUUCGCAUUUCGUUCCACUUCCUUCGUGCCAGUUUUUCUGCAUUUCGUUCCACGGCACUCCCUUCGCUUUUUGCUCUGGUUUCUCGGCAUUCUGUUCCGCUUUUUUGCGCUCCUCCGUUCCAUUUCUUUGCUUCGCAUUUCGUUCCACUCCUUUCCCGUUUCGUUGCACUUCUUUCCGCUUCGCACUUCGUUGGUUCCGCUCCUCUCGUGUUUCGUCCCACUUUCUUCGUGGUUCGUUCCAGUUUCUCCUUGCGUGUUUCGUUCCACUUCUUUCGCAUUUCGUUCCACUUUCUUCGGCUUUUGUUCUGCUUCCUUCUUUUUUCGUCGCGUGCGUUUUCUCUGCAUUUCGUUCCGCUCUCUUCGCGCCUUGUCUUACUGAGCGGCGUUAUGCAAAAGACUGAACGUUGAUCCGUUUAGCAGUUGCACUGCUCAGAAGGUUGGGCGACUGCUGAAAAGAUUCGACAACCGCCAAAGGGAUUCCUUGAACUGAUUUGGGUUUCCUAGAUUAGCGGAUAAGCCAACGGAGAAACUAACGGACUAACGGGUAGCGGAAAACCGACGGAAAAACCAACGGAAGCGGCCUCCUUGUGAUCUUUUUAGCAGCCCUGACUUCUCUCUCAGCGGUCCACGCUGCUCUUUUCAGCAGUCCUAACUGAUCUCUUUGGCAGUCGCGGCUGCUCUUUUUAGCUGUCGCGGCUGCUCUUUUUAGCAGUCGCGGCAGCUCUUUUUAGCAGUCCCCAGGCGCCAUGGAUCUUCUCAGCAGUCCCAGGGCCCCGCGAAUCUUUUUCACCAUGCGGCGCACCUUUUCAGAAAUUUCCCAGCGCCUCUUUUUGCCAGUUGGCCCGCUAGCUGUAUGGCAGGACACCUAUACAAAGCAAGCAACCCCCACCACAACGCGGCACCCUUUGGCUCGCUUUGCAUUUGCGCCGGUGUGCAUUAUAAGCGGCUGCGCACCUACUUGGAAGCCACGCUGCCGGCGGCGUCGCUAAGAAAUAGAAAGCCGCGCAAAAUUAUAAUUGCCAGACACGACAGACGCGCCCACAUGACUCGCCAGGCGCGGCCAUACACGCAAGACACGCGCCGCAUUACCCACAAAAGCGAAGACAUGAGAGGCAACGGCAAACACAUAGGACACCCAUAGCCCUCCCAGCACACCCGCAGGACACUAAUGGAAAGAAAAAGACGCGACAGACUCGCACUCGAAAGACACCGCCUGCACCCUCUCGACAGACAGGGCAUGCACUCCCUCACAAGACGCGCCCCCCACUCCCUCACCAGACGCGACAGGCUCGCACUCGCAACACGCGGGCCACACUCACACGACACGACUGACACGCGCAAGACAAGGCCCACACUCACAACCACGAGACGCAACCCGCACCCACACGACGCGACUGCUCGCGCCCACAAGACGCGGCGCACACAACUCACAGGACACAGCUGGCCCACACUUGCUAGACACGGCUCGAACCUGCAAGAGGAGACGCGACCCGCCAACGCGGUGCGCGACUCACACGACGCGACCCACAGGACACCGCUCGCACCCACAAGACGCGGCCCGAACCCACAAGACGCGGCCCGCACUCGCAAGACGCGGCUCGCACUCACUCACAAGACUGACGCACACGCAACCCGCAGCCGCACUCGCAAGACGCGGCCCACACUCACAAGGCGCGGCCUGCACUCGCAAGAUGCAGAGAGGCCGCACUCAUGAGACGCGGCUCACACUCACAAGACACCGCACACACUCACAAGACACGCACACGGCCCGCACCCGCAAGACAUGACUCACAAGGGAAGGGGUGACUCCCUCACCACGCUCACAAGCCACAGCCACAAGAUAGACACACGCGGCCCGCACCGAGUCACAAGACGCGAGCGCGACAGGCUCGCUCUCACAUGAUACGGCUCGCAAGACGUGGCCCGCACUCGCAAGACGCGACGAACACGCGCACGACACUGCCCACAAGAAGAGAAGACGCGACGCGACGCGCCACGACUCGCGCGCACUCACUCACAGGACGCGACUCACAAGACGCGGCCGGCAGCCACAAGGCGCGGCCCAUACUCGCAGCCCGCAGCUCGCACUCACAAGCCGCGCGUGACUCGCGGAACGCGACUCGCAAGACACGACCCGCAUGACGCGACUCGCAUGACAUGACCCAUGACAAGACGCGACCCGCAAGGUGUGACCCACAAGACGCGAACCACAUUCGCAAGACGCGGCCCACACUCGCAGGACGUGAAUCGCACUCGCAUGACGCGACUCACAGUCGCAGCCAGAGAGCAGCCCGCGCUCGCAGGACGCGGCCCCCGCUCGCACUCGCAGGACGCAAAUCGCACUCGCAAGGCUCGGCUCGCACUCACAUGAGGCGACUCGCACGACGCGACUCGCGCGACGUCGCGACUCGCGUGACGUCGUGACUUGCGCGACGUCGCGACUCGCACGGCGCCGCGACUCACACGACGUCGCGACCCGCACGACGCUCGCGACUCGCACGACGCGACUCGCACGACGCGGCCCGCACUCGCAAGACGCGGCGCGCACUCGCACUCGCACUUGCAAGACACGACCCGCACUCGCGCUUGCGCUCGCACUCGCAAGACCCGCACCCGCACGCGCACGCGCGCCCGCACGACGCGGCUCGCACUCGCAAGACGCGGAUCGCACUCACAAGACGCACGUGGCCCGCACUCGCAAGACGCACGUGGCCCGCACUCGCAAGAUCGACGCGGCCCACACUCGCAAGUCGCGGCGCACACUCGCAAGACGUGACCCACUCACAUUGUCAGAAUGUGACUCGUUUUCGCACUCGCAAGACGCGGCCCACACUCGCAAGAUGUGACCCACAGGGCGCGCCUUGCACGACGCGACUCGCAGGGGAGGGCGCUCCUCGCGCUCGCAGGACGCGGCUCAAACUCGCUUCGCAAGACGUGACUCGUUCGCGCCCACUACAAGACGCGACUCUCUCACACUCGCAAGACGCACGCGACGCGCACUCGCAAGGCGCGACUCGCAGGACGCGGCUCACACUCACAGGGCACGACUGGACUCACUUGCAGGACGCGAGUGGGCUCACUCGCAAGAUAUGACGGGGCUCACACUCGCAAGACACGGCCCGCACUUGCAAGACACAGACAGCCCGUACUCACACGACGUGACUCACACUCGCAAGACGCGGCCCAAACUCUCUCACAAGACACGGCCGGCACCCGCACCGCAGGACGCAGCUCACACCCGCAAGACGCGGCUCCUGCUCGCAAGACUGACGUGGCCCCCACUCGCAAGACCGACGCGGCUCACACUCGCAAGACUGACGCGGCCCGCGCUCACAAGACGCGGCGCGCACUCGCAAGACGCGGCUCACACUCACACGACGCGACGCACACGACGGGGACCACACGACGCGACUCGCGCGACGCAACUCACGCGACGCGACUCACACGACGCGACCCGCACGACGUGACUCGCAUGACGUGACUCGCAUGACGCGACUCGCACGACGCGACCCGCACGACGUGACUCACACGACGCGACUCAAAAGAUUGAGUGACUGCGGAAAAGAUUCGACAACUGCGGAAGGGAUUCUUUGAACUGCUUAAAGGAUUCGGGUCGCUUAACGGAUAAACCACCGGCGACACUAACGGACUAACGGAUAGCGGAAAACCGACGGAAAAACUAACGGAGGCGGCCUCCGUGUGAUCUUUUUAGCAGCCCAGCCUGCUCUUUCAGGGGUCUGCGCUGCUCUUACUUUUGUUUUCAGCAGUCUCCCGGCGCCAUGGAGAUGGGUCUUCUCAUCAGUCCCAGGGCCCCGCGGAUCUUUUUCACCAUGCGGGGCACGCACAUUUUCAGCAGUUUCCCCGUGCCUUUUUUUGCCAGUCUUCCCUCCCCAUUUGGCCUGCAAGCUGUAUGGCAAGACACCUAUACAAAGCAAGCAACCCCCACCACAACGCGGCACCUUUUGGCUCGCUUUGCAUUUGCGCCGAUGCGCAUUAUGAGCGGCUGCGCACCUACUUGGAAGCCACCCUGUCGGCGGCGUCGCUAAGAAAUAGAAAGCCGCGCAAGAUUAUAAUUGCCAGACAUGACAGACGCGCCCACAUGACUCGCCAGGCGCGGCCAUACACGCAAGACACGCGCCACAUUACCCACAACAGCGAAGACAUGCGAGGCAACGGCAAACGCAUAAGACACCCAUAGCCCUCCCAGCACACCCGCAGGACACUAAUCUAAAGAAAAAGGCGCGACAGACUCGCACUCGAGAGACACAGUCUGCACCCUCUCGACAGGCAAGGCCUGCACCCCCUCACAGGACGCGCCUCCCACUCCCUCACCAGACGCGACAGGCUCGCACUCGCAAGACGCGGGCCACACUCACAAGACACGACUGACACGCGCAAGACACGGCCCACACUCACAACCACGAGACGCAACCCACACCCACACGACGCGACUGCCCGCGCCCACAAGACGCGGCGCACACAACUCACAGGACACAGCUGGCCCACACUUGCGAGACACGGCUCGAACCCGCAAGAGAAGACGCGACCCGCCAACGCGGUGCGUGACUCACUCUCACACGACGUGACCCACAGGACACCGCUCGCACCCACAAGACGCGGCCCGGACCCACAAGACGCGGCCCGCACUCGCAAGACGCGGCUCACACUCACAAGACUGACGCACACGCAACCCGCAGCCGCACUCGCAAGACGCGGCCCACACUCAAAAGGCGUGGCCUGCACUCGCAAGAUGCAGAGAGGCCGCACUCAUGGGACGCGGCUCAGACUCACAAUACAUUACACGGCACACACUCACAAGACAUGCACACGGCCCGCACUCGCAAGACAUGACCCACAUGGGGCGACUCCCUCACCACGCUCACAAGUCACAGCCACAAGAUAGACACACGCGGCCCGCACUCAGCCACAAGACGUGAGCGCGACAGGCUCGCUCUCACAUGAUACGGCUCGCAAGACGCGGCCUGCACUCGCAAGACGUGACCAACACGCGCACGACACUGCCCACAAGAGAAGACGCGACCCGCACGGCGCGACUGACUCGCACGCACUCACAAGACGCGACUCACAAGACGCGGCCCGCACUCACAAGCCGCGGCCCAUACUCGCAGCUUGCAGCUCGCACCCACGAGCCGCGGGCGACUCGCAGGACGCGAAUCGCAAGACACGACCGGACCCGCAGGACGUGACUCGCAUGACGUGACUCACGACAAGACGCGACCUGCAAGGCGCGACCCACAAGACGCGGCCUGCACUCGCUCGCAGGGAGGAAGGACACGACCUGCAGGCGGACGCGGCUCGCAGGUCUCGACUGACUCACACUCGCAAGACGUGACACACUCACACUCGCAGGGCGCGACUCACUCUCACACCCGCACGACGCGCCCCGCACUCACUUCACACGACGCCCCUCACACCUGCACGGCGCGACCUGCACUGACUCGCAAGACGCGGCCCACACUCGCAAGACGUGGACCGCACUCGCAUGACGUGACUCACAGUCGCAGCCAGAGAGCCGCUCGCGCUCGCAGGACGCGGCCCCCGCUCGCACUCGCAAGACGCAAAUCGCAUCCGCAACCGCAAGGCCCGGCUCGCACUCACAUGAGGCGACUCGCACGACGCGACUCGCAUGACGUGACUCGUGCGACGCGAUUCGCAUGACGCGACUCGCACGACGUGACUCGCACGACGUGACUCGCACGACGCGACUCGCACGACGUGACUCGCACGACGUGACUCGCAUGACGCGACUCGCACGACGCGACCCGCACGGCGCGACCCGCAUGACGCGACUCGCACGACGCGACUCGCACGACGCGACUCGCGCGACGCGACUCGCACGACGCGACUCGCACGACGCGACGGACCUGCACGACGCGACUCGCACGACGCGACUCGCACGACGCGACUCGCACGACGCGACUCGCACGACGCGACUCGCACGACGCGACUCGCACGACGCGACUCGCAUGACGUGAGUCGCGCGGCGUGACUUGCACGACGCGACUUGCACGGCGCCGCGACUCGCACGACGCGACUCGCACGACGCGACUCGCACGACGCGACUCGCGCGACGCGACUCGCGCGACGUGACUCGCACGACGCGACUCGCAAGGCGCUCCGCGCACUCGCAAGACGCAGCCAACACUCGCAAGACGCGACUCGCUCGCACCCAGACCCACUACAAGGCGUUGCCGCUCUCUCACACUCGCAAGACGCACGCGACGCGCACUCGCACGGCGUGACUCGCAGGACGCGACUCGCACUCGACUGGGCUCACUUGCAAGACGCGGCUGGGCUCACUCGCAAGAUGGACACGACGGGGCCCACACUCGCAAGACGUGACUCACACCACUCGCAAGGCUAACGCGGCUCACACUCGCAGGACGUGCCUCGCACUCGCAGGACACAGCUCGCACCUGAAAAACGCGGCGCGCACUCACGGGACGCGGCUCCCACUCGCAAGACGAUGCUCGCGCUCGCGCUCGCAAGACGUUGCCCACACUCGCAGGACGCCACGAGACGCGCAAGGCGCCCCACAAUCACACACACAGCAAACAACUCGCGCCCACUUCGGCACGCCUUGGCCUCCUUGGCGGCCCCUUCUUUGCCCGAGACUGACGGGUGGCGGCCUCGUAUGGGCGUCUUUUCUGGCCUUCCUUUCUUUGCUGCUUCCAGGCUUGUAACUGCUCGAAGGUUUUUAACUGCCUGGGGGUUGUGCGCUCAUGUCUUUGCAUAUGAACGGGGUGAAAAGUGGAACGAAACACAAGGAAAGUCGAACGAAAUUGGAAGAGAGCCGAACGAAAUACGAAGAGAGUCGGGCAACGAAAUGCGAAGGGAAUGGGAAGAGAGUCGAACAAGGUGGAGAGAGUCGAACAAGCCAAGGCGAAUAGAGUCGAACAAGGUGAAGAGAGUGGAACGAAAUGCGAAAAGGCUAGAAAGUGGAGCGAAAUGUGAAGAGGGUGAAACGGUGAAGGGGGUCGGCUCGAUAAGGUGAAGAGAGUCGAAGAGGGUGAAGAGAGUCGAACAAGGUGAAGAGAGUGGAGCGAAGUGCGAAAAUGCUAGGGACAAAGUGGGGUGAACUGUGAAGAAAAUGAAACGAAAGGCGAAGAAAGUGGGGAGAAAUCUGGCGGAGGGAAGUGGGACGAAGUACGAAGAUAGAAACUGGAACGAAAUGCGAAAGAAAUGGGGCGAAGUGUGAAGGAGGUGGGACGAAUCAGGGAGAAGGUGGAGCGAAUGGAACGCGGAGAAAGAGGGACGAAGCCCAAAAACAGCGGGACAAAACCAACGCCAAGAGGCUCGAGAAGGACAGGGCGAAAGUUGAGCGGAACGCCACAGACGUGGAACAAGAUGCCAAGAGGAAGAAAGUGGAACGAAAUGCGUGGGGAAGUGGAAGAAAGACGAGGGCAAGGAGGUGAAACAGGUGGAAGACAGAGCGGACAAGCGCCAGGGGACUGGGGUGAAAUUAAUACAAGCACAGAGGGGAAAAGUUGGGCGAAAUCUGACAGAGGUCGGCGGAACGAGGCGCCACGGAAGUGCAGCAAAACGCCAAGGAGGUGGGGAGCAAUGCUGAGGGGGUGGGGCGAUGCCGGCUGGGGGAAGCUGAGUGACAGAGCAGACGCCAGCGGGAGAGGCGGGGCGAACCCGAAGCACAGGAGAGCGGGGUGGGGGUGAUACAUACACAGGGAGAAAGUGGAACGAAGUGCCAAGAGUGUGGAGCAAGAUGCGGGGGAUGAGGCGGAAGGAAGUGCCAAGAAAGGGGGGCGAAACAUGAAGCGGCUGAAGAGAACGAAACCCAAAGGAAGCAAAGGGGGCGGGGUGUGGAGUAUAAAAAAAAAGACGCAAGGACAAAACCCCAAGGAAGUGGAAGGAAAUGCCAAAGAAGUGGGAGGAAAUGCGAAAGAAGGGGAACGAAAUGGACAGGAGGCGGAACGGGACACCAGGAAGAAGUUAGAAGCACCGAAAGCCCAAAGGAGUGGGGUGGAGGAAUCACCAGCCAGGGGAGCGGGGUGAAACACCAAACGAAUACGAAAGGAAAAGGGGCACAGAAUUGGCAAGCGGGGCGGGGGAAUGAGCUGAGCAGGAAGGGAAGCGUGAGGGCAUACCUGACACAAACCAAAGCGGGGGCAACGUGGGGCCCCAGGGUGGGGCGUAGAGCUUCGCAGAUGCGUGCACAUGAUGAAGGCGGGCACAAAAGAAGCGAAGCCCAUGCGAGGCACCCCAGAAAGGAAGCUCACUCGGCUAGCGGCGUCACGUAAAGGGUCAGGGUGCAGAACGUGAAGAGCGGGCGGGGGAGUGGAACAGAAUGCAACACCACGCAGCGACGAGGCGGAAGGGGGUGCGAAGCUCAGCAGAAUGCGAAACAGGCAGAGAAACCCACAACCAAAGCGAGGAGACACCACCAAGCAACCGAAGACGAGGCCAGGGGGAAGCCUGUGAGCAAGCUGAGACAUGGCAAGGGACUGGGGAAGUGGAGCGAGAUUCAAAAACAAAACAGAAAGGGGCGCGCGGUGUGAUAGUUCAAACACAGGACGGAGCAAGCCGCGGAACGCCAUGGGGCGUGUGCUGCUUGUACAGUUAUGACAGGCAUGCGCUGAAGCACCAAGGGGCGGGCGUUGUAGAUGACACAACAGAACCAGCGACCACGAAACAAACAAACGGCGGAGAGAAGCCGCGCAAGGCGCCGGGCAUGUCGGUGGGAAGCACCUCGCACAGACUGGAAGUGGCUGAGAAGAACAACGGAGGCAGAAUAUGAAAGGAAACGAAGCGAGUUAAAGAACGAAACAGACACAACACAGGACGGGGAACAAGCUGACCUGGCAAAAGCGCAACACCUUGGGGAGAGCUGCUGCAAAAGGCGAAAGAGCUGAAGGGGAGACCGACGGGGCGCGGCGCCGCGUAGUCUCGUGUGAGGCAUUCGCGAAGCCAUCCAGGGGCCUCCGCUGUGGGCUCUCAGACUGUGGAGGAGCAGGCGAGCAGCGCCACGGCUUCGCGAUUCAUAGCGGUAAGAAAAGAGGAACGCACCAGGGGCGGCGGCGUGUCUCUCACUGGGUCGCGUAGCUUUGGCUGGGCGGGCGGGUCAUGUGUGGCGUCUUAGGCGGUAAAGCCACGCAAGCACGCCCCCGCACAUGUGGCACGCGGGGCUUCGUCCCUCCCGGCAGCGAGGAUCGACGCGCGCCACGACGCCCCCACGGCCGCCUUAUCUGUGCUGGCGUCUCGCCUAGCAGGCACAGGCUAGCGGCGGGGUUACUGAGUAGCCGCUGCUUGCUGACGUAGGUGAAGGCAUUAGGAGGCUUCGCGGGGUGGCUGACGGGCUGCAGAAGUUCUUGUCUGUCGGUCUUCUAGGAGCGCGCGCGCUUGAUUCUAGGAGCGGAAGUGGAGUCUCUGACUCUAGGGGCAGGCGCCUCUGGUUCUCGGGCUAGGGGUUUCCAACUCUAGGAAAACAGGACCGGUCCCAGGUAGGUCGCUUGUGUAUUCUCUUGGCUGAGUCCAUAAGAUAGCUUUUUCUUGUUUCUUACGAACUCCGCGAAAAGUUGAUAAAUAUAAUGCGCCAGCUUAUGCCAACUACAUCGGCGACGGACUAAGCUGGAGCUUGCCGCGGCCCCUACCUUUAGCUGCUUCUUUUGCCCAUCAAUAUGAAAAGCCCAGGAAGUCAACGCAUUUGAUUCAGCGUCAACAUAUUAGAGAUAGAGUGGCUACUCUCAUGACCAAGAAGGGCGCUCGUCUCAACAUCACUAAGUAAGGAUCCCACUACUAGACUUGAGCGCCUGGCGGUAGCGCUCCCCCUACUAGGAUCAUCCACCCCCGGCACGCGCUCCCUCAACUCCGGCGUGGCUCUGCUCUCCCGGCUCUUGCCCCGCCCGCCAACCGUCUGGCGGGGUUGAUCGUUUGGGCACGAGCUGGGCGGGGGGACGGCGUGUGGCCAUCGAUUAAAGAGGCACGGACCGAACCCGAAGUCGCUGGCUUGUCGGUGUGCUUUUCUUUUGGUAGGUUUAGCCUUCUUCGCGUGCAAGUUGGUUGCGGCGCUCGGCUUUGCAACUUGUCGGGGCUCCUCGUCUUGUGAUACAGUCAAAGACUUUGGGAGGGAAUUUCUCAAGCUUGCUUCGCCUUUAUUGGAUAUAGUGUAGUCAAAGACUUUGGCUCUCCUGUCUCAAGAUUGAAGCCUUGAGACAUUGAGGCGCGGCCUUUAGUCUUAAGCGCUCAGCCUUGGGUUUUUAGCCUGGGGCCUUCGGCUUUGCGCUGGGUUUUGAGCUUUGUUUCAGCUUUGUCUGAGCUGUCUGUCUCUGUCUUUGGUUUUCAAGUUUCAACUUUGGGCUUUGGGCCCCGGGCUUUCAGCUUUGGGCUUUCGGCUUUGAGCUUUGUUUCGCCUCGGGGCUUUUGGUUUUGAGCUUUCAGCUUCGGGCCUUCAGCUUUGGCCGUUCAGCUUUGGGCCUUCGGCUUUGGGUCUGCAGCUUUGGGUCUGCAGCUUUGGGCCGUCAGGUGUGGGCUUUCAGCUUGAAGCUUCAAGGCUCAAAGCUAGCCAGUUCUUGGGCUUUUUUUCAAUUUUUUGGCUUCAGAUCCAUCGUAAAAGUUUUGGCUUUAUCGUGUAGGCUUUGAACUCACUGCCCAUCUGCGUGAAGACAGGGCUACGCUAGUCGACUCCCAGGCCUUUUUUCAAUUUUUUGCGUUCAAAUUGUGUAGUUGUUGAAUUUAUCGCGUAGGUUAGGUUUUAACUGCCGGGCCCAUCUGCGUGAGGUCAGGUCUAGCGAACCAACCCCCAAGCCCCGCAGGCUCAUGGGCUUGCAAGUUCAUACGUUCCUUCAGUGGUGGCGCUGAUAAUGAUGACGGCGGUGAUGAUGAUGAUGGUGGCGGUGGGGGUGAUGGUGAUUGGGAUGGUGGUGGUGGUGGUGGUGGGGCGCAUAAGUCUGCCCUGAAGCUGUAAGGUCAGGCUGUUUGACUGUUGAGAAGAUGCCCACUCUGAGGAUACAACGAGAAGGAAGCGAGAGGGGCUUCGCUUCCUCUGCUAUUCAACAACUGGAGAGGUCUGAAGCGUCGCGGGACCUAAGUGAGCCCCGACCUCAUAUAUAAAGAAUGAAAAGAAGGAGGCUGCCAAGACUUGGCUGCGGCAAACGUCGAAGCUAAAGCCGAGGAUGGUCACUGGGGUUCUAUCGCGUUGCGUCUGGAAUACGCAGAGAGAAAACGCAGAAAGCCACAACGGCAGCCAAGGGGGUUAGCUCGGAAAGGGCACAGACAACACUAAGAGAAAAAAAGAACACAGACAACACUAAGAGAAGAAAAGGAGGAGGCUGCUCAGCCCCCACUCCUCUCCGCGUGUGUUGUGAUGCACGAGGUUAGGCGCGACAAGUAUAUCAAUGGCAUGGGAAGAGCUCAAGCCCAAGGCAGCGCCAAGCCAGAGGCUGCGCUGAAGCCGCGUCCUUGGCCCAGUUCUUCAGUGCCCACUUCGGUUCGGUAGAAGAAGUUGAAGAACAGCGCGCGCACAUGUGAUGUGUGACGUGUUGCGACGGGGCUGAGGCUGAGAGGGUGUAGCGUUUUCGUCUUGCCUUCUGCUCGGCCCCCACUCCUCUCCGCGUGUGUUGCGAUGCACAUACACGGGGCCGCUUUGGUCAAAUCAAUGAGACCAAGCCCAGGGCAGCGCCAGACCAGAGGCGGCGUGGGGGCCGAGUUCUGGGCAGGAUCGACAUGCAAGGCGAGGCCUACAAUGGGCCCGGCUCUUCAGCGCCCUCUUCGGUUUCGGUAGGAGUUGAAGAACAACGCGCGCACAUGUGACAAGGCUGAGAAGGUCCGGCGUUCUUGUCGUGCUUGCUGCUCAGCCCCCACCCCUCUCCGCGUGUGUUGUGAUGAACGGGGCCAGGCAAGUCAAACCAAUGAGAUCAAGCCCAGGGCAGCGCCAGACUGGGGGCGGCGCUGCAGCCGAAUCCUGGGCAGUAUAUACAAGGCCCAGAAUGGGCCCGGUUCUUCAGCGCCCACGUGCUUGCGUGUGUUGUGGUGCACGGGGCAAAUCGAUAUCAAUGAGAUCAAGCCCAGGGCAGCGCCAGGCCAGAGGCUGCGCAGAAGCCGAAUCCUGGGCAGUAUGCGCAAGGCUUGCAAUAGGCCUGGCCCUUCAGCGUCCACAAGCUUGCGCUGAAGUUGAAGAACAGGCCGGAGGUUGGGCGAGCUGAGAGGGGGCGAGAAGUGAACACUCACAACACCAACAAGAACAAGGGCCACGCCAGCGCUUUGGCUCUCGUGUGUUCUGCUCAGGUCAGUGCUCAGCCCCCGCUCCUGCUCCUCUCCGCGUGUGAUGUGAAGCGAUGCACGCGGUAGGCGUCAAUGGGAUCAAGCCUAGGGCAGCGCCAGCCCAGACCUGGCCAGAGGCCGCGCCGCGGCUGAGCUCUGGACAGUAUCGGCUUGGUUCUUCAGCGCCCACUUGCGUUGAAGUUGAAAGACUGACAAGCCUGGAGGCCUUGCCAGCGCAAGACAGUGGGGAGCGAAAUCGCGCACCCCCCAGCCGCGCCCGGCCGGCCCAGAGGCCUUGCCAGCGCGAGCGCGAGGGUGGAGAGUGAAAUCGCGCGCCCCCCACUGCCGCCGCCCGGCCAGCCCGGAAGCCCUGCCAGCGCGAGAGGGUGGAGCAAGCUCCGGACCAUCUUCCGACGACAUUCAGGCACUCGGGUGGUCAGCCCGAACCGUUUCACACCAACCCCAACCGCCUCGCAUAAGAGUCCAGGACUUUCCACAUAAGGACAGCAAGGCGAGAACGACUGCAGGCACUUGGGUGUUCACUACCUAGCUCGCGCGUAGUUUCUCACCCAACACAGGACACGGAGGAAGCCGACGACACUGAGGAGCAGAAGACACCAAAACAGAAGACACGGAGAAGGCGGACAACACUGAGGAGCAGAAGACACCAAAACACAGGACACGGAGAAGGCUGACGACACUGACGAGCAGAAGACACCAAAACAGAAGACACGGAGAAGGCUGACGACACUGAGGAGCAGAAGACACCAAAACCGAGGACACGGAGAAGGCUGACGACACUGAGGAGCAGAAGACACCAAAACCGGGGACACGGAGAAGGCUGACGACACUGGGGAGCAGAAGACCCCAAAACAGGAGACACGGAGAAGGCUGACGACAUGGAGGAGCAGAAGACACCAAAACAGAAGACAGCACACACGAGCCGAAGGGGGUGGCGCCCUCAGUGCCACACGAGCCGAAGGGGGUAGCGCCCUCAGUGCUGCCACACGAACCGAAGGGGGUAGCGCCCUCCGCGUCCUCAGCGCCCUGAGCGCCCUCAGCGUUCUCAGCGUCCUCAGCGUCGUCCAGAUUCCUCCAGAUUCGCAGACCGACCUUACGAGUUGUGCGCCCCUCGCCUGGUGGUGGUGAAGAUGAGGAGUUGUGCGCUCCUCGCCUGGUGGUGGUGAGGAUGAGGGAUGAAGGGAUGAAGGGAUGAAGGGAUGAAGGGACGAAGGGACGAAGGGACGAAGGGACGAAGGGACGAAGGGACGAAGGGACGAAGGGACGAAGGGACGAAGGGACGAAGGGAUGAAGGGCUGCAGGGCUGCAGGGCUGCAGGGCUGGAGGGCUGAAGGGCUGAAGGGACGAAGGGACGAAGGGACGAGGGGGAUGAGGAGGGGGAGGAUGAUGGGGCCGGGAUCGGGACGGGGGUGGGGAUGGUGGAAGGCUUCGAAGGUUUGGAAAGCUCGGAAAGGCCGGAAAGCUUGGAAAAGAGCAUCCCUGGAAAGGUUGGAAAUUUUAGGAAGCUUGGGAAAGUUGUGAAAGCUGUGAAAGAAGUUGCGAAGGUUGCGAAAGCUUGGAAGGCUUCCAAAGUUGGGAAGGCCGAGAGAGUUUGGAAAGCUCGGAAAGCUUCGAGAGCAUGGAAGGCUUGGAAAGUUCGGAAAGCUUGGAAGGCUGGGAAAGUUUCGAAAGCUCAGAAGUACAGGAGUCAGAAGUGGAAGGGCUUGGGGCUCGGAAGUGGAAGCUUGAGAGUCGGGGGGGCCGUCGUUGUUUUUUAAUUUCGCUCUUUAGAAGUAGACUUGGGCGCCCGUUAGCACUCCUCCCACUGACUAAGAUCAUCCACCACCUGCACGCACUUCCUCAGCCCCGGCAUGGUUCGGCUUCCCUGACUCUUGCCCCGCCGCCAACCAUCUGGCGGCGCUGAUCGUUGGAGUAAGAGUGGGGCGGGGCACGGCGUGCGGCCAUUGAUUAAAAAGGCAUGGGCUGAAGCCGCUGGCUUGUCGGUGUGCUCUUCUUUUGGUCGGUUUGGCCUUCUUUGCGUGCAACAACCAAGCUGCAGCGCUCGAGUUUGCAACUUGUGUCGUCGGGCUUCCUCGUCUCGUGAUAGAUACAGCCAAAGACUUUGGAUGGGAAUUUUUCGGGCUUCGUUUCUCUUGGAUAAUGUUACGCAUGAAGACCAAGGCCCAGCCAGGUCGCUUUGUGCUCCGCAUUCCUUGAGUUAAGUCGUUUGGUCCGUCUUUCUUGGUCUGUUGGUUGAUGGUUCUCUUCGUCUUUCUCCUUCUGAAUUUUCUCGCUGAAUGAUGUGAAUCCCAUCAGGCUCAAGGCUCUGAGUCUUCUGAUGAUGGUCGCAGCGGCUGGGAUCCGUAUUUUAAUGGGGAUCCCCUUAAGAUGGUGGCGCACUAUGAUUAUGGAUGGCCAUCCAGUACAGUACCGCCGUAACUUAAGGCGACGAACAAGAACAAGACGCGCGCUAUUUAGGUUGCGGGUGUUACUCGGUAACACCACCACCACAACAACAGGGACAAGCCUGCCAGGGGCAUAAUUUCUGGAAGGUGUCGGCUUUCUACGCAGAAAGCUGGGAGCUUUGGGCGUCCAGGCUCAUGCUUGAAACUUUCAGACACUGAGGCGCGGCCUUUAAUCUUAGGCGCCCGGCCUUGGGCUUUUGCCUUGGGGCUUUCCGCUUCGCGCUUUCGGUUUUCUUUGGGCUUCUAGCUUUAAAAUUUCAGGCUUUGGGGUUUGGGUUUUGCGCUUUCAGUUUUGGGCUUUGGGUUUUCCUUUUCGGCUUUGAGCUUUCAGCCCUGGGCCUUUAUCCUUGGGCCUUCGACUUUGGGUCCUCAGCUUUGGGCUUUCAGCUGUGGGCUUUCAGCUUGACACUUUAAGGCCCCAGGCCAACCAGUUCCCGGACUCUUUUUCAAUUUUUUGAGGACAAGCCGGAAGAAUUUUGAUUAUUUCUCUAUACCGUGUAGACUUUAAAUCUCGCGCCCAUCUGCGCGGGGUCAGGGUCACCUCAUUCCCAGGCCUUUCCUCAGUUUUUUGAGGUGAUUCGAAGGAGCUGGGAAAGCUUUGGCUUUGUCGUGUAGGUUUUAACUUUCGCGGCCAUCUGCGUAGGCUCAGGGCUAACCAGUUCCCAAGCCUCGCAAAUUCGGAAUCCCUUUGCUAAGUUCCUAAGGCUGUAAGAACUAAGCGGUGGCGGUGAUGAUGAUGGGAGCCCACCGACCGGGCGGGGCGGGAUGCGUAAGUCCGUAGUCAUGUCGUAAGUUCAUAGUCGCAAGCCCUUAAGUUCAUAACUUCGGAAAGCUGGGGAAUUUGGGAAAGUUUGGAACGUGCGGAAAUUUCGAAAAGGUUGGAACUUUUGGAAAAUUCGGAAAGCUGGGAAAGCUCGGAGAGGUUGGAAAGCUCGGAAAGCUCGCCACGCUUGGAAAGUUCGGGAGUUUUGGAGAGCUUGGAAAGCUCGGAAAGUUGGGAAAAUUGGGAAAGCUCGGAAAUUUUGGAAAGUUGGGGAGGCUGGGAAAGCUGGGAGAGUUUGGGAAGCUUGGAAGGCUUGGAAACUGUGGAAGGCUUGGAAAGUUCGGAAGUUCAUGACUCGGAAGAGCACCCCUGGCGCCAUUCGGCCUGCCUGUGAGUCUACAACUAGAGGCGGCUUAAAAAUAAGGGCGCGGCUACGUAUUAGGGGGUGAGUAUGUAAGUUUUCACCUGGCGACUGGAGCAGGCUCCUCGGCUUGUGCUGUUCGAGAUUAUUUACCUACGUGCCUUCGGUCGUGUCGGUCUUUUUCGGUUGCUGCUUUGUGUUUGUGAAGUGCUGAAGGCCUUGGGAGUAAGUACGAAGCCGCGGGGUCUUGUGCUAAGUUCUGGCGCUGAAUUCCAGCGCUGUGGUGCUGAUGUGUGAAGCUUACGGCUUAAAUAUGAUGGAGAGCCUCGGUUUGAGAAUAAGGAACCUCAGUGCCGAAAUUCAAACUGGAUGAAUUUGCGAUCCCAUCUGUCUUCUUCUCGAUCCAUUUGCUUAGUGCUGCUUUGUGGCUGGUGGAGGGUUAUGCGAUUACUUAGCAUCUCGCCCCUGCGUGUGUGAGUGUAGUGUUGGUCUUGGCUGGUGGCGGAGUAAGUAAGUGGGUAAAGGAAUCGCUACGCUUAUGCCAGCUGUUCAUAGUAGAUUUAGCCGCGUGGCUCUCUGUUGUGUGUUGUUUUCUUUGUCUGUGGAUGGAGGUGGACACAUUGCUUAUCGUUUUGCUCUUAUUUCAGGCGGACGGGCACCCGGCCACCAAUGGCGUUAGGAACUGGCUAAAGGAGUCGGCUUUUUGGGAUCGCGGGGCGCCCGCCUUGGGCCGUUGUGUGUCUGUUUCGUUUCUGGGGUUUUUCUGCCUUUCUCUUGUUGUUUUGUUGGUAUAUUUGCGAGCGGCAAGGGAGGCGCUUCGGAGUGUGUGUCCUUUCUGGUACUCUACAGAGGUCUCGCGAGUCUUGAAACCUGUGGCAGCGGAUCAAAAAAGACGACCGAAAAAGUCCCCGGGCUUUUUCGGUCGUUUCUUUCGAUCGGUGCCGGCUCUGUGUGCUUUGGCUGAGUGGCUCGGCUCGGGGGUGCAUGUCUUAGGGGUGUCGGCUGAAGGGGGUGCAUUGCUGAAGUUGGUCAGGGUGACGAUAGGCCAUCGGCUUUCGGGUAUGAUGCUUCUGGUCUCUUGGGUGUUUUCGUGCUGCUUUUCAGUGGGUUGGGUUUGUUUGUGUUUGUCUUCUGUUGCUUGGUCGUCUUGCCCCGCCCCCUGUGGAGGAGGGGCCGGGGAAAUUUGGAGGAGUGUCUCUGUCAUUAGGUGCCCACACUGAGCCACGGCCCCGGGGCUUGACGAUGGGCGCAACAGCUCGCGUGGAAGUGCUGGGCCUCGCACUCGAAGGGAUGGGGGGACUCGGUAGGGGUCGUGUCCGGGCUAGGGGGGUUGGGUCCCGGGUCCCGGUCGACGGUUAAAAAACGGCUAGAAAAGGGCUCAAACUUUCCCAAAAAAACGCUCAAAAUUUUUGGUCUUUUUCUCGUGCGAUUUCGCCUAGAAGUCGCCCACAUUUACUUUUGGGGUCGGUUUAGAGCACUCCCGCCGAGUUUUGGAAGGAGGUGUCGCUGUCUUUGUUAACCGUUCCCAAGAUUGGCGCUAUUUUACCCGUGUCAACGUUAGCCGUUCUUAUUUUUAGCCGUCAACUUUGCCUGGUUUUUCAACCGGUUCCCGCGGGGUCUUGGGGCGCUUGCCUUCGGGCCGCGUAGCCGUGAUGUAGACUGGAUCGCAUCCGACGCACCCGCCGCAUUCCGCUGGCAGGCCUCGAGGCGUGGCUUGGUGCUCGUGCAAGCUCCGCGGGGUUGGCUGGGUGGUGCGCGUGUGGACGUUGAGGCCCCGCGCCGAGCAGUGCUCGCUGAGCUGGAGUGGGGCUGUAACGUCCACGCCAGUCAGGUUGCGUGGGUCGGGUCGCGUGAUUCUGGAGGAGGCGUCGGGGUCACGGUUCGCUGACCCCUCGAAGUGUGGCCUUAACGUCCGCGCCGGUGAGCCUCGCGGGCUGGUGUGGUGUCGGCUCUUUGUGUCGGGCUUUUUCCUAAGGUAUCUUUCUCGAAGUGUGUGGGGCCGCUUGCUGGAGGCCGGCCCAGAUGCAUGCGCUAGACUCGCGGGCGCCUGUUAUUGCAUUGCGGUGGCACGGGUUCGCUCGGUGCGGUCUUUCGUGGGCUUUUUGUGUCGGGUCGGUUGUUGCCCCCCGGCAGCCAGAUCAGCUGGCGCGGGUGUGUUGUGGUGUCUGUCGGUCGGGAUUUUCUCAAAAGCCGAAAACUUUAACCAAAUUCUAACUACAUUCAUGCGCUGACUGGGGGCGUGUCUGCUUGCUUUAUUCUUUGGAUUUGGUUACCGGCGUAAAAAAUUCAUGACCGGUGGCGGGUAUUUAUUACUCGAGUACUUGGAUGGUGAUUGGUUGGCUGUGGUUAUAUAAGUGAGAGAGUGCGGAGGGAUCGGCCGUUUUGUCGUCUGUGUUGUGAUUUUUCUUGCUCGAUUUUUUCCUUGUGCGUAGCGAUUGUUUAUUACCGUGCUCGUUGGAUAUUUGAGGGCACUCCGCGAAAGCUCCUCGAUGGCAUUCAGAAGACGGCGAUAGCCAUGCGGAUUGCCUUAGGCAGUAGAGGACUGCGGCUACUUUUGUCCACGUCAGGCGUAAAAGGUGGGGGGCCUUUUUCUGGUCGUUGAUUAUUUAGGCUGCUGCGACCUUGCACGCGGGUAGAUAUACGUCUGACAGCUUGCAGCUGCGCACUACUACCAGAUCUACCACUCAUUGUGGCCACGGGUGCCACAACUUGCACCCAGCUUGACUCCAAGCACUACAGCGCAGCCACGACCGAGUAGCAGCCACGCGUAGCACAGCGAUAAGCGUAGACUCCUCUACGUAUGACGUUACGAACAGCGAACAGCGUUACAGCAUUGCAGGGCGAGCCUCUAAGGCAUUGAGGAGGAAACGACAUAAGUUACGCGUUGGCGCGUGGUCGGCGUCCCACGACACCAGCGCCCGGGGCUGACAUAUUGGCGGUCCUUGUGCAUAUCAACCAAAGGGCGCGCGAGUAUCCACGACACGCGAUCGACCCGCUGCUGACCGUGGAAGCAUUAGAAGAUCUAGAGUUACACUAUAAGCGUCCACGUUACAGGACAAAAAUCAGCGACCUGGAGCGUGCUUCCGAAUGGAAGAUCUCGCGCGUGGCUGUAGCUCCUUACUAAUUUCGCGAAAGCAAGGCUGACCAUGGCGGCGCAAUACGUAAAAAGCUGCUGCGAUGCAGCACAGGCCAGGAUCUGCCCACAAGGUGACAGCCGCCAGCACAGCCACCAGCACAGCCAGCAGCCAGCCCGCGGACCUGAUGAGCAUGAAAUCUUGGCUACGCCGCAGCAACCAGAUGGAGAAUGCGACCUGCCAUCCAUGUACGCCUUACCUGACUAGCAUCCACGUCGGCACCCCCAGCGUGAGCAAUGGACACGCGCCGAAGCUCCUGAUGGGAACGAACCAGCAACAGCAGCAGCGGCGCGGGGGAAUGUGAGCGCAAGGGCAAGCAGGCCAACAAAAGCAGCAGCAACAAGGACAGAACCAACAACAAGAACAGCUCACGAACCAUGCAGCCGGUGCGAAUGCUAAUCCAAUGAGGCAACAGCAGCAGACGCCAAGGGAAGCCUACUAGGGCAACAAUAACCAGAGCAACAGUGGCAAUCUAGUGGCCCAGGACCAAAGUCAGCAACAGACUAGCUCCGUGCAGCAUUCUGGUGGUAGUGGACCAGGCACCAGCGUGACGACCACAGCCAAGAAGUCGCGUGGGGGUGUGCUUGCUGUGAUGACAAAGCAUGCCCAAGAGGAGGAGGGAGACAGCUUCCCGGCCGAUGGUCAUUAGCACCAUGAAGGACCUGGUGGAGACGUGUGGGGAGCGUGACCCCAGGAAGACAGCCAACUACCCGCCCGGGGCUUCUAUUGCUUGAAAGCAGUCACCAAAAAGCUGCUCGAUGAUGGUGGCCCAGGUGGUGCGCCGGCGUGUAGCUUGAUCGCCUGCCACUCUGAUGCAGCAACGCGCAAUCAGGAAAUCUGCAUCCGCGUCGCGGAUCCUGCUCGUGCUGGCUACAUCUAUGAGAAAACGAAGCAGCUACCCACUCAGCCGGACCCAUCCGAACCAAAGCCGAAAGAUGAAAUUGCUGACCAAGGAAAACCUUCUGGCACAGCAGGGCAAUGUCGUGCGGGAGUGCUCAGCUUCUGCUGUCGGAGAUGCGCUGGGUGGGUUUCUUUGGCCAAGAAAUCCAGCGCCAUGUCUCGAGUGUCUCGAACAGAUUGGAGAGCCUGGACAAGAAGCAUACAUGGCAUACGCAAGCACAUCAAAACGGCUGAACUAUUUUGACUGGCAACCGUAACGGCGUUGGUGGAUACAGCAACAACAGCAAAGCACCAAAGGCGCUACCCCUAGCAGCAACGUCAAUAAGUACCACUAUCAUAAAGCCGCUGGCUGUGGCGAGGGUCGAUUAAAUAAGAGGAACACCACCGCCACCACUACCGCGGCGACCUCUAGCGCCCAACAAGGCCAGCAGCCAGCCAUGAGACAGAAGACCCAGCAGCAUCAAUCACAGCGCAGCCCCUUGACGUGUGUGCCCAGUAGUGCUACGGCGAAUGCGCAGGAGAAUACCAAAAGCCGCAAGAUGAAUGAGGAAGCACUAAGGCGCAGGAGAACGAAGAGGCACUGAAGGGCUUUAAGCUAAGGCUAAACAGCAGAGGCAGGAGGUUCCGGCCUGCGAUGGGUGGUCUGCUGCGUAAGACCUAUACAGACACCAGCGAAAACCCCAUCAGGAACCAGGUGCGCUGCAACCCGCAAGGCAGCAAGGCUGGGGACUUUGGUGGCACCUUCGAGAACGAAACCAAUGCCCUUCAUCCAGUCCAGGACUGCCUGCAAGAAACCGGCCGAGCCCGUUAGGUACCCGCGGCCGAGAGGCCAUCCUUGAGCGCCUCGCUGAGCGUCGAAAGCCCACCAGGCAGCUGAGUGCGACAGCGGUGGGAUCGAAGACCGCGGAGCCGCUGAAGAUGAUGAUCAAAAACCACACAGCGGCGAACUACGUCGAUGGCAUGGCUUCAAGGUGAAGCUGAAGCUUCGCGAGAAUGACGAGCGCGCCCCGUCUUCUGCUUCAUUGCUACAGCUAGCGCCAACAGGCUGAGAGGAACGCCAUCGAGCAAGCGAAGCGCCACGCAUGUGAUGGAGGUGGUGACGAUGAUGAAUCCCUGCCAUUAGGCGGCAGCAAGGAGCCCGGGGGGGCACUCUCUGAGGCCGAGGAGGAUGCCGCGUCGGGAGUUCAUGUCUGGCAAGAACAGCCGCAACAACCUCGGCGAGGCUGAGCAGGCUGAUGGCGCCGGAGAUAUCGAAGGGACACCAUGCACAUGCAGGACCGAGGAGGGACACAGCGACAACGCUAAGGAGGCCGAUGGUGAUGAAGUCUUUGGCCUCGACGAGAUGCCGAACCUUUUGGGCUUAGGAUCGAUGUGGUGGCGACUUGACUUCAUCCAGCUGGACACCCAGAGCGCGUCCCCUUUCAACCCGGCGCAGACGCGUGCUCCUGCCUCGUCUUCGAGCCGUGCCGGGAGAGAGGGCUGGCGCCUUCUUCUUAUACUUUUGAAAAGUGACGACUUUGAUGAGAAAUAGAAGCGGAACUUUAUUGGGAGGCGCUUUGAAGUGAACGAAGGCAGCGCCUCUAGUGCAGUGGUAAUAGUGUGAACAGCAUGACAAGGACAGGGAAGACUACAAAGAGGGGCGCCGUGUGAUAUUAUUUUCCCCCGAACGCAGCCUCCACAUUAGCGACGACGUCGCUUCUGGGGGGCCGCUUUGGACUUGCUUCCUGGACAGUCGCACUCGAGUACCUGCAAACUCAGAACGCGCGCGCAACUUCUCGCAUGUGUUAGCGAUGGGGAUACAUUUUCGAACGUUCGCCGCAUUGGUUUCGAUUGAUUGAAGGAGCAGGAGAGACAAGCUGUGCCAAAACUAUUACUGACGUGCAAGAAUGGCGAAGGCGUUCGACGUAGCUAGUUGGGGUGUGUGCUAUAUUUGCAGACUAUUGGGGCCUCUGCUUUUCUCUUCCUCCUUCAGUAUUCUGUAUACUAUUCGUAUUCUCGGGGGCUGCGCGUCUUAGCCUGCACGCAGCGUAUGUGAUUGACCAUCGCGUGCGGUGUUCGUAUUCUCCUCGUAACUGUUCUCACACUAUUCCUAUUCGGGUACUCUUUCAGUGCUCUACUCUCUAUUUUUCUUUUCCCACCCUCUCUUCCCUUGCCCUCGUGACACAUCAGACCGCUAGCGGGUCCAAUCGCGCGCCCUUCGGCGUCAGGCUUUUCUUAUUCUCGCGACCCCUCUUCGGUUCAUUGUGCAAAGCGAUCGGAUGCCGCUAGUGGGCUAUUCUGUCAUGUUGGCAGAUCUAGCAAAAACGCACUCGCCUCAAUUGGGUCUGCGCCUUCAAGUAUGCGCCUCGAAUCUUCAUAAGAGACGUCGCGUCGCAACUAGUGACGAACGCAACGCCAUGAAUUAAAGGAGCUGGCUUAGAUGCACGAACUCGCAGCACUUACGCAAAUGCGCACUCGCAUUUAGUAGAGCCCGUGGAAGAAUUAGGGAAAUCAAUAGGGGCGGAGGCAGCUGCCUCCCCACUUCUGUGACUGUGCCAGAGAGGGCCUCCACGCAGCAAGUGGCAGGCUUAAGAUUAGGCCUGGCGUGAAGGGGUCACCGGCAUGCAUGGCGCGAGAGAGCUUAUUUCUGCUUGAUAGCGUUGCUGUGAGACUCCACGUCGGUCCUGGAAGCCCCCCUCCUGCUCUUCUCCGCGUGUGUUGUGCUGCGCGGGGUUGGGCAAAUCAAAGAGACCAAGCCCAGGGCAGCGCCAGACGAGACAGACCAGAGGCUGCGCUGAGGCUGAAUUUUGGGCAGUAUAUACUUACAAGGCUGAGGCUUACAGUGAGCCCGGCUCUUCAGCGCCCACACGCUUGAGCUGAAGCGGAAGAACGGGCUGGGGCUGCGGUGAGAAGUGAACAGGGGCCAGGGCUCUGCUCUGGUUCUCAUGCGUUCUGCUGCUGCUCAGUGCCCAGCCCCCGCCCCUGUUCCUCUCUGCGUGUGUUGUGGUGCAUGGGGCCAGGUAAAUCAAUGAGAUCAAGCCCAGGGCAGCGCCAGACCAGAGCCGAGGCAGAGGCAGGCCGCGCUGAAGCUGAAUUCUGGGCAGUAUAUGCAAGGCUUACAAUUAUAGGCCCGGGCCUUCAGCACCCACCUCGGUUCCGGUAGAAGUUGAAGAACAGCGUGCGCACAUGUGACAGGGCUAAGAUGGUCCAGUGUUCUCGCUGUCGUUCUGCCUUCUGCUCAGCCCCCACUCCUCUCUGCGUGUCGUGUGUUGUGGUGCACGGGGUUAGGUAAAUCAAAUCAAUGAGAGCAAGCCCAAGGCAGCGCCCGGCCAGAGGCUACACCGGAGCCGAAUUCUGGUCAGUAUAUGCAAGACCUAAAAUAAGCCCGGGUCUUCAGCGCCCACUUCGGUUGCGGUAGGCCAGAAGCUAAAGAACACGAACAGCGCGCGCACAUGUGACAGGGCUGAGAAGGUCCGCCGCUUUCGUCUUGCCUUCUGUUCAGCUCCCACUCCUCUCCGCGUGUGUUGUGAUGCACGGGGUCGGGUAAAUCAUAUCAAAUCAAUGAGAUCAAGCCCAGGGCAGCGCCAGGCCAGCGGCUGCGCUGAAUCCGAAUUCUUGGCAGUAUAUGCAAGGCCCCCAAUUGGCCCGGUUCUUCAGCGUCCACCUCGGCCUCGGUAGAAGUUGAAGAACAGCGCGCGCACAUGUGACAGGGCUGAGAAGCUCGAGCGUUUUCGCUCUGCCUUCUGCUCAGCCCCCGCGCACUCCUCUCCGCGUGUGUUGUGAUGCAUGGGUUCGGGCAAAUCAAAGCAAUGAGAUCAAGCCCAGGGCAGCGCUGGGCCAGAGGCUGCGCUGAUUCGACUUCUGGGCACUAAUACUACGUCCCACCACAAAACAACGCAAAAGCAAAGGCCAAAGCGCUCGGGCCUCGAGCUCGAGGCGGAGGACAAGGUAUAGGAUAAAAGUCGCGGCCUGCCGCCGUCUGUGAUGUACACUGCGCGCCGUCUGGUCUGUGUCGUGUAAUGUGUGGCAUCUCUGGAACUCGUUGCGUGCUGCUGCUGCGAGUCGUGUGCUAUCUGGUGUGGCCUCGCUCUCAGUCAGAUUCUUGCCGUGGGCCUGGCUUAGUGAUCGCGAUGCAUGGGAUCAAAUCAGAGCAGCCAGAAGGAGCGGAGAAGUGCCAGAGCCAGACUGGCGCUGUUCUCUUAGCAUUAGACUAGCAGCGAGCCCCCCUAGUGGCUUGGCUAGCUUUCGGCGUAGUAUGCACAUAGAAGCAAAUAGCUAGCGCUUGCGGCUGUUGCUUCUAUCUUUGCCGGCCAGUGUUCCACAUUAAAAACAUGGCUGCCACAUACAAACUCUCCCCGUCUGUAAUUUUCGUGGUUCUGUGUUGCUCUCCUUUCUUGCGCGUAUAUGAAUGUGCUGAGGCUUGCGACUGGUUUGGGCGAGUUCUCACUGUAGAGAAUCUAAUGCAUCUGGGAGAGCGACAAAUAAUAAGAGAAGGAUGGCCCAAUUUUGAUAAAGUGACUACUCUCAUAUAGACGCUCUUGAAGCAGCCUUACUCUUUCUGAUCUGAGUCUUAUGCGACUAACCUCCUCCCAUGGCAGGUCUUUGAUUCCCCGCCAUUUUCUUUUAGAGGCGUGCUGCAAGUCUUGACUGGCUUUCGCCUUUUGGGUGAAGGUUUAGGCCCAGCGGCGCUCAAAGCACUAAGUAAGGCAGCCGGUUAGUUUUCACCUCGACAGUAUUAGGCCUAUGCCUAUCCCGUGCAGCCGUAUGGCUUUGAGUGCCGGUAGACUCGAAACCCACCAGGCAAAGACAAGAGCGCCUGCGCGGACUGGGUCCCGGCUCCCCCAUAAAGAUAGGAAGAACGUAAAGAAAGUAAAUAAUAUAGUUGCGCGCUCCUCUUUCCUCGUCUUUGCCUCUUCUCGUGUGUUGUUCGUUGUUUUCCCCGCAUUCGUAGUCCCUUCUUGUUUCUUGCUCCACGAGCAUCCGGAUCAUGCGCGACAGCUUCUUGUGGCAAGACAGCAAACGGAUGCGAAGAAAAUCUGGGUGAUCUAGCGGGUGUUGCGUAAGUCGUGGAGUCCCGUGCCUUUCUUUCUUGCUUCUAUCUUUGCCUGCCAGUGUUCCGCACUAUCUGAAAAGAAGGCUGUCGCCUCCAAAUUCUCCUCGUCUGUAAUUUUCGUGGUUCUGUGUUAUUCUCCUUUCUUGCGCGUAUAUGUGUUGAGGCUUGCGGCUGGUUUGAGUGGAUUCUAUCUGUAAAUAAUGCAUCUGGGAGAGCAGAAAGUAAUCAGAGAAGGAUGGCCCAACUUUGAUAGCGUGACUAUGCUCAUACAGACGCACUUGAAACAGCCCUGCUGAUCUGAGUCUUAUGCAGCUAACCUCCUCCCAUAGCAGGUCUUUGAUUCCCCAUCGUUUUCCUUUAGGGGUGUUCUGCAAAUCUUGACUGGCUUUCGCCUUUUGGUGAAGGUUUAGGCCCAGCGGCGCUCAAAGCACUAAGUAAGGCAGCCGGUUAGUUUUCACCUCGCUCGACAGUAUUACGCUUAUCCCGUGCAACAACAUAGAAGCAAAUAGCCCGCGCUUUUCUUAGCGUCUCAAAAAGGAAAGAGCUGAAUAGCGUAGGCCCGCUCUAUAAGGAAUCGCUUGCACUUGCAGCGCAUCAGACCGGCCCAAAUCAUACCCAUACGCAAGAGAAGACACAGCAGACACAACAACGCAACGGCUUAACGCUGGUUCUGAAUUAGUGGCCCCGUGUCAUCGUCUCGCCGCGUCGCUUGAGUUCAGACAAAAGAGAAGAUAGCAGAACUUUACCGAAGUCAACUCGUCUAAUAUGAAGCGGGUGGCGUAGCUUGUGACCUCGUUGAGAACAACUGAGCCAGCACAAAACUGGGGCUGCUUCUGUUCUGAUCAUUUGUUUUGCUUUCGUCGCGUCCUCGUGUCGUCUUGGGUCUUUCUUUCUCAGCGCUCCGCGUCAGCUGUUAAGUUAUUUCAGGUGAGGAGCACUCGCCCCAGCUCAAGCUAGCGCAGCGGCAGCCUUGGCACUGUUUGGCACUGAACAGCUCAACGUCAAUACGCUACGGCCACUGUCUUGCUGUGCCUUCGAGUCAAUUUAUUCCAAAAGCAUGGCAAGGACCCACGCUCACAACGAGAAAGCAAGGGCCUCGAGCAAGCUAACAACCAUCCAACCCAGGGCGAGCGCCGCUGGGCUUAGUUUAAUACUGAAACCGCUCAACGCUAACCAACAAGAACAAGAACAGCUUUAGGGCUUUGCUUACUAGGGUCCAACAAACCAAAGGCGCACGCGUACAAUACUACGCACAAGACAACACAAGGCAACGCAACAGGAAAUCAUACUCCGCGCGCCUGUUCUGCAUCGCUCGAGCUCACUCCCAAAACAAGGGCAGACAAGAUGGGCGACAGGGUGUGCCUACUGUCAGACUCGGAACGCGACCCGACGAGGUGCAGCGCCGCCGAGAAUUAAGGGUGGCUUCGUUUGUGUGUAGUGUUUUUCGUUAGUUUCUUUGAUUUGGUACGGCUUCCAUUCUUUUCGAUAAUUCGUCGGCUUUCGUGGUGGUCUUGUUUUGGUAGCUGGUGGCGGACACAUGAUAAGAGCGCCGGCCACUUUUUCUCAGUGUUUACUAUUCACCCAACCGGCAGGGGGCGCCCUGGGUUCCUCCUCGUUUGGGUGGACACUUCCCAGGCGCUUUCCUCCAACAAAAGUAGCGGCUGCCUAAGCGACGCUCCUUUUUUCCGGUCUUAUGUGCUCCGGCCCUCUGCUGAAGACACAACGAAGGAACACAGGGCCAGGCGAGGUGGUCGAGAAAGGUAAGGCUGCAGCUGAGGGGGAGAGAUGACGAGCCGCGCCUGCGGUGAUGAGAAAAGGAAAGGCUUGCGGGCGUCCCUUGAGUAUCGAGUAGAUAAACGCUGAGGGCCAGCGCGGUGCUUUGGCUCUGCGUUUUUCUUCAAAAGGCAGAACAAGGAGGCCCGCGCCCUCGGCCACUUUUUGAGUUUCCUCCCAGCAAACGUCUCGGCUUCGCAUCAGAUCACCCAUCACACGACUAGAGCCCGCCCGCUUCGACUUCCGUCAAAGCAUGGGAUGGCGUGCUCCCUGCUAGAGCAUGGGCUGGAAUAGCUUUGCUUCUUUAAAAGAGAGCGACUUUCUACAGGACGGGGCCGGGGCUGAUCUGUUCUGGUGCCUCCCUUCAGCAACGAGAGACACUAGUAGUAACCGUAAACAAGAGAAGGCGCGCUGCCUAGAAGGCAAGGGCUUCCCCAUUCUUGGUUGAGGACCAAGCCCGGCGGUAGCCGAACGGCGCACAGGAGGGGAGUCGCGUAGCCACUUGAAAAAACGCCACGCAACCACGGGCACCGGAUGGACCCGCCGAGGCAGCGUCUGCCUUGCGUUUGUCGCCAUUGAGUCGGUGGACGGAGAGCGGCGGCGAGAAACUUCCAAAGGAGGGCGCUACCAAUACCACACACCACGCCCGCCGCCUGCGGGCAGGUGUCACGCUUCACACUUCUCAAAGUGCUCGCAGACAGGCCGGCGGACAAAAAACGACACCCCAGCCCAAAGCUGACACUUUUGGGCGGCUGCCUCAUUCUCCGGGAGCGCCUGGCCCCGUCGCCCCCGGAGGCGGGGCGCAGGGGGGGGGGCACAACGAGAGAGGAGCACGCGGGCACGGCCGGCGGCUUUGCCCCGCCAAAGAGUGCCCACAGCCCCCGCCCAAGAGCCCGGCAGAAAAAGCCAAAAGCGCAGCCAGUAAAAAAGAGAGACCGCCGAGCAAAAGGAGGGCCGUGCCAUCAGCUUGAGCCCAGUGGCGAGAGCGCAGCGAGCAAAAAGAGGAAAGAGGGCGAAGGCCAGACCUAAGAGCAAGCAAAAGGCCACCGCCGCGGCGUCGCUUGGGUGUCGCUGUGUUUUAUUUAGAACUAGAAGAGCACGCCCAGGCUUUGUAGGUUUUCAGCCAUUUGCCGCCGGUUGCACAAAAGAGAAACAAAGCCCAGAGAGCGCCCCCCUUUUUCUGCGCUUUCAGGCGCCAAAAUAAAAAACAGCCAGGCCAGUUUUUUUUUUGAGGCUUGAGCUAAAGGCUGACCCCCCCAACCGCACGCAGAAGCGAGCCCGAGCAUGUGCUGGGGGUUUAGUCUGAGUUAGGGUCGGGAGGGGUUAAAACGUAAAGCGCAACCGCUUGGGGGGCUCUAAGAUCUUGCGGAGAGCAUUCACAAAAGAGCGAAGCGCCGCCACUGAGUUUCCUUGGCAGAAAUACCAGACACCUGCGCGCCGCACUGCUGCAACGUAGUGCCCGCCUUCGAAAUAACGGCUGACGCGACGCAUGAGGCCCGUCGUUCACCCUGAACGCCGCACCCCCUAAAGUGAAGAACUACCUAACCUCGCUCGGCACGUUGAUGGGUGUGGCCAUUUUCAUCUCGUUCAGCGCCUGCCGCGAGCGUAGGCAUGAACCUCGAUGGCGCACGCCUUUGCGCUUAGACCAUCACCAGGAAGGGAGUGGCUGUCCUUGGCCUGUGCGUGUCGACUGAACUGGCCGCGAGGCUGCGAAUCUGGUGUGCCAUUGUCUUCAGAACAUUCCAAAAGAUGGGCGUAGCGCUAUCUUUCUAGCGGUUGCCCAUAUUUGUCGCGCUAUCGUCGUAGAGGUAGAGAACUAGAGUCGCGAACUUGUCUCAUUGGCAGCGCCACUUUUGUAGAGCUAGAAAGCUACUGGAAAAGUUUGAAAUAAAGGCGCUGGCAUUGAAUGAAAAACGACAGAAGUCAAACAAUCCGGCCCAGCUUCAUCUUGUGGCGAAUUUGACACGCCGCCCGCUAGAGGGUCGCAGGGUUCAGCAGCCCGCUCUGGUUCGUCAUCAAGUACAUUACCCAGCUUGGACGAAAUGCCAUCCACUCAGUAGCUGCUUCGCUCUUCAGUAGUCUAACAGCUCGGGACAUUUUCAGUAGCCUGACAGAGUACCUACGGCGGCUCUAACUUCAACGAGAAUGGGCCGAGCUAGAUACUAAGAACCACCUGCACUAUGUGCCGUUCUUUGAGCUCAUUGAACUUCGGGAAGAACUCACUGAGCUUCGUACUAGCGUAGUCGCCGAGGGGAGUAGGAGCACUGCUGCCAAGAAUCUGAAAAGACGUCGACGCGGAUACAUACAGAACAGCAAGGACCUAAUACACAGCACAGCUUCAGCAUCUUCUUCGUACUACAGGAGGGACCAAAAUGCCGCGCGCCGCCAAGGCUAAGGCUGCAAGAUCUUGUGGGUAUGUUGAAGAGAAAGCAGCUCGCCCAAGGUGGCUAGUUCUCAUUGGCAAACGCCUCCAAUUUUGCUGGCAGCGAUAUGAUGGCGAGGGCAGGGACUUGGUGAAGAUGGCGCCCCUGAAAGAAUUGGAGCGCCUUACUGUGGAGACUGACCGCCCCGGGGCUAGAGUCAUCAGCCUGGCGGGCAAGGUUGGAGGCGUUUCCAGUUGGUUGGUGCGUCUACCUAGGGUGAGAGCGCUGACCUGACGCAUCUGAUAAGUUAUGAGUGGUCCACUUAGUUUGCCGCUGAGGAUGUGACCUGCUGCAGCCCCAAGAUGCUAGCACUAUAGACAGUAGGCGCGAGUGCUUUCAGUGGGUCGGUCCUUAGCUUGGUUCCCUCGCUCAUCUGAAUCUACAUUCGUUCGCACUGUGCUCGCGGCGUUGAUCUUUCUAACAUGAAGCAGGCGGAUGGCUAGGCGGGGUGCGCGUUGGUUUGCGGAAGUUGGGAGGCGAAGCGACUUGCGUGAACCAGUGGAAGCCGGACAGGGCCAGGGGGUGGGUAUGUUCGAAUGUUAACAGAGACAAAUCUGCGCUGGACGGCUGUGCCACUACAGCAAAGAGCUUGGGAAGUUUUACCACAGGGGCAAAGAAUGAAGCGGAGGCAUUUUAUCACAAGAACAACAUGGACACCGUUGACGGGUGCGCUUUUUACUGAUUAUCGUGGCGAUUGGUGUACUUCUUUGGAUGCAGUGGAUUUGCGUAGAAAGGUGCAGGAAGGCCAAACGGCCUCAGAGGUAACGCCCUAAGAGGUGGCACGACAUGACAAGGGGCACCCAUGGCCAUGUGUGUACUGACCUGCUCUGGUAGCCUCCUGCGUGAGCUCGGCGACUGAAGUUCCCCGCUUCGCAAGCACAUCAGUGCAAAGACGUUGGGCGCCUGGAUAGCUAUCCGCGCAGGAACUUUUAGGGCUUUUGAAUACCUUGCAGCGUCUUCCGCUGCGCCUUUUCGGCGUGCGCUCGGGUUAGAUUCUAUGGCUGGAAGAACACAGAAGCGAAGCGGCCAACUAUUAGGCUGCGCCUCGCUUUAAUGUAUUCGGGCUGCUUCUCUGUUCAUGCUGCGACGCUCCUCCCGUCGUCUGCCUCGCUUUAAUUAUCUUGGCUCGCGUCUUGGGCGUCGUUACUUGCUUACGCUCACCUGCAAGGCGGCGCGGCUUCCUGCUUCGCGUGUCGACCUCUGGCGUUUCGUCUCAGCCAAGAUGAAGGGCCGCUGUAGCCAUUCUUUUUAUGACGUCGAGAGGCUCUGCUGUGAGUCUCUUUCGUUGAACCCAGCCACACCGAUGAGAAAAAUGCACGAAAUUUGCUAGCAACUUAUAUAGCUGGCCGAUUUAAAUUGUGUUCGCCCCUCCUUGUCUUCUUGUUUGUUGUGUUCUUCUUACUUCAGCCUGUGUUAGCACAGGAUCGGAAAUUGGUAGGGCCUCACUUGUUACAAGUGGGAGGCAGAGGCCUGUGGGACUUACUGAACGCCGUAGAGCUGUUUCGUGACGCGUGACGCCCACCGCGUCACGCCCAGAGCUUCGGGGGUGAUGAAAUGUCUGCCCCCAAUUUCAAGCGUCACGCAGCACGCAACAACGGACAGGAGGGGCUUGAUUUUGACGAGUCUAGAUCUGUGGAUCUUUGAUAGAUCCGGGGAUCUUCGACCGCUCCGCGGAUCUUGCUUUGAUAGAUCCGGGGAUCCUUGAUAGAUCCGUGAGUCCUUGAUAGAUCUGUGGAUCGGAUCCCUGACAGAUCUGUGGACUGGAUCUUCGAUCGCUCCGCGGAUCUUUCUUUGAUAGAUCCGUGGAUCCUUGCUGGAUCUGUCGCUCCUUGAUAGAUCCGCGGAUCUCAUCUGCGACAACUCCGCGGGUCUUUCUUUGAUAGAUCCGCGGACCCUUGAUAGAUCCGCGGAUCCUUGAUAGAUCCGCGGAUCUUCGAUCGCUCCGCUGGUCUUUCCUUGAUAGAUCCGUGGAUCUUCGAUCGCUCCGCGGAUCUUGCUUUGGUAGAUCCGUGGGUCCUUGAUAGAUCCGCGGGCCCUUGAUAGAUGUAGAUCUGUGGAUCCUUGGUAGAUCCGUGGAUCUUCGAUCGCUCCGCGGGUCUUUCUUUGAUAGAUCCGUGGAUCCUUGAUAGAUCCGCGAGUCCUUGACAGAUCCGUGGAUCCUUGAAAGAUCCGUGGAUCCUUGAAAGAUCCGGGGAUCCUUGAAAGAUCCGUGGAUCCUUGAAAGAUCCGUGGAUCCUUUAAAGAUCCGUGGACCCUUGCAAGAUCCGUGGAUCCUUGAGUGAUCCGUUGAGAGAGCCGUGGAUCCUUGAGCGAUCCGCUGAAAGAACCGUGGAUCCUUGAGGGAUCUGUUGAAAGAACCGUGGACCUUCGAUCGCUCCGCGGAUCCUUGAUAGAUCCGUGGGCGGCUCCGGGGCGACGCGUGACGCGUCACGCAUCACGCAUCACGCAUCACGCAUCAAGGAGAGCGACAAGAAUCACCCUGAUAAUAGGGGGAAGUAUGCGGUGGGACUCAUUUGGACAGCUCUACGGCGUUCGGCCCACCUUACGGCAGAGGCCUCGGGAGCUGGGUCCGGUCUGCUCGUGGUGAUUCGGUCGCCGUAAUGGAACGCCGUCGGGUGGACUGCACUAGGAAGAAGAGAGGGGAGAGGCAGCUCUUGAAGAGCUUACUAGGAUUGGGGUCCGCAUUUUGUGACGAGCUGGCUUGUAUUUCAGGUGAGUCAGUAUGUGGCGUGGCUCUCUGCUUGUGGCUUGCUUCUUGUGAGGUGUUCGCUUAAUAUUCGCCGCGGAAAGGCAGCUGCCUCGCUGUAGGUUGGCUGUUUAAAUUCAUCGGCGCCAACUUUUUGGGCGUUCGUGUCCUGCUACUGUUCUAGCAUAGCCACCGGGCAUGCCUCCACCGGUUAGAGCUGGUUGCUUUCAUAAGUGACCACAACAGCAGCAGAUGAGUGAUUUUGGCGAGCCCGCAUCAGCUCCCUCGACAUAAUGAUAGCGGGAGUUGGUUCGUUCAGUAAGUAAAGUGUUGGCCUUACAUCAGGGACGCCUACGCCAUAGCCUUGCUUUUUAUGCCGGAUGUUCUAGGUGCAGGCAGUUCUUUGCUUAAUCAAUAGUAGCGGUAGCCCGCGUUUAGAUCCUAGCGCUGAAGCAUAAUGAUUAAAAAUGAGCCAUUUUAAGAAAAUACUGAAAGCCGCAAAAGCGGCAGAAGAAGGCAGAGCAAAUGUCUCGACUCCGCCGCCUCAUCUAUGCUUGCCGCGCGAGUAGAGGAGGAGAAACGAGCGCGAGCUGCAGCAGAGGCGGAGAGGAUGUCGCUCCUGGAGGCCUACUCUGAUUCUUCGGAGCAAACAAAGCCUGGAGAUGGAAAGCAAAGGAAGCGGGCAAAAGUAACAGCUCUAGUCGAGGUGCCGCCAAAGAACAAACGAAGAAGAUUAUCGCCUCUCCCUCGCAUUGUGCGCCGACAUAUCGCAAAGAGGCGGAUGGGUCAUCAGGAGGAGCACUUAUGGCUGGAGAAUGCGGCAGGGAGGUGUGGAGGGGGAGCAGGCUCCUUAUACAGGAAGCGCCGCCGUCGUGGAGAACUGCUGGCUCCACAGAAAGAGUCGAAGGCAUUGCUCCACGCCCUCCAAUAAUAUUUGCGCCAAAAGGGAAGGGGUACGAGUUGGCACAGGAGGAAGGGCUGCCUCUUGGAGACCACCGCGUCGAUGCGAAACAUGGCCGCGAGAGCUUCGCGAAAAGUUGCCCGGGUUGGUCUUCGUUGCCUCUGUCUUUUCGAGUAUGGAAAAGGAGGCGGCGCGGCCUCGGGUGCUUUGUCUUUGUGUUGUGUUUCUCUGUUGUUGACAGCCCCGGCGCCAGGUGAGUGCGGACCGCCCGCACGUCAUUGGCGUCGGCGCUGCUUGGAAUACAGCCGCGGCACGCCUGUGCAAGCUCUUCGAGGUGUAGAGAACCCGGGCGGAGGACGGGGGAAACGCAGGCGGGGAAGCAGUGGCAAAGCGGGGCGGCGUUGGCCAUCUUUCUGCGCUUGGGCGCGUGGGUUGGCUCUUCGUUUUUUUCUCUAUAUGAAAAAAAAAAAUCUUGGCGAAAAGUUUGCGAAAUCUUUCAAAAGAAUCUUUGCGGAAUCUUUCCGAAAAGAUAAGCGCAUGAAGUUCCAACAUUGUCAAAACUUGUAAACUUUCCGCAAACAUUCCGCGAAGAUUUUGAAGUUUUCGUCUUCCAUGUUUUUUGAUGAAGAAAUGGAAAUGAGUCGCCGAGAACAAACUCGCAACAGCUUGCAGCGAAACCGCAUGGGGCUCCGCGCUUGUUGUCUGUGGUUUUUGUGGUUUCUCUGUUCUUCUCUCCAGGCUUGGUAGGCCUCUGGCGUUGUGCAUUCGUUUGAGAAUUUGGCGCGAGGCUACGCCGCGGACUGGUUCGCCGGCUUGUGAUGCUCUCGGCGCAGUGGUUGGCUUGUCUGUGUGUGGGUUGUGUCGGUUUCGUUUUCGGAGCUCCUCUCGGCUCUGUUUUAAUGAGACAAGGACAAGGGCCGCGCGCGUGAGCCUCGGCAACUUUUCGCCAAGAUUUUCCGCCACCGGUGAUUGUCGGGCGCGGUGGUCUCCAACGCCUCCCGGUGAGUCUGCAGCGGAGUGGUGAACCAAUUAAGAACACAAAAUUAAGACAUCUAAAAUGGGGAUGCGUCCCUAAUGGCAACACUACCUAGAACGGCGUGCGUCUCGCGUCUUUUAAAAUAUGGAUAAUUCCGGCCCAAAUAUUCGAUGGUGACAAAUGUAGCACAAAGGCCUCGCCAAAAGGUUUCUCGUCGACAAAUGUCGCAAAUGAAUGCGCUUUCGGAUUGUGGCUGGUCUGACCAAUACACAAUCAACACAAAUGAGAAGUCAAACGCUAUAUGUGGAUGACCUGAGUACAAUCUUGAAUCUUGAAAGUCUUUGCGGCAAAUCGGCCGUGAAUCAUGUGUGCUUGACAAAGAAAGCAAUGCUUAUGAAAGACGGGCCAGCCUGCCUUGAUUUAUGUAAUUAUGUAAAUAUGCGGCCAUUUAUCUUAAAUGACCACUCCGCCACUCUUCUAUUCACAUAGCGUAGGACCCAAGUGUAUCUUUUCACUCGUGUGCUCCGUCUUAUCCGAAAGAUAUUAAAUGAGUCAAGUGUCGAUCUUUGAAUCGUGUUAACUUGUCGAGCGAAUAGGUGAGAGAUCAGACGCGAGCUCCAUAUGCGAUCGAACGAAUGUUACUUAGUGAAGCGAUCUCGAACCUCCUUUGUUCGAUAAGAUAGCGACUAUUUGUAUUGUUUUUUUCAGUAGGUCCUUCUUCAAUAAAGAUCUGGAGCUUCUGUUUCAGAUCUUGAAAGCAAUUCUGUUUAUGUAGUGCUCUUUCGCACCCUUUUGGAAUGGGGUGAUCUUUUCGCUCUCUCCUGAGCUAUCUAGUCUAGCAGAUCCGCACUCUCCGAUCUCUAGGACGAUCUCUUCUAGAGUGUGAUCUUGAUGUGGUCUGUCGUAGGUCUAGAUAUGUCUCUCGUAUGUGCUUGAUAUGGCCUUAUCACGCCGUAAGAUUAAUUAGGUCGCGAAAUAUAUGAUGAAAUCAUACCUAUUUCGAGUAAAAUGAAAGAAUUUUGAUUAUUUAUGAUUGUCAGUAUGUUGGCAAACCCCCCCUGUAAUUCGCGAAUUAGUCGUCUCUAUCAAGAUAGAUUAGCUUAAUCGUGGAUUACCUAUAUUCCGCUGUAGUUCGGCCGGAGAGUCUGGGCCUUGAGGGACGAUUCCAAACAAUAGUCUGCUAAAGACUAUGUUUGGAGAACUACCAGUGAAUAUAUAGUCUCAGCGCCUCUCUUUGUCAACAUACUUGGCCAUUAGUUAAUUGAACGGACUUUGGUGGUAGAUGUGGAUAUGUAUACGGAAUUGUUAACAUGAGUCGGCUCGUCCCUUUCCCCCCCCUGUGUUAUAGAUAUGUUGUUCUUCGAAAGUCCCUCAACUCCUUCCGAGACUCAACGCCAGUGUUGGGUCCAGAAGGUCUCUGCGUCAUCCAAGAGUGCCUCAUGUAGGUAGUCCUCAUCCCACCAUGAGUGAGUGAAGCUCAGACUGGCACGCAAUCCCAUAACGUCUCCGUGGAGUGAUGCAAUUGGAAGGAGCCAGCCUGACCAAGUCGCCGGACGUAGGAUGAGCACCAGCUCCCGCGUAUAUCCUGUGUGCUUGAUGAGGGCGACAGGAGUCCAGCGAAAGCCAAUGAUAGCUCGUUGACACACUCCGAAGUGUCGGCUCCGUACUGUCUCGAAGGCUUGACGUCCCACGAGGGCCAAAAGCACGACGUAGCGCCAAAACUUGACGAGGACUGGAGAGUGCUCUUGGAACAAGGAGACGCGCCAUGACGAAUAAGGAGCAGCGCGCACGUGACCGUCGACACCCUGGCCGUCUUGAUGGAUUCCAAAGUCUAAUAUCUCCUGACUCGGCGGUACAUGUCGCCCCUGAUUGUUGGCUCCAUACCCCUGCACAUUGUUGGCACCUCGAUCACAGUCCGAGUCAUCCGGAUUCUCCGACAUUCCGAUGUAAGCUUGCGCUAGACUCGGGUAAGGUAGACCGUAAUAACUACUCCAAGUGAUGACGAUGCGACUUGUGACAAAUGGCUCCGGAUUGGUCAGCGCGCGUCUGCGUCCCCAAAGAUUACAGCGGAGCAGGCACUCUGACGCCAGGUAGCGCGGUGCGCAAAAAACCCAAGUAGAAACCUUGGGAAGGAAGAGACUCAGGAGUGUCGCCGCACCGAAGUCGCAAAAUGAUUCGUGGAACUGGAAUCCCCUAUCCCAUAGUUGUGUGAAGACAAACCAAAAGGCAAUGGACAGAAGAGAGAAAAGCUGAUGGCCAAAAAGGAGAAACAAGUCCGUAAUUGUCAAGAAGAUAGAAGGAGGGAAAUACAGAAUAUGCCAGAAUGUCCUUUGAAAUACCCCCGCAGAUAACACUAGAGACACAAAAGAGACCAUCCAUAUAGUCACAGACUGCAUAUCCUCGCCCCACAUGAUCGUCUUACUUUCUGGUAUGUCUUAUCCUACUUGAAUAUUCUGAAGUCUAACAAGAACCUAGAAGCAGUUGGGUCGAUUUUUGUUAUCAAUCUUGUAUGAUUAUUAUGCUUUUUUUUUGUAUUUUUUUUGUAUGUAGUUUCUUUUGUUUUAAAUAGUUACGUUAUGGUGAUGCAUUUACUUCGUGGAAUCUUGCGCACGGUCGUGACGGAUGCAACUCCAUAUCCUACUGUGUUAUACACUUUCAGUAGCGCACCUGCAAACAGUAGAAGGAUUACAUCGGUCCACCCAAAUCAGGGCGACAUAGAUUUUCUUUUCGACUAUGCCAUGACUCUCUGGAAAUAGCGCGUCAAAGGUGCAAUUGGUUUUGAUAUUACUUUGUGAAAGGCAAAUCAGGCGCAGUACGAUUGACAGGUCAUUCCAUUUCGAAGGAUGUCAGAAGAACACGAUAGAGAGACUUCUUUUCUUUAUUUGAGCAGAGAGAACUGUCUGUGUGGCGAGACUAGUUCUCUCUGAACCAAAGAUCAAAUCACGCUAGCUGCAGCUCCUCAUGGAGAUACAGGCAGCAUGGGUCUACUAGAAAUGUAGGUCUGUACUGUUAUAAAUCUAAUAUAAUUGCUGCGCCUCCUGCCAAUCAGAGCUAACGCAGUGUUAUAAUACAAAUAUAACCCAGUACGCCUAUAAUUCUAGGAUAUGUCUGUUUACGCUGUAAAGAUGUAUGUCUGUAUAAGUAACCGCUUCGGACUCUGUGAAGAGGACGAAUACUCGAGAGAUGUUUCUGCUUUGUGAAAGAAGCAAAGCGAGCAAAUGUUCAGACUCCUUGGCUUAGUUCAAGUAGGCCUGGAUAAGAAUUAAGUAGUAGCAAGGACUGCUGGGUAGUGAUACCUCUGAGGGAGGGAAGCGCCGUGAACAGUAGGAAAUGAACAACGUGAAACACUAGAUCAGUCGUUCUGUGGUUUAGGCGAGCAAUCUAGGGGAAGCUAUUCAAGAAGGAAAGGCUCAUGGAAGGUUUGGCCAAAUGAGCUGCCUACGAUAGAUUUGAUCGGGUCCUGAAUCUCGAGGGGAAACCCUGGAGUAGUAAGGAUAGGAUGAUCUAGGCCAGGUGACUAAAAGGUUGCGAGACCUUAGAAAACCCUUUGGCGGUUUUAAGAUAUGAAAGAAGAAUAGAAUUGUUGGAAUCUGCGAGGAUACCAGGCGAACUUCCUGGAGACGGGAAGGGGCUAGGAUUCACUCGGUAUUUGGGCACCUUCGCUGUAAUGGUGAUAGGAAUAUAAGUACCACCGGACGGAGCUCUUAAAAGGAUGGCUCCGACGCCUCACUGCGUAGGGGGGGCAGUGUAGGACCUGGCCCGGGUGUAAACAGGGCGGCCCUUCGUGAAGAAGCACGCCAAAUAACUCCAAGGAACAAACGUUGAGUGACUAAAUACCCUAGACGGCUGCUGCCGAGAUCGACCCGGUAGGGCGGCUGUCAUUAUUAGGACUAGAGGACUUGGAGGAUCAACAAGAGAUUCCGACUGCAAGGCGGCGCUGUGAACAGCGCUUAGGUGUUGCCUCAGCUACCAAGCUGUAGUGUGGGCCUCAUAGGGGGGCUGAUUGCGGAUCAGUCUCGUUCCCCAUUUUGUAAUUAGGAAAGACGCUUGAUGGUGAAAACCAGCAUUGUAUCUAAACCUAGCCAGCACAUAACUGGGGGCUGUUCCGGGGUGCGAGACCCGUAGGAAAAUUUUGUUGAAGAACAGUUCCAAGCGCGAGUCUAGACGUACGGGGAUGACAGUUGGCAAGAAAACAACAGUUGAAGAGUGACCGCGUUUGGCAGGUAUAAAAAGAAUGUGAGUUGGGAACUCACAGAGUGGCGACGUGAUUCUAAUGCCGGAAAGUAUGCAAGAUUGACGUCAGAAGUGAGCUCCAUUCUGGCCAGGGUUUUUUUUCCUUGAGCAUGGAAUCUUUCUUUCGCUAAUAAAUGCUCGAUGUGGUUGACGGAAAGGAUCAAACAAAAUCUGAAAUCUGAAUGGUGCGUCGAGAACCUUGAGGAAAACCCAAGACUGGGAGUGAAGAAACGCGGGAGCGUUUUGUUUCCCAAGGCUGUACCAUGAACAGUUGGAUGAGCAAAGCGAAUGUUAAUUGCAGUUUCUGUGAAUAUCAGAAAAUUCAGAAAAUUUAGAAAAUAAGCAUCUUAAGAUUAUUCACCUCCUUUUCCAAAUGCAGGGAUAGGAGAUUGCAUCUUCUAAAAGUUCAUCACGGACACCCGAGCGGUAGAAGUGAUAAAUCUUUCAGUCUAGAUUUGGGUUCACCACGAACUUAUAUCUAAUUUUGUAAGAAAAAACGACUAAAGAUGGGAGGUUGGAAUUAUCCAGUCCGUAAGUAUGACGAGAAACGAGGCGGAAAAAAGGGCUGGCAUGACAAUAACAGUUCCUCUUCCUACGACAAAGGAUAUCAGGGAGGAUAUGGAGGUGGAAAAGGAGGCUAUGGUGGUGGCAAAGGUGGCUAUGGUGGUGGCAAGUCCUACCAAAACCAGAACCACCACUCCUAUGACAAGGAUCAGGGUCGCGACUACAACUACAACUACGGCAAGAACAAAGGCUACUCCAACAACCAGCCCCAGGGCUGGAAGGAUUGGAACGCCGGGGAGAAAUCCUGGGACAAGGAGGAGUCCUGGAACAACUCGGAUGAGUCGGUAGGAAAAGGUCCGAACAAUACAACAUCUACGAAGAAGGAACGGAAAAAGGAGAAGAAGAUGGCCAAGAAAGCUGAGAAGGCUGAGAAAGAGGAGGGAGAGAAGACGCAGACUGAUUCUUCCUCGUGGAAAGGUGGCGCAUCUUCAUCUUCAAUCGAACAAGGUUCGGCUGAGCCGUUGGUAGAGGCCAACAUGAAAACAGCCUCUUCUUCAACCAGCGAAGGCAAGGGAGAUGUUGUCAUGGGAGGACAAGAACGAGAGAAAGAACUGUAUGUGCGAGAUGAGAUGCAGACUGAUCUUGCUGGAUUCUUGGUUCCCCUGCCGUUGCAGGUGCACAUUGUCCCGGUUGAUGACAACUCUUUAAAGUUGUUACGCGGUGAUGCCCACUUCGCUGUUGGUCUGGACAAUCAAUACAACAUGAAGACCUGGGUGAAGACGGCGGCUUCAACCUUGAAGGAGUUGUUUUUGAAGAACACGCUCCUACUGUACAAGGAUUCGACUCACCCAGAUCCUACCGCGUUCAAGCUCCGGGAAGUUCCGUUUGACGGAAUUUUUGUGGUGGAAACCAACAACGGGGUAGAAAUUUAGAAAUUUAGAAAUUCAGAAAUGAGAAGUGGUGAAGAGACACAAAGAUAAAGAACAUUCUCGUGAUAAGAAAACAAGAUACCAGGGUCAAGUAAAGGAAGAAAGGUUGAAAAUUAUGAACUAAACUUCUUGACUCUUGAGCAGGUAAUCAGUAUGAGCCUUCCACUUACAGGAGCCGUUGAGCGAUACCAUCAAGGCGCUUUUGAUGUCGAUUGAAGCACCAUUCGUUCAACCACCGAAUUUUUUGCCGAAAGCGCAUCUAGUGGCGAAAGCGCCGGAAGCUCUGACUAAUGUCAUUCGACGUCGGUCCAGUGUGGAUUUAGUCGAUUUGGCAAUCAGUUGCCAGAAUCACCAAGAAUGCAACCUUUUGACGGCUAUCGCUGCGUCGGAAGUUGCUCGACGAUUUCCAGGCACAGUCUGCUUUUCGGCGAUUUGGGAUAUGGUCAAUUCGACUGAAGAGCUCAAGUACGGACAUGAAGGGCUUAGUCUUUCAGCCUGCAAGGUGCUCCAAGACCGUAUUCUGGAGCAGCGCAAAGCGCAAUGCUGUGCGAAAGUCGAGGCUUUGUGCCAGAUGCAGAAUGCACCGAUCUGGGCACAGCAACUGCAGGCUCAGUUGCAUCCAAAGGCUAGUUCCCCGAUUGAAUCGGUUGGUGGUAACGCCAACGUCACGGUGGACGAGCUACACGAGAAGAGCCGAGUGAGUGAAGACGCUCGCCGCCGCUCUUCUCAGUCGAAAAACGUCACAGCUUCUGGUACAGAAUACUUUGAAAUAUAUACACCUCGUCGGCCAGACGAAUCCCCUAGAGCGAGUGACUAUGCCUCUCUAGGGUCUCCAGACGACGACAUGAGGAACGAAGUGUCUGUCGAAACUACUGAAUUAGACCAAUUCGACGUGGGAACUAAUCUGAUGAGAACCUCACUAGUAAAAAAUGAACUGAUACUAGUACAGAAUGAAAUGAAACCAUCAUCAACAGUUGCGCCACCGGCUGCUUCUGCGAGCUCGUCCAAGGGAGCGGCUACAACGGCUCCAGUCGAGCCGGCCGAAAGUUCUGCGGCGACAAGUUCCGAUGAAGAGUCCUUGGUUCAAGUUGAGGAUGUUCUGUCCGCGUCAGCUCCCCCAACUUGUGGCCCAAGCAUCGCUAGCUUGCUGAGACAGCGACUUAGCCGCUAGAGGGGGAAUGAACUCCUCAACUUAGGGGUGGAGGUAGGGGGUUGUAGGAACUCUGGAACAUGAUGGAGUUAUAAAAAACUCUAAAACAUGGAGCUAGGCUAUUUUACCCCCUGCUUCUAAAAGGAACCUCUACCCAUGAUUUCCCCGAGUCAUUCGUAGAGAUAAAAUCUAAAAAAAAAAAAUAAUAAAAAGUAGACAACGAGAAGCUUCUGCCUUGAACUGAGGCAGCAGUCUUAGUGCUCAGAAAGAGCAAGACGGUGGAAUGUAUCCAAAGAGAAGCGAUGUUGUUCAGACAAGUACCAGUAAGACUGAGAUGUGAUGGGACGUGAAAGAAAACAAACGAUCAGAGUGAUUCGGUGUUAUAGUUGGCCGGGCGCACUGCAAUGCACGAGGCUGUGUGUGACGUUUGAAGGCGGAGGAGGGGCCUUCAGAACUUGGGGGGGAAACCCUUCAGGUGCUGGAAAUGUAGAAAAGAAGAAAAGAAAGAUAAGCUCCACGCGGUGGAAGGAUCAAGAAAGAGAGACUGUUCCGUGUUUUUUGUGUUUGAUUAGAAGUUUUUUCUGUUGGUUGGAAGUAGUGAAUAGUGCGCCGAAGGUUGGGUGAAUUCUGCCAAGAACAUGUUGUUGCAGUAGUGUAGUUGAAAUUGACAGCUGUGUUUCUUUCUCUUGUAAUUGUUUGAAAAGAUGUAGAACCAGACUCAAUGAUGUUAGCAGAGAUAAGCAUUAGCACUUAUUUGGCGAUUGCCUUUUGUCUUUUCCCAAAAAACCACCACCACUUUAGCAGGGUUUGAGAGAGAUUUUGGAGCGAAAAAACUUACAGGAUGACCACAGUCACUCGUUCGCCCGUCACUUGUGGCGGUAUGUCGAGCGCUGUCGUGACCUCUGGGGUCGUCACAGCAAUCCUCGGGUUUAUCUCGAUGGCUCGACCGGAUCCGGUGUAUUACCGUUACGGUAAGCCGCCGGGCAACCCUCCGGGGGCGCCUGGUGACGGAGGCGGCAACAAUUAUGAACAUUAUGAGGAAUAUGAAGAAGGUGCUUAUUGGCUGUUGACAAAGGUCCAAUGGCAGCGACUGUAUGAUCAAAUCGCCAACUUGGUUGCGCAUUUGAGCAUGCUGAUCGGACUUGGUAUUUUGCUAUUUGAAAUGUACCAAGCGAAAUCCCGACAGCAGGAAACUGGGGAAACAAAGGAUGAACCAGAAGGAGAUGUGCCACCCGCUUACAAGUUGCCGUCGAUCUUUGAUGGACAAGGUCAUGGACUAGGACUUGGUCAACCUUGGACGGGGAGCACGUUCAUUGAAACCGUGCCGAAUCAAGGUACGACUACCCUGGAGAAAGUAAGAGGCACAGAAGAAACUGAACUUGACAGGAUUUAGAACGCGCAGGGUUUGUCCAAUUUUGGAAACUGUGACGAAGUCCACUGGAUUAGGAAUUUGUUUGGAUAGGACUGUAAAGAUGCCUGAAAAUGAGAGCGUAUUCCAAAGAUAUGAUUGUGCACAGGAAAUGCAAGGACGUUUAGAAAUGUUGGAUUUCACAAAGUUGAAGAUGGUGGUAGUGCGACCGAUUGAUGAGAAUUCCUUUGAAGUAGGUUUGUUUUUGGUGGAUAAUUCGAGAAUCAAUGGGAAUGAUUCCUUCUCCAAAUUGAGUGCUACUCCCUUGAAUCUGGAAACUUACUCUGUCAGAGCGGCGCUUGCGGCCAGGCAAACGUUUGACCGGCUUCGCCUAGAACAUCUUCAAGCCCCUUUGCACGGUUGGCAAGCGGUGAAAAGCGGAGCCAUGAAGGCUAUGGGCGUUGCAAGUAAUGUGGUGGAUGCAGUGGAGGCGGAAGCUAAUCGGUUUUCCAACCUCUCCCGUGACAUGAGUGCAGCGGCCUGCUUGGUCAGCUUUAGAGAGCAGUUUUCGAAACAGGCAGGCCUCAGGCCAAUUAUUGUGCAAGAAGAACUGGAAAUGCAGAUGUUCAGUCUUGUCUGCAAGGAUGGCGCUGGAAUUUCGGUAGGAAUUUUCUGUACCCAGUACGUGAACAAAUUCCGCGAAUUGAUGGCUGAAAGGCUGAUUCAAAAGAGCGGCCAGGUGUUUCAGACGUCUGAUAUUGUGGGAACGUCCCAGGAACUAAGACGGUUCUUGCGGCAUUUUCUGCAACGGAUUCCACAAGAGUACGCACGUUCGUUUGAAGAGAAUUUGAUUGGCAAAAGAGGAAUUGAGUACACAUCUUUGGACUCUGCGCGUGAGUAUGCGUUGGCGAGAGCUAACGUGAAAGCAACAACAAGUGAAUCAAGAUUUUCGGGGGAUGGCUCGUAUGAGCCGGAGCCUGGUUUCUUCAAUCAGAUGGAUUCAGAUUUCGCCCCUGAGCCGGGUUCAGAAGAGAAUCUGUUGAACAAGAUGGAACUUUAUCCGCGAGGAGAUCGUUCUGCGAAAUUGGUGAUGUGCCAGCCUUGUGAAGAAUAUCAGGACGAAACGAAGAAAAAGUGGCAUCUCUGUGGGGAUCCAAACCACACGAGAGGAUUGCACUACGCGUCCCUUGCGGAUGUGGAUUGGAAUAAGGAGCCUCAAACUUGUCCACUGCCCGCGUGCAACAAAAGGAAACAUCCAGUGAAUAAGGCAGGGCAGAUCUGUUGUCCGAAUUUGCUGGCUCGCGCAGCCGGGAGGCUGUUAAAGAGAGACGAAAAAACAAAGUUAAUCUUUUGCGAUGUUUUGGUGGACGCUAAGGGCGUUCCGCAUCAUCCGUCAUUUCGGAAACCGGACUUUCAAGCAGGACUGGGAAAAGAACUCCUGGAAUUGAAGCGCGACGGGAAGAACCCGACGUGUAAGCUUGUGCCGGAAAGAGAACGUCGUUUGUUUCAUCCACCCGCCUUUGUGAAAUCUAAUAAACUGAAUUCAAAGAGAUUUGCUCAGAAAGAUUUGAAGUCAAAGAAAACGGGGCCUCCAGUGAAAAAAGUGGCUUUCGCUAAGAGGAGACCCGCCCCGCCCCCGCGGCGGGCCAACCAAAUGAACCUCGGUCCCUCCGUGACGGAACCGUCGACAGGAGGAGGGGAGGAAAUGACAAAAAACGAUUUAGAUUGGGAGAUGUGGGCAAAUGUGCCAUUAACCCCUUCGAUAAAUCGGAUGGAAACAUCCGAGGCCUGCAAAUUGAGUGAGGAUAGAGAUCCGAGCUCCUUCUGUUGGCUGUUUAUCCGAAUUGGAGUUUUGGUUUAUUUGAUAUUAAGAAUGGGAGAAGCCUACGCUUCGGAACGUUUAGGGUUGACUGCAGACACAGUUCCCCGCAUGGUUUCGAAAGUACGCGAAAGGUUCCUAAGAAAGAACGGAGUAGUAUCCAUGAUGAAUUCUGCAUGGGAAAGCACAGCAAGACGACCGAAAGAAGAACGGCGAGCCCCAAUUUAUAUUGCGGGUUUUCUAGGCAAAGCCCUUCCAAUUCCUCUAUAUUUAGACCCGGGGGCGUGGCUGGGGUACGAUGUGACUGACAAGGCAAGUUGCGAACGUCUGAGAGCACGGAAGGAUGUAAGUGACUUCGUGUCUCCGCCUAUGCCUUGCCCACCAGUGGAAAUUUCUUUUGGAAGAGAGUCUUUUUCCCAUACAGCGAAUCGGGAGUGCAUUUUGUGCUUGCAGAUUUCCACUCGAAGUGGGAAGGUCCUGGAUUUGAAACGAAAGUUUCUGAUUGUAGAGGGACUGAACACGCCCGGGGCGUUGAUUGCCGGGGAUACAGCAGUGUAUCAGCUUGGGACUAACUAUGCGCCGCUACGAGAAGGUAGCCGCGAGAUAGAGUUGCUUGGCGAACGGGUGCCAGUUGUGGAGUAUAAUAGUACAACAAAGAAGCCCGUGAUGAACGCCUUUACAAGGUUAGCCCAUGUGGCGGCCUUCGCGUCGGUAUCUGCGACGUUUGUUUGCCCGCCGAUUAAUCAUGAGAAUACCACAGCGGUGGCGCAACCAAGUCUAAAGGCCACGAAAGACGGGAUUUCAUUUUUACCGGUUCUUAUCACGGGAUCGGAAUCGGAGGACACCGAGCACCCGAUUGAGAUUUUUAAUCACAGGAACAAGGAUCGGCAAGUGACAUUGACGAGAGAGCGUUUGAAGAUCCAACCACUGGCCCCACUGCGAGCUUGUAAUCUGAUGAGUCGAGUGACAGCAGAUUCUUCGAAGCCGCUUUCAGGGGGCGAGGGGGGUGAUGAUGCCCUCCUGCAAACGAGUCCUGAACUUAAAAAAUUCGAAAAAGAAAGUACGCCCAAACCUCUCGAGAACUGGAAAACUGCAAUAACAGUUGGAGCAUUAUUAACAGACUAUGGAUGCUGGCCUCUGCUGACCCAGCAUUGGCUGGGAAAGGGAGGCGAAGCCCCUGUAGGAGCAAUUCAUGGAAUUACAUAUGACGAAGGUGAGGCGAGUUUAGGAAGUCGAGUAUGUGCUGAUGUUUGGCGAUUACAGGGCUAGUUUGGAGAAGAAACGGAAAAGGUCAGUGAGUGGGAUAAAGAGGUCUACAACUUUUCUGAUACCACCGUCGACGUGAAUAGCGUCCGAUGGGAUUGGUACAAGUGGAAGAAGGAAAACGAGGAAAAAGAAGGACGGAAGGACUUUAAAAACACUUUGGCAGCCGGAGCGACGAGUAAGAUGAAGGUCUUCUCGGAACAACUACCGGAGGCCAGGGAUGUAACACAUUUGAGUAGUCUGUUUCAAGAGUGGGAAGGUAUUCGAAAGAUCGAAGAAAUCUUGAACAUGUCAAAAUAUAAAAAUAAGACGAAGCCGAAAGACUUCGGGGAUUUGGACAAGGAAAUACAGGAUCGAAGUACCAAAAGACAGCGCAGCAGAAAAUGGGACGUGCCGUCUGUCGAGUGGACGGAGAACGUCACGCAAGUCUUUAGAGCGCAAGUAAAGGAGUUCGACCAUAUGCCUGAAGAAAGUAAAGAAGCGCUGUUGGCUACGAUUGAACGGAGUGCGCAUUUCUUCUACGAUGAAGGAUGUCCGUUCCCUUCGUUGAAAACAGUGCGCCACUUCGAUUAUAAUCCUAACAGGGUGACGCAUCGGAGUUUACCUCAGCCGUUGCAGUUGAGCGCGUACGGAAAGAAGUGUUUGGAUUUUUUGUUCCAGACUCAGCUCGACGACGGGUUGUUUGAAAAGUGGGAUGGGUCUGAUGAAAGUCGACCAAUUUUUUGCAGUCCUGCUUUUUUAGCACCUCGCAAGAAUUCCGUGAUUGGAAGGAUUGUGGUGGAUUACAGGAAGUGUAACGAGGCGUUGACGCCGAUUGCGUUGCCGGCUCCUAACCAAGAAAAGACUUUCCACAAUCUAAAAGGGGAAAAGUUUUAUUUUGGGUCGGAUUUGUCGCUGGCCUACAAUCUAGCGAAACUCGAUGUGCAAACGAAACGUCUCCUGGCGGUGGUGACCCAUUCUGGGGUGUACUUGCCUACGCGAUUGACGUUAGGACCAAGUCCCGCGCCCGGGUGGUUCCAAGCUCAAACUGAGGUGGCGUUUGGGCAUGAGUGUGAAGCAUUUAUAGAUGACGUCGGCUAUGGAGAGAACUCAAUGGAAGAGUUCAUAUCGCGACUAGAGAGGGUAUUCCAAUGUUGUGAGAAAAGUGGGGCCCGACUCUCGCUGACUAGGACUUUUAUUGGUGCUCCGAAAAUUGAAGUGUUAGGGCAUAUCAUUGACGAAGCCGGGACGCACCUUAGUCCGGCAAAGUUAUUCCAAAUUCAGAAUUGGCCUCUCCCCACAAACAAAGAAGAUUUGACUUCGUUCGUUCAUGUGGUGCGGUAUCUGCAAUGUUACACAAGCGAGCUACAGAAUGUCGCGGCACCCUUGAAGGAGUACGAACUCAAGAAAAGGCCUUUUAAUGAGUUUGCCUCAGAUGAGCAGGCAGUAGCCGCUUUUCAGGCACUAAAGGACGUGGUCUCAAAGAAUGCGACUCUGAUUAAGCCAGACUACGAAGCAGCAAAUACUUGGCAGCGGCCAUUCGAGGUGUUCGCGGACGCCUCGCAGUAUCGCUAUGCCUGGGCAAUUUGUCAGCGAACAGCUGAAGGUAAACUGCGAGCGUGGAAAUGUUCUACGCAUUCGUUUGACAAAACGCAGAAGCAGUGGUCGACUUUAGCGCGCGAAUUAUUUGCCAUCGUGGACUUCAUAAAGUCGGGCUAUGAGCUGAUUCGGGGCUCGAAGUGGAUCCUGUACACGGAUCAUCAGAAUUUGGGCAUGAAAGAGCUCAACUCACUGUGUGCCAAUAGAACUACCGGAGGUAAGAUCUUACGAUGGUUUUAUCUCAUUGCUAGACCGCUUUCUACUGGGAAGCGAGUAUAUUUGAAGGGGGAAGCGAACGUCAUUGCGGACGCGCUUUCGAGGAUGAAGUCUGAGGAGGAUCCGGCUCUGAAGGAGAUUGAUAAUCUUUCUUUUAUGUUGCCGCGGAUUCGUUCUCUAGUGCAGUUUAUCUUCUGCCAGCCAGAUCAACUUGGCCAGAUGAUGUCAGAAAGAAAGAAGUUACUGGAGGUGGAUCAUUUUGUGCCACCCGUUCACCCAAGUGAAGACUUUGAGGACCCGCAUGAUCACUUGCCGAGUGCUCUGGCAUCGGAUCAAGCGGUAGGCAGUGACGUGGGGGCGAAGUGCAUUGGAAUUAAGAUGAAGAAGGACGCGAGCAUGAAAGAAAGCGAGGGAGGGAAUGGAGAUCAGGAGUGGCAGAGUCCAUCCCAGUUAAUGUGUACGAUGUGCGACGAAGGCGAAUGCAUGAUGUUGCAGGAUGGAGCCGGAUUCCACUUGUAUCAGGGGGAUGGCGUCCCCGAUCGACCAUGUAACGCGAGUUCGUCGUUACUAGAUGAGGAUUUAGACCUCCUGGACCUAGGAAGGAGUGGGGAGGGUUCGACGUCCUCGAAACAGAAGCGGGUUUGUGCGGUGGUGGUUUCCCCAAGUGGGAAGGUGUUAAUUGCAGAUGCGCAAGACAACGAAGUUUUUGAAGAUAUUUCUAUUCGGUUUCCCGGAGGGAGAUUGAAUGAGGGAGAAGGAGUUAACCAAGGGCUUCGGCGGUUGGUGCCGUUAUGCGUUAAAAACGCCGAGAAGCUAGAGUGUCAAUAUGCAACCUGCCCGAGCCUUUACGAUCUAGGAGUCUACUGGGUUUUGCUGCGGGUAAAUUCCACGGCGGACCACGGAUGGCUGGAAACGGCUUCCGUACUCAGUCCAAGGUCGGUAACCUGGGAAGUAUUUAUCGAAAAGUUAGGAGCAUCACGUCAAAAGCGACGGCUGAAGACGAUGCUCAAAGCAAUGAGAGAUCAGUUGCGACCCUCGGCAGUAACCGAGCGCUAUAGGGGGAUUUUCCUUCCCCGGCGAUUAUAUCGGAAGACUGACGAGAGAGGAGAUAACGUAGUGGUCUCCGGUGUGAUGGAUGGCCGUUCAACGGAUCGGGAGUGGAUUAAAAUUACUCCGAGCAUGACGUUUAAGCAAGCUUAUGAUAAAGCUUGGGAUCGUUUGAAGGAAUUGAUGCAAGAAGCCGAAACAGCGGCAGCUAGACGAUUGGGUGAAAGAAUCGUGAAUGGGAGGUCCGUGGUUCAUCAAGAGUAUUUUCAUCUUUUUCGGAAGCCUGAGAGGGCGGACGUGGUGAAAAAGGUUGCAGCGGAUCUCUUCACGAUCUCAGCCUCUUGGGAUACUAGAGCCUGUUUUUUGGAUUCUGCUCCUUGUACGAACUUCAAAGAGAUUCGGAAGUGUCGGAUAGGGAGGGUGUCCGCUUCAUUAUGUCGGUGCCUCUGUGGUGAAGGCGUGAUAGGAGGGGAGGCCCCUGAUGUGACUGAAUUCCUAACCGCGCCGGAAUGCGUGAAAAUUUCAAAGGAGGUUCGCGAGCAGUUUAUUAGGAAACGCGAUGGAGUGGAAUCUUUCCGGAUUUUGUUUCCAUCAUUGCCAGUCAUUAGUGACGAGGCUACGAUGAUCCGCGAAACUGCGAAUAAUGAGGAUUUGUGCAUAGAAGUGCAUGAAACAUCGGAGAAAGUGACCCGAGUGGCCAUGUGGAACCCAAGGAACGUGGCCUCGCUUCAGGCAGGCCCGGUGAGGGCUUUCGGAUCCCUGUGGGAUGAGGAAAGUUGUAAGCUGCGGCUGAAAAAACAUUGGGAGUUGAGGACUUUCCAUUUCCCUUUUGCAGGGGAAGACUCCGUGGUGGCAGCGUUAGUUUCACUGCAAGGAGCAGGGCUACGCCAGCGCUUGGUGGAGGAUCAGAAGGCUUGUAAGGAAUGGGGUCCUGUUUAUUUGGCAUGUGAACUGCGCGACAGGGAAAAGGACCGGGAACAGGUUGAGCUUGCGGCUGCACGCAAGUGGGACCUGGGAAAGGCCCGUAUGUCGACCGCUAGAAUGUAUGAGCAUUGGAUUGACGAAGAUACUAAGUUGUUGAUGACGCGUCAUCAUGAGACGGCUGUAGUGUGCUUGCCAGCGGGAGGAGCUUGGCUGUCUACCGUAGUAGGGAAGGAGGUGAGUUGGAAGAAGUAUUACCUUCUCCUGGCUCAUAAUUCCUUGCUGGGGACGGGGCAUGGAGGUGCUCGACAAACCUAUAAUCAUCUGUUGGAUAGAGGGGCGUUUUGGGCAACCAUGUGGAGGGAUGUGCAAGCACAUUGUAAAAAUUGCAUUGCUUGCACGAUCGCCCACGCGGCCAAGGCAACGCAGGCCCCGUUGGGGUAUGAGAAGUAUCUAGGGUUUUUCAGAGUGCUGCACGUUGACCAUGUGGGUCCAUUCAAAUUGGAUAAAGGUUUAAAUUACUUAUUGUCGGUUCGUGACUCGGCGACGUUGUUUUCCUGGUUCAUUCCGGUGAAAACGAAGUCUUGCAAAGAGGCCGCAGAGGCUUUGGCUGCUAACGCAUUUUGUAUGGUCGGCUACCCGAUUGUGAUGCGAUCCGAUCGAGGAUUCGGUGAGUCGGGGGAUGAAAGCUUGGGGAAAUAUUUGCAGACGUAUGGGGUGCAUCAUGCGCCAACUAUGCCGUAUUCGCCGCAGGCGAAUUGGCUGGUUGAAGUGCUCCAUAAGCCGCUGCGGAAGAUUUUGAUCAAAUUUGCGGAGAACGCCAAAUGGGUAGAGUUGGUUCCCUACCUAAAUUGGAUUGCUCGGACAACACCGAUCGAGGUGUUAGGUGAUCGCUCGCCGUAUGAGCUAGUGUUUGGCUGUAAGCCGCGGCACGCUUUUGCGGAGACUCUGAGAACGGCGCUCGGAGGAACACCGGGUGUGGAUUCUUAUUUGGAAGCGGCGAAUAAGUUUCGGGAGGAAAUUUUGUCACAGUCAAACCUGACUGGGAAUGAAAAUUCGAAGCUUCGUCAAAUCGCACAAACAAAGCUGAGAGGGCAUUCACUGGAAGCACCUCUGAUUACUGGUGAUCUGGUGGUAGUAAGAAACAUGCACGCGCGAAAAGAUAGUUUUGACCCGAAGAAUUUUCCAGCGUUGUUUAAGGUGGAGUCGGUAGGACCGCGCCACGCAAUAUUGCUGGAUCUAUUGGGUGAAGCAGCAACGGGAGCGGCCAGUGGGAAGGUUCCACUAAAGCUGCUGACCCGUGCUGUACCCGCAUCAAGUGCCGAGGAUUUCUUGCGGAAUCUGGACUAUCUCCCUUCGACGGAUGAAAUGUUAGGAAGAACAAAGGAGGUGUUCACGCGGAAGGUGGAGGAACAGACUGAGUAGGAUGAACUCCUGACGUGGUUGUAGAGCCAGUCCCUGAGGAAAUCUGGGAGGUUUGACGAAAACUCUAAUAUUGCGUAAAAUGACAAAAUGGCCCUACUUCCUACUUUAGGAGACUGCUGCAGCCACUGGCGGGAGAAGGGGGGAGCGGAUGGCUCCACGAAGGGUCUGAGAUAAGUUGGGAGUCUGCAAGGAAUGUUCUGUGUUUUGAAGUAGGGUAUAAGUAGCAUAGAGAUAACCGGACUGGUGUUGUGAAGCGUCGCUCUUAUGCGGUGGAGUCCGAACGGAUUCGAUGAAUGAAGAGAGGUCGACUUCCAGCACUUUGCUGCUAGCCCGGUGCUGAGGCCUACCCUAGCACAGUGUUGGAGGGAUCUCUGGAUCCGUGGGAAGGAACUUCGAGUCAGGAAGUGGAUUGAUCACCUGCUUUCCUGGGGCAAGUUCUGGCUAGUUUAAGGCUCGUCUGUCUUGAAGCAGCAGAGGAGGCGUCGACCUGGGGGCGUCUGUCUGUAUAAGUAACCGCUUCGGACUCUGUGAAAAGGACGAAUACUCGAGAGAUGUUUCUGCUUUGUGAAAGAAGCAAAGCGAGUAAAUGUCCAGACUCCUUGGCUUAGUUCAAGUAGGCCUGGAUAAGAAUUAAGUAGUAGCAAGGACUGCUGGGUAGUGAUACCUCCGAGGGAGGGAAGCGCCGUGAACAGUAGGAAAUGAACAACGUGAAACACUAGAUCAGUCGUUCUGUGGUUUAGGCGAGCAAUCUAGGGGAAGCUAUUCAAGAAGGAAAGGCUCAUGGAAAGUUUGGCCAAAUGAGCUGCCUACGAUAGAUUUGAUCAGGUCCUGAAUCUCGAGGGGAAGCCCUGGAGUAGUAAGGAUAGGAUGAUCUAGGCCAGGUGACUAAAAGGUUGCGAGACCUUAGUAAACCCUUUGGCGGUUGUAAGAUAUGAAAGAAGAAUAGAAUUGUUGGUAUCUGCGAGGAUACCAGGCGAACUUCCUGGAGACGGGAAGGGGCUAGGAUUCACUCGGUAUUUGGGCACCUUCGCUGUAAUGGUGAUAGGAAUAUAAGUACCACCGGACGGAGCUCUUAAAAGGAUGGCUCCGACGCCUCACUGCGUAGGGGGGGCAGUGUAGGACCUGGCCCGGGUGUAAACAGGGCGGCCCUUCGUGAAGAAGUGCGCCAAAUAACUCCAAGGAACAAACGCUGAGUGACUAAAUACCCUAGACGGCUGCUGCCGAGAUCGACCCGGUAGGGCGGCUGUCAUUAUUAGGACUAGAGGACUUGGAGGAUCAGCAAGAGACUCCGACUGCAAGGCGGCGCUGUGAACAACGCUUAGGUGUUGCCUCAGCUACCAAGCUGUAGUGUGGGCCUCAUAGGGGGGCUGAUUGCGGAUCAGUCUCGUUCCCCAUUUUGUAAUUAGGAAAGACGCUUGAUGAGAUGGUGAAAGCCAGCAUUUUAUCUAAACCUAGCCAACACAUAUAUAUAUACUGCCACUGUAGAUAUACUUUACCCUCUUUACGAUUACCCCCUAGGAGUCUCAUUAUCUUCAGCACCCACCCUGUCGCAAUCAAUAGAAAGAGUCUGGUGGUCAAAAUUUCGGCGCGUCGUUCGAAGUCGAAGACGUAGGCCGGGAACGUGAAAGAAGUGCUGUUUCUCAUACGGCAUUCGAACUCGCCCGGUAUCGCUUUUGGCGCUCUUCUCGAAGUGUGUCACUGCUGCUUUAUUCGCAACAAAAUAGUCAACUGCGAAACCCGUUUUGUCUGGGCUGGCAGCGGAAAGUCCAGGUGCCAUCUCCUUGUGUGACGCACGCUGCCGCCCGUCCAAGUAGACUGUCUUGGAGGGAUUUUGUCUCCCGUUUGCUACAAGACGGCGUCUCUCGAUCGUUGCGUCUAUGCAAGCAAACGUGACAUCGUGACAAAAGUCGACUGAAAUCCCCAAAGGCUAUGGAAGGGGCGGUAGUAUCAAACCACUGACCAAGCGCCUUGCCAAAGGCUUGAGCAACGUCAAAUCGGCGCAGCUCCUCCGAAGAAUUGACACUGUAGAUAUUCGCGAUGCGCGCUGUAACCCCAAACAAAUCGAACUCGAGCACUGCAAACCGGCCUUCGCGAUCUGCAAAACCCAAGAUACCUCCCGAUGUUGGGAUGCUGCUGUAGUCCAACUGGUCGCCACAGUACCGAUGUCUAAAAUCUCGGCGAACAAAGGUUGCAGGGCUGCUGUAGCCGACGCGCGUAGUUGAAUUUCGGAAAUAGAUGACAUACUUCGAUCCUAAAUGCUCCUCGAGUAGUUUCUGAAACUUCGUUUCUGUGGUUGCUGAAAGCUUGGCUUCCUGGAUAAAAACGAAAUGCGGAGAAGUUUCAAAUACCGAGUAAAAGUCUUGCAGUCUUUUAGAGUCCUCCAAGGUCGCUGCAAGUCCGUCAAUGGUGUAGCUGACCGCACUAAGCGAGUCUGUAGGUGUCGGGAGACUACGAUCGACCCCGGUGCGGAAUGCUGCAAGAGUGCGCGCAUGCUGACCCUGUGGGAAUACCUCGAGCUCCUCAAGCUCCACUACACGUUUCGCCAGUUCUCGUCGGGUCAGGCAUUUCGAAAGGUACACGAUGAUCGCGCCAUGAGACAACUCGACCGGGCGGAUCAUUCUGAUGCUUUGCGGAUUACCUAGCUUGUGUGGUGCUCCUGACAAAAGUUGCAUCGAUGCACUAUUAGAGCCUCGACGUGUUACAACAAAGAGUCGUGGGAGCAUGCGGCUCUCGAGUUUGCCCUUCUUGGCACGAAGUCGAACCACAAUGGACCCCAUCUGAGUGCGCAAGUCAUCCUUUGCGGCUUCACGGCGGAGCCCUUUAUGAUGGUUUCGGAGUCGGUUUGCAUAGUAAAUCGAAUCGGCCUGCCUUCGUCGUCGAACUGCUAGCGAGACCUCGCCCGCAAGCGUCUGUGACGCACGGUGACGAUUCAAAAGCCUCCUCCUUUGUAGUGAUGAAGUUGGAGCCUGUAUGGCGCUCAAGAGUCGACGCUCCAUCAAGAGAAGGCAAUGGGCUGCGAGCAAGUGCUAGAGCAGCGCGAUGAACAAACUCACGCCAAUUAAUAGGAAGCAAAGCAACUUCCUCCUCUUGAGGGUCGUCAAGGUCUUUACUUUUCUUCUUUGAACGCGCGGUGAUCGAAAAAUCCGCAAACAGAUCAUCCUCAACCGCGUCGACAAACUCAUCCUCCUGGCAUCCAAGCUCCACUUCUGCUUCGGAUUCCUGUAAAGAAAUGUCGUUCUGAUGAUCUUCUUCUGAGUUGUUAGCUGCAUCCUCUGGGAGGAGCGCCUUGUCUUCUGGAAUAGAGUCGGGCUCAAUCCGAUGAGUGCCGACAAGUGCUUUAAAUCCCUUAGGCAACUUCUUGACUUGAAGAUGUCCUGAGUCUGGAUCUCGUUUGAGGUGAGCCUUGGAUUCCGACUGGAGGUGAAAAAUCCGGAUCAGGAAGUUCAAAAGAGCAUGCGGAUGCUCCACAAUCCAACUCCCGGAUGCAAGGUAGUGUGGCGAAUGCCACGUGCCAACCGUGUGGCUGGGGGCAACCUUUGAAGCCAGCGAGUUCAAGGCGUCAAGAAAUUCCCUCAAAAAGUGCGAUCCGUUAUCGCACCUGAUAAACGAAUAAAGUUGGAACGUAGAAAGCAUGGCGUUGAAUGUUUCCCGCGCUGCUGUAUCUGCAGUUGAGUCACGGGUCGGCACUGCCCAAGUGAGGUUGCUUCGGCCAUCCGUGGCCGUGAAGAUAGAGGCGUACUCUGACCCUCGAACCGCGCCAAAGCUACUCGGUCCAAGAUUGGUGACGAAGUCCGUCGACAAACAGAACCGUGCCCCGGUGUUUGUACAUCUCCAAACGAGGCUGCGUCUGGAUGUCGUAGUGAAAUGCAGCGGGUGACAUCGAGCAGGUAAGACACGCGUCGACCACUCGUGCGCAAAGGGUAGAAAGGUCCGUAGUAAAGAAUCCUCUGCGCAUUACUAAGCAGUGCAAAACCCCGCGGCUGGAGUGCGCGUCAUCGUGAAUGUGUGUAACCACCGCUACCGCAGUCGAUGUGUGGGCGUACUCUUUCCCUUCGUAUUCCAGUGGCUCUGCCUCAAGGAGAGUGGUAAGGAGGAAUUUGUAUUCGCCUGUCACUCGCUGUCGCAAUGCUCCUGCGUAAAUGCGAUAGCGAUUGGAUUCUUCAAGGAAGGCCAUCGCUUUCCGUUUCGAAGCCGACUUUUCCUUUUUCUGACAAGACUGCGCAGUGGCUGCGCCAGAAGAGUCCGGAUGUCGGGUCUGCGCCUCAAGUGCCGCAAACCGCGCAAAGAACUGAGACUUCUGCGCUUCUGCAAGUCGAGCAAGAAAGUUGCUUGGUAUCGAAAGGAAGUCGACUGGUUUUCGGCAGAAAAUCACAUAGACUGUCUCUUUCGUUCGUGUUUCUAGAAAGUCACUGCCCACUAUCUGGAAAAAGUGAGGCCCUCCAUGUCGCCGGAUACGGUAUUUCCGCUUACGUGGGAGCUCCUUAAAGGCGGGCGCAACUACAGGGGGUCCGCCGAACGGGUCGCCAUCCGUAGGUGUAUGGCUCUGAUCGGCGUCACCUGCAUACUCGAAGUCCUCCUGUAGCAGACCUCCGCCUAGAGGUGUGUAGCUCAAAUCUCCAUCCGCUACAGGUGUCCGCUUUUCCUUGGCAGAGAUGAAAUAGAACCUACAGGCGCCUUCACACUUGUAGGACUCAGCGUCUCCUGUGCCAAUAAGUGCGUGAAUUGUGGUCCACGAAUGUCCAAGGUCUCCCGGAUGAGAUGAUUUAUCGAACUUCUCUGCUAUCCCGAAGAAAGAACCAUCCACGUUGGAAUCGUCAUGAAAAACAUGAUCUCCCUCUGGCAAGGUGUCAAGCUUCUCAAGCAGCAGUUUGGAAUCGGUCUCAAUUCCACCUGGGAGUAGCAUGUCUGGGAUGUCGCAGGGAGGUCCCGGUGGCGGCCCCACCUCAGGAACAUCUACUGCAAGACUGCAUCCACAUCUGAGCUGUGUGUAUGUAUCGCAUUCAUAUAGUCGAACCGCUGUUGGACAGAGCGGGUUCUGUGGGUCAUGUAGCUUUGCCUUCUUCGGCAAAUAGGAUGACCACGAAUGCCAGACAUCCGCCUUGCGCGUCGUUUCUCGGCUCGGAAGCGCUUUGAACUCGCGCCAUGAAUGUUCCUUAGGAUGCCCAAGGGAGUGUCCAAACAUCUUGAGGACAAUCUCGUAGGCGCGAUCCGCUGGGCACGGCCAAUCAUCCCUAAAACGCAACCACCUUGAGCCUGAAGGAGGCAAAAGAGAAGUGUCUGGGACUGUGAUAACCAAACUAUCACCCCGCUCAUCCGUCUUUCUUCUAACAUGUAGCGAAAAUCGUACACAAGGUAGUCGGAUCUUGGUCACUGUAUUAGGUGUUGGCGCUGCUGGGAGUAGCUUCUCUUCCUUUGCCGCGCUGUCCUCGUCAGCUAUGUCGCCCUCUUCUAAUUGCGAGUCUGAAGCAAAGGCGGCAGGCGCCGUCGGGGUCACGAACUUCGCUGGUGGCCUCGAACAGAUGAAACAUUGUGAGAAACAGAAAGACUCGCCCACUUCUCGCCACUUCUGGAUGCACUCGCGAUAGCUUUCCCAGUCACCUCCUGCGAGGGUGCAGCCAAUUCGGGCGGGAAAAACCGCAAUCGCCUCCUUGUCGUCUGUCUUUCUGUGCGCCUUCACUAGAUCACUGAGUCUAGUCAGGGAGGUCUUGAAGUGCUGAAGGCGGCGGAGUGAGUCGUCAAACCCUUGCACCGCUUUGCCAGGAUAAUGCUGUCCAGCAAGUCCAGCGACACCAAACUUCUCGCUAUCAGGCUCCCAUCUCAAAUAGCAACUCCCUAAUAUUCUUUUCGAACCGUCGCUAUAGAUGUUUGCCCAAGGAAACAGAUCGAGAAUCGUCUUCGCAAUGCCUUUCGCGGAUUGCGUAACACAGUUGAUCUGAUGCACUAAAACAACUCGAGCCGCCUUACGCUCAAGAAGGCUUCUCAAGUGGCUCAAAGCGCAAGUUUCCAAGUCAGUGACUCGGGUCUGAGGAGCAGCAGCAAGAGUCUGCGUCGAGUUGUCCUCUAGGCAGAUGGCUCCUUGUUGCUGCGGUAUAUCUGUGUUGGUCGUAACAACCUCAGACCCCGUAAGCAGCUCAGACCAAACUUCGGAGCAUAUGUUAAUCGGCCAUGAUACUGGGAGCAAUGCGCGGCUCAACGCGGCAGCGUCAACAACCAAUCGCCCUAACAAAGAUCCCUUUCUCUUCGCAAGGAAAAUGGAGCUGAGAAACGACGGCGCGCCAAUCUGCGCUGCAAACGUAUGGUAAGGCGCCAGAAAGCCUUCGGCGCAGCCUUCUCGUAAUAGGAACAAGAUGACUGUGUCUAGUACUCCGGGAAGUGUAAAUUUGCGGGCCACACCGAAAGGACUUCUCGCGUCCAACGGGUGGUAGACUUUACACAGCUGGACUGUAGGGAAAGGCCGUCCAGGGCCCCAGACCUUAUCUCGGAAUAUCAGCACAAUUUUGAUGAACAUCAUGCGCAGCAGGAAAGGAAGCAGCGUCAGACUCUUAGAGAGCGUCUUGGAAGUGAUCUCCUCCCACUGGGCCGUGUCAAUUGUGUCAGGCAUGCUCUUUUCUCGUGCUGCGAUUUCCUCUUUAGUCUGCUCCUCGGUUGCAUCUCCUGAAAUCGCAUUUCUGUAUGUCUUGUACCUCAAAUGCUGUGACUUGUCGGCGUCAUCUUGUGUUGCCUCUGGUGCGUCCUGCGCCAUUCCACUUAUCUGAGUCAUGCGGACACGAACGCGCUUAAGCUGAUCUCCUGUAACGGCGUCUCUCAAAACGAGCAUAGGACGGAGGACCCUGCUACUCUUAUCUACAAGAGUGCAGUUAAACUGGAUUCCUCGCGCAAGAUCCGCUAGCGGAAACACCAGCGGAGCCCCGGGCACUGAAACCAUAGAGGUGAAACUGACACCGACGGAAAUAUGGUAGGAUUCGUCGUCGCGUGAGCGAUGGAAGACAGAGCACGGAUCUACUUGAAUCUCAUGGAGACUCGGGAUUCCUGGCGCGAGGCUCGACUUCUCGACUACCCAGGACAAACCAUCCGCAUGCAAUAAUGGAUGUUCGAGUGAGAGGAGCGUGAGAGUCUCCCCAAGAGUGGGGACAACGGCGACAGUCCGCAGCGGUUGUCCGACCGGAUAUACCCGGGAGAGCAAGUUCUUGACAAUGUCCCGCCAUUCCUCAAACGUUGACUCUGGUAACCCAACACCCACCCUCCGCGUUUUCGAUAUGUCUGCUACCAAUAUCUUCUAGGUUUGAAGAUGCACCAAUCCGAUGAACCCGAUACACAACUCGAGAUGAAAGGGCGGCGUGGAUUUCGCAGCAGAGCAGACCGCUGAGAACGCCCGUCCAAUGAUUCCGUAAGUAGUUCUCGGACGCCGAGUGACGAACAGUCGUAAAGCAGUGCUAUCGGGGCAGCCAGCGGAAUGCGUGGGAGAAUUUCUCGGACAAAAUAACGCAACCCAAGAAGUUCCAUUCGUCCUGAGCUGUUAGCGUUCCUCACUUGGUCCUCUGCGCCAAACUUCCAAUGUGAGGCGAAGGCGAUUCGAUGUUUCUGCAAUUGUUUCUGGACUGCAAAAACAGAGCGUCUUUCUCUGGAUGAGUCAAUGCCGAAUCGUAGGAGUCCUCCUGUCUCUUUCCAACGGAUGGCUGAAUCUACAUCCAACUCACAAAGCUCGACUGCCCGUAUCAGAUCAGAAUGUGCCUGGUUGAACAGUUCUCGUGCUCGCGGGUCAGAUGCGAGUUCCUUGAUGGGCCUCUUGUUCGUCAUGAAGUCGGUAAAGAAGUCCAGGAUCUUGGGCCACUCGCGGAUAGAGCAUGGCAUGUAGUUGACUGCACACACCCAGCUCUUAAGCGUUUUAAGCGUAGUAGGCAUCUUCAUCCUAGCCAGAGAUGCAACCUUCUGCGGAUCUGGUCUCCUGCAGCGUUGCUCGUAAUCUAACUCCCACCCGAGUAUGUAAACUCUGAUGGCGAGAGAGAUUUUCUUGAGUGAAAAGUUAAAUCCGGACGCACAGCAACGCGCUAGAAAUUGUAUGAGCCGGAAAAGAAGUUGGAGCGCGUUAUCUGCUCUGUAGUUACAAUCGUCCAUGUAUGGUACGCUGUAGCGUCGUCCAAUCGGAAGACUCUCCUGCAGUGAAUUGAUUACGCCCUGCAUCUCGUCUGAAGGUGGGUCAACAUACAAGGAGUCGCCAAAAAGGUCGUCUGAUCCAUUAGUGCGGCAAGGCGGCAAAUGUGUGCUCUUGCUUAUUUCGUGCCCGUGUUGGUCAACGAGUGCGUCAUAACCCAUUGACCCCGUUGCAAUUGCUGCUAGUACUUUUGAAUCAAAUCCAGGAUCUUGUAGGUUGAAGAAAACCAAUGAGACCCAAAGACAAUAGACUGCUGGCGCGAAAACAAGCCCCAAGAACAUCCGCAGCGGCACAUAAACGUUAGUACCAUAUCCAAGUGCGGUAACCUUCUGCGUCUUGGGGUGAAGUAGGAACUGGAGAAAUCCUUUCGCAUGAUCCAGUCCAACAAAGCAUCCGACCUUGGCGGAUCGUAGCCACUCAAAGGCGCACCCUUCCACCGCUGCAAUACGGAGGAUAGGAGUCACCACUUUGUAAAGAAGCUGAACCACUAGAAUAAGAAACUGCCAGGCCCCACAGGCUACUGAGAACUUUGGGACAAACUCGCUCCGAAGUUCAUCCGUAUCAGAUCCGUUCUUGGCGUGUUCCUCCACUGCCUUUUUGGCGUGCUCUGGGACAUCUUUGUCUGCCUCUUCUACAGAGCAUGAACGCAGGGCACCUAAAGGCUCUGAGGUCGAAUCCGGAUCGUCCGUACUAAAUUCAGAAAAUCUGCCGUAUCUCGACACUUCUAAGAUGUGACUGUCCAGCCGGCAAAACACUGGCAGCGGCUCAUCUGGCUGAGUGUGCUGUGGUUGCUGCAUGCUAUCCAAAUUCUCCUCUGUGCAGGAAGAGAUCUCGCGGGUUUCGCAAAGGCCACAGCCCUCCGGUGGGAAGUGGACCCGUCGAGUAUUCUGGAAGACCGGACUGUCAAUCCAGUGAGGGAGUCGAUGCACAUAGAGGGGCGCAAUCUGCUUUGUUAAAGGGUUCUGCAACCUGCUGAGCAAAAUACACCCUAGCUUGUCACAAAUGCCGCCAACCGGGUUCGUGUCGUUUAAGCAGUACCCUAUUCGCGCCAUAUCGUUUACUCCUAAAACAAUUCGAUCGCGCUCAUACAACCACGGCACUAGCAUCAGCACAAGCGUGCCUGGUACUGUGGCACCACCAAGAUCAGCCAUAUUCUCCGGCUCUUUCAGCCAUGAAAAUCUUGAUCCAUUAACAGCGUCCUCGAUUGUUGCUGACGCUUUAAUAUAUCGAAACCUUGAUGGCAAAACGCUGCACGGGGCUGCGAGCCCUUCUGAAAGGGAAGUGUAGUUCUCCUCGGAGUCAUACCCUGCAAAGGCAAGAGAUGCUUCACAAUAUUCGAGCACCCCUUGCUGGACGCCUGCAGAUGGCGAACCAAAGGCAGUAUACUCGACCUUGCUCGUGUCGCGUUGGAUCUUCACUCCAAGGUGGUCAAAAUAGUCCCGGUUUCCCAAAGAGUUUCCGUAUAAGUGCCUGGAGACGGCACAACCAGAAUCGGGCAAAAUGCUGACAACGGAAUACUCAGGGCAUUCUCCGUCUCGUGGUAGUGCCACUGCUGCUGCAAUUCGGUUUGACAAUGGCUCUGGGGCAAUGCGCUUGCCUCCAGGUCCAAUUUGACUAAGCUCAGGCGAAGCAUUCAGGGAGCCUCGAAAUCUCGGUCCAUCACUCGUGUAAAGUCCUGCAACAUCAGCAGGACUGCAGCGCAGCCCGAGCCUCUCCGUAAAAUGGGACUCAGCGUUACGGUAGUGACGUCGGCGCUCUGCCUGGAUAUGAGCACAUCGUAGCUGUGCCAGUUUGUGCGCUACCGCGUCAUCCUCAUCUUCGACUGUAGUAGGUCCGACAUCCACACAGAUCUCAGCUUGAAAAGCUAUUCUUACCCAUUCGUCCAAAACUCGUUUUUUCUGGAAGGCGAACAGCAUGUUGCUACCGUGUGGGUGGAAAAAUUCCACUAUCUCCUGGGUGUCGUUGAACAGAAACGAGACAAUAACUAUGUUACCGCGGAUCUGUUGUCCAGAAUCUUCUUCCACAAUUUCCUGAAAGGGAGGGCUCCUCUCCAGAAAUUUAAGCAUGCCCUUCGUAGACAGGUUAACUUUCCAAAGGCUCUCGAAGUCGCCCGACUGUGGGGCGGGAGUUACAUGCACCAAGCAGGGAUCCUCUGAUGUAGAUCUGCUCGUCGAGAAAGGGGUAGCAACGUUUGGCAAAGUUCCGGUGAACGUGUCUCGGACCACUUUGCGGCCUACGCCCGACACAGAAUCGCCGUCAUCGGUUGUGUGCAUGUCCUCCGGGUCGGCGCCGACAGUCCUUGAGGCGGCUUGUUGAUAACGGCCUGUAUCAAACAUUCGGGCCCUCCUGUCAGAUGAAACUCCACUCGGAGGGGCCUCUCUUUCGUUCGUGUUCCCUCGCCGUUUCCGCAAGCAGCUCUUGUUACAAGGGCAACGAGAGAAGAAGUUGGCGAAGGAAAGUGAUGAUCUUGUCGUGAUCGAAGGGUCGGAUUCGUGGCGCCUCCUAAGGGCAUCAGCAUGCUCUUGGGAUACCUCUAAACGCCGGUAGUUACAUCCCGACGGCAUAGGUGGCGGGGUGGAAAACUUCUGCAAGAAGAUGGCGGAAGGAGAUGAUGGCCUUGUCGGGAUCGAAAGGUCGGGUCCGCGGCGCUUCCUAAGGGCAUCAGCAUGCUCUUGGGAUACACCUUGACGCUGAUAAUUGUGCCCCGACGGCAUAGGUGGCGGGGUCAGAAACCUCUGCGAGAAGUUUGUGGACGAAGGCGGUGGCCUUGUCGGGAUCGAAAGGUUGGCUUCGUGGCGCUUCCUAAGGGCAUCAGCAUGCUCUUGGGAUACCUCUAAGCGCCGAUAUCUGUGUCCCGACGGCAUAGGUGGCGGGGUCGGAAACUCUUGCUGAGGUCGUGGCGUUGGUGGUGAAACCGUAGGGGAGCGGGGUGCAGCAGGAGCUUCAGACACUCUCUGAAGCGACCGGGAUCUUUCGGCCAAAGUCCCGUCGGUCACGCGUCCGAACGGUGUCGCUACAGCAGGUUCUUGCUUGCCCUUCCGCUGGGUCGGGUCCUGACGCGGUGGCUUAGUCUCGGACUGCUGUUUCGAGACUCGAACUCUCUGAUCUCGUGUCAAACUGCUAUCCCAUCCUCCGAGAUGUCGCACCGUCUGAAGCAUUUUAUGUUUUAGAUCUCUGACUUUGGAACGUGCCACUCGGGGCUUGUACUGGUUUACGACGUGGUCCAUAAGCCGUGCCUCGCGUAACGCUUGCGAGACUCUUUCGCUCUCAACAAAAGUCUUAUCAAACGACCGCUCCUUCUCAGUAAAAGCCUGCAAAGCCUUCUUGAAAAGGUAGCCCAGCUGGUUCUUGUCCACUGAGUUGAAACAAGUGCCAGUUGGCAUCUUGGCGCCGUUUUCAGUUCUCCAUUUUGCAAUCAGAUCAGCACAGAUCCAAACUUGAUCCGACACUCCCUCGCGUCGUAUCUUGAUGCUGCUAUGUUUAGUGCCACAAGUCGGACAAUCCACGUUCUGCGGUGUAGUAGUGUGCGCAAAACAGUGGGCAGCUGUAAUAAGGUGGAAUAUAACACAGUCAAGUCGAGAGUGACUACCGCCGCACUUCUUACUGUUCUUACCUGAUCCUUUUCCUUUUGUCUGGUUCGGUUCUGUGGACCUCCAAAGUAGGUCUGCGACGUCGAGUUUAUUUCGGGUGUCCGCACCUGAAAGGGAUGGCCCUUCUAAAGUGCCACCUCGCUGAUACUCGUUGUUGUAGUCCUCCUGAUCGCCCUGCUCCUCGUUGAGUCGGCGACUCUGAAGGUUCUCUUCUUGGGUUGUCGUUCCCUAUAGAAUCUAUCCGGAUCUAUUGACUGACCCUCAAGUGCGUCCUUGAUGACGAAUUCAAGGACCUCUGAAAGGCGUCGGCCCGCCUCAAUAUCAAAGGCGCGCCCGUUUAUGGCUGCGUCCUGUCUCAUGGUCUUAUACAUGUUUUCCAUGAACAUGCCCUGCUGUUGAAGCGGUCUAAGAAUUGCGUGAAAGACUUUACUAUCGUUGCGGCUACUCGGAUCUGAAUUCGGGUAGUAGAGGCGGUUCAGCUCGGAGAUGUGCCCCUUCUGCUGUUGUGCCCACUGGAGACGGUUGGCCCUUGCAUUCUCAAACCUUUGCCCAAUCGGCAAGCUCCUCUGCGACUGUACUUCUCGGAUGACGCCUCGAUAUGUAAGUCUCCAACCCUUUUCUAGUUCCGUGAACAGUGCAUACGCCUUGUUUAAGUCACCGGACACCGCAUUCGCAAUGUCCCACGCAUCUCUUCCUACUUUCGACUCGAUUUUGACGGCCUCGAAAGCAGUCUGCGUGAAGUCGAAGUCUCUGAGGAACUUCCACAGGGCUUCGCGUUCGUUCAUUGCUACCUGGGACAUGCCUGCCUCACAGGUUAUGGAGGGCGCCUGUCGCUCCAGCGGCUUGGCGCCAGACCCUCCAAGUGUGGCGGCUCCGUUAAGGCGGCGGGCAAUGGCUUGAAAAGUGCUGCCAGACCCAGACACAAGUGAUGAAAUAUGUUUACUGGCCAUGUUCUGGAUGGUCAGCUCCAGUGGGAAAAGAGCUGAGAGAUUGUCGUCAGCGACCUCUUCCACUACUAUGGGCGGUGCCGAAGGCAUGUUUCUGCGAUAAGGUUGCAUCAUCUUGGAGCUGCUCGUUGAAGGUGUGGGCACCCCUGCAGACACAUCGCCCUUCGGCUGAUGUGUCUCUGUAAAGGUCAGAAAGUUCUGGAACACAGGAUAUGCUUCGGACUUCUCGGUCUCCUUAGCGUUGAUUUUGCCAAUCUCCCCUAGAAACUUCUGCUCCAAAUUAUGCCUGGUAGAAAUAGGCCUCGGUGCUGGUAGAGGCGGUGUAAUGGGCCCACCAACUCCGACGUCAGACCGGUUUAGCUCGGAUCUGGCUUGGUUGACCGGUAGAUGAGUGCUCGCUGGCGGUCCACUAGGUCCCAUUACAGACGCUUGAUGCUCUGCUAGAUGUUGUCCGGUCGGCCCGGGCUCUGGAAGGGCGGAAUUCGCACUGGCGGCUGUCGAGUGUCCGCGGGUUCCUGAAGUCGAAGGUCGCGCAGGGUGAUAAACCGCAGACGACGGGAUAGCUGUAUCUCCAUGACCUGCUCCUAAGCUCGGGACCCCGCCAGGUGGGAGUGCCGGCGCAUAUAUCAGGUCCAUAGACGGCGACUCAGGAACCAGUCCUGGAGGAUAGUGCGAUGGUAAGCUCGUAGUGCCGAAGUGCGGGGUUCGUGAAAUCGCCUCAGCCUUCGCUGCGUUCUGUGGGGCAAGACCUUGCACAGAUGAUGCUACUGGGUCGCUCCGGCCGGCUGGCGAGGCAAAGUCACUACGUAGUGCGGCGAAUGGACCACCUGUAACUGGCGGAAAAGGCGCCGCUGUAUGUCCAGGAAUAGGCAGGCGACCACAAGAUUUCCGAGGUCUAACAACACGCCAACCAAGUUCUUCAGGUCCAGUAGACGAGCGUAGGAUCCUGAGUACACCUGUAGGUGCGACCGUAGGAGACAAAUACAAGUAUUAUACUCCGCACCACUUCCGGGCGACGCUAGCGCCUUGCCCUUGUAGCCAGCGGAGACAUGUUCAAUACGGAUCGAACUGUCCUCACUACACCAAAGGCCGUCUGCUCCUUGUUGUUUAAACAGGUCCCAGGCAGCUGUCCAAAGUCGGAGAGACUUUUCAGAAGGGAACUCCAAAUGAUGCCUCAUCCUCUCACUGCGAGUAGCGCGUCCUGCGGAGAACGCAGCUCCAAGCAAGACUCCGUGCAGACAAGUCAAGAUGGAUGCCGAAACAGUCCCGAGCCUCGUUUUCAACAUAGCAGUAGUGCGGGCCAAACACUGUUCCAGGAGUUCUCUGUUAUCUCGUUGCGCGUUAUUCUGAGGAGUGAGAAAAUCAACUCGAGGCAGUGAAUAGUUGCCACCGGAUCGGCCGAGCUGCGUUUCUCCUGUUAUCCAUACUGAAAACCCAGAGUUAACCGCAUCUGCAAACAAGUCAUCGCAGUCUCUCGCCGCAAAGGCGUCUACUCUUCCUGAACCUUCAACUACUACCGGUUCCAAUCGAGCUUGGUGCUCUAAAGGGUCACUUCGGCCGCUUCGCUCUGUGUGAAGAUCUUCGAGAGGUGUGCAAAGGCGAUCGGGGUCGUCCCGGCCGUCAACACUCGGAUAGACGUCGGCGCUCAAGCCCGUCGGUCCGUAGAUGUUGGGAUGGUGGACUCGAGUCGUCUUUAAACUUUGCCCAGAACCUUGGUUCUUGAGUGGCGAGUUCGGCGGGUCAGGGAGGUCCUCAAACUCGCCGACCGGCUCCAAUCGAUGAUCUUGGCAAGAGCCCGCAGCUGGCUCAUAUCUGACAUUUCGGGAUGACCUUCCGACCGCCCGCAUUUCUGGAAUCCGGACUGUCGUUCCGAACAACCGAGCCGCAUUUCCACACAUGGCGGCAAUCAGCACGUGCUCGAGAGGCAGAACAGCCACUCCGCCCAGGAUAUGGUAGGAUGGAAUCUGCUGCAGACACUUUCGGCGCUACAGGCAGGCUUUGAGCUCCAGUAGAGGGCCGAGCCUCAAAUCGUGCAAUCGCAUCAUCGGGGAUGUCCUGUCUGCGCUGGAAUUCCGCCAUUUGGUCCGAAAAUUUCCUUGAAAACUCGGAGCGGAUUUCUCUUCGAGCCUCUUCGAGAAGAAUCGUCCUCCAGUCCUCCAUUUGUAGUUCUGGCAUUUGCGUCAGAUCUCUACUUCCCUGAUGUUGAGUGUGACUUUGAUCUGCGUCUGCAUUGACUGCGCGAUAGUCUGCAGCGCGGCUCGUCGCGCUGUUGGAAGACCUAAGGCGAGGAACUUUGGGAGCGUAUCUUCGAUUUUCAACGUCAAAAAUAGGCGGCCUCACCGGCUCCAGACUCGCCGGUUGCUGGUCCGAGCGAACAUCACACGCGGAGGCAGAAGAUGUUGGAUACAAGAUGCCUGAAUCCGGGGGAGCACUCGGUCGCGCCUCCGUUCCCUGCGAGGUUAGCGCUUCAAUGUCCGUAAGAUCGUCACUAUCACCAAACAAGCGCUGCCCGACUAAAAUACCUCCAUGCCCCGUUUGAUGUCGGAGUGGAGGUAAGUUUGUCGAAGUGCGCAAAACAGGAGCAAGAGCCGGAGACUCAUCAUCCCGCUCACUGAUAGGAGAAAGGUUCGAAACAGGAAGCUGCGGGGCGAACGGAGGCGGAGCUGCAGAGGAAAGAUCAGUCUCAGGGGCACCACGCGGGUUCGGAGACUCGAAAAGUCCACUAUCUUGCAAGCCGGAAGGGUCAUCAGAGAUACCCAGCCCGUCGAGAUCAACCGGACUUCCAUCAACUCGGACCCCCUGUAAGGUCAGGCUCGGGGUGAAUGGGUUCCGUAUCGGCCGACCCGAUGCUGUCGCCUCGUGAGUGGACAUUUUUUUUUAGGUCUAUCUAUAGGCUCUAACAUAACGUAAAGUAGAUAUACUAGAGACAAUAAAGUGAGGAUGCAAAUAUUCGUAUAAAUGCAAACCUGGCGUGGCAGAUAGUAUUCUUAAGCAGAAACUAUAAGCCGGCAAAUAAAUCAGAAAUAAACCAGAUUGAUAAAUAUAAAUCAACAAAGGGCGCAAGCCUAUAUGUUGCGCCUCGAGAUAUCCGCUUGCCCGCCAAGACGCCCGGAUAAACUCUAUUGCACCAGAAUGCGCAGGGUAUGUAUUACACGGUCGACGGGGUGAGCUGGCUAGACUCACAACCAACGCGCGUUAUGUAAUACAGCGUUAAGCUUUAGGGUUUCUAUAAUGUAAGCACUACUAUGCCAACGUUACUAUAACUACACUAAUACCCAAAUUAUGGCACUAGUUGCCAGUAUCGUUCUCCACCACUUGAACCAAUUAAGAACACACAGUUAAGACAUCUAAAAUGGGGAUGCGUCCCUAAUGGCAACACUACCUGGAAAGGCGUGUAUCUCGCGUCUUUUAGAAUAUGGAUAAUUCCGGUACUGUUGGACCACAAGAACACAGGCCUCAGCGCCUUGGUUCGUUUCUCAGUGGAGACACAAAGUCAGAAUCUUGAAUGCAAGCAAGCCUUGAUAUUCCUGCCUGAGACUUGCGAUCUCUGGCUGGUGUAGUCCCUGUUUGGUUCAUUGGGUAAGAUGAAUCAUACAUCAUCAGCAUAGGCAUGUCAGAAGGGAUCGGACUGAACAUGCAUCAUACGACUAGGAUCAGUACGAACGUGCCUAGUCUACGCAUUGAUCAUUAUGAUUAUGCAUUGAUUGCGCAUUGGGAGUAGCAUUCAUGAUCAUUGGCAUUCGUGUCUUGUGAGAUCAUCCCGAUGACAGUCGAGCGCGAGGCUUUGUGUGAGCCACUGAGAACAGAACAACACGACAUCCGAGAGGCUUGAGCCAUACAUGACCAACGCCCCUCCUCAAUCGAUGCGGGUCGAAGUCCGUCUCACGUGACCGCCUCACUGUGUGUUGAGUCACGGCAAUCACGUCUCUUGUUUAGUGUAUGUGACCUGGCUACGGUGGUUUAGAAACCAAAAUAAACCGAAUACAUUACACUAUAGUAAGCUAAAUCGUCCUCAUCUGGUUCAUCAUCAGAGGAAUCGCAGUCAUCUUCUCUACUUGUAGUUAUCGGGUUAUCUACGUGGUGUAGGAUAAGUCUACGCUGAGUGGCACUGCCGGUUAGUUUCGAAAGUGGGUCUGCCUUCAUCAAGUUGGUAGGACAGAGCACGAUCUUACUAGCAGCGUCGCGCACUCUUAGAUAACGUAAAGCAUAGUGUCUACUUUUAGGGCGAGCGUCUGUUGCUUUGGCUGUUGUGAUCGCAGACUGGUUGUCUAUCCACAAUGCAGCAUUGUCUAAGGAGGGAGACAAGCCGUUCUGUGUGUGUACCAACUGAGUUGGAAGAGGCCUAUAGAAGUCUGUGAAGUCAUGCAUCUCACUGAGCACUAUCGUGUCAGAGGCUGCAAUAUACUCACUUUCAGCCGUUGAGUAGGCUCUAACCGUUUGUCUGUUACUUCUCCAUGCUAUGGGUGUACCUUUGUAGUACAUUAUGGAGCCGCUAGUACUCCUCAUUGUUUUGAUGCAGUUCGCGAAACCAGCAUCACUGAAUAUGUUUACUUCUGGCAUGUCUCUGCCUUCUGGUAGAAGUUUCUCAUAUAUUUUGUUGAAUUCUUCUUCCUUUUCUGGUGAGUAUUCUACUCCUUGGUCUUUUGUUGACACCAGGCAUUUUAGGACUUUCUUGGCUGCUUUGGCCAUUCUUGUUGACGUGGGUUUACUGACAUGUCUAGCCAACGCUGCUACCGGAACAGAGAUAUCCGGGCGCGCGGUUACAGCUACCCAUAGUAAGGCACCAACUACCUCACGAAAGGGAUACCCAUCAACUAUCUUGAUCCCGUCUUCAAGAAAAGUUGUUUCGUCAAAGUUGGGCGAGUAAACCGGUUUCCCUAGUUGAGCUUCAUACUUCUUAGCAAUUUUAUCGAUGUACUGCUCCAUGCACAGUCUGAACGACUUAGCUUCACGGCCAUAGUACACGAUCGCACCUAAGAAGUCGAACUUUAGCCAUUCGAGACCCCAGGGGGUUAGAAUUGACUCGACUUCAAUCGCACGGCCUGGAGCACGUGUGAAAAUGAGGUCUAGUUCGGUCUUGAGCUCAUCUUGGUCAGGACCUGUAGCAAGAUUGUCAUCUACAUAGACAGACAUCUUCAGGAACUUCCCCGGUGCUUUGCUGCUCGGUUUGCGCCACAAUCCAGGUGCAGAAGUACACGGCUCCCAACCAAGACUGGCUAGAGUCUCGUGAUGCCUCUGCUCUUGGACCAUGCUCGUGGUGCAUCCUUCAAGCCGUAUAGAGCUUUCUUGAGCUUCGCGAUCUCGUAUCCAUGCUGCUUCGCCCAGAUGGGUGGAAGACGGCAGUAGGCAUCUCGAUCGAGUUCGGCAUUGAGGAACGCUGAAUCUAAAUCGAACGGGAUCACAUAGCCCCCUUCUGACGCAGCAGAAGUGAGGAGCAACCUAUUAGCGGCAUGCGAUACCACGGGAGCAAAGGUGUUUAGCUCUCCUGAACGAUCUAAGUUACCGAGUACGCAGGCUCUUGCCUUGUAUUUUCCACAUCUCUUUCUUGUUAGUAUGAUGGCAAUUGGUAGAGCCCGCAACGCGGUUGCUAGCUGCUCGUCAGUAGCUUCUUCCCACGUUUUAAAGGCUAGUAGUCUCGCGUGCUCAAUGUCAAUGACUUCUUUCCUUCCACUUUUCAGCUUCAGGACUCUUUAACGCAUUGGCAACGGACAGCAUCACAUGUGAUUCGACGAUUUCCUCAUCUUCGUCGAUCUCGCACGUGCCACCAGUAGCACUUGCGAACAGCGCCAAACCCUUUCUGAGUUCUUCCAUCUGUUUCUUUGUUCUACGAAUCCUUCCUCCAGCCUUGUCCUUGGCUCCUUUCGGUCGGCCACGCUUCUUGCUGUGUGUAUGGCGUUCGCCUGCCACAACACGUGCGGGAGAUAGCGCUUUCGAUCUAGUCGGACUAGGUGAGUCAGAGACUCGAUCCUUCGUUUCAACUUUCCCCUCCUCAAGUGAAACACCUUCAGGAGAGUCAGUCACGUCGGAUUCAGCCUUCUUGUCUAAGGUUUCAGCAUAUAGUUCUUCGGGAAUGCCGGUCGGUCCACCUGAGGUGCGCUCCGUGCCAGAGAACCCCGAUUGCUGAUCCAGCCUUUGCACUGACUGCCCAAUCAAGGGGGAGCCCAGCGACGACGCUCCACGCUGCAAGUUUUCCAGUUCAUCGCACUCAUAGUAAAAGCCCUUUCUAUCUGGCGUUAGCCAAUCUAUGUCCUUUAUUAGAUAGCCCUCUCUGAACUUGACAUCUAGGGUAGAGUAUUCCGCCCAUCGAUAUCCAAGCUUGCAACGAUCGUCAUGAGCGAAGGUAGCAACCAACCAACCAGACGACUUCGGACAGAGUCCAAGGAAGACGCCACGGCGAUACUUGGCCGAGAGCUUGGGUUCAGGAGUGUUGGCUUGGAUUUGUUCACGAAAGUAAACAAGACAACCAAAUCGGCGGAGCAUGCCGAUUUUGCUUUUGGAAGAAUUUCUACCAGUUCUUUCUUCUAGAGUCUCUAUUGGACUCUUUCCAUCGUGUUCUGGCAUUUUAGCGUAAUUAUGCGGAAGACGAUCCCAGCAGUCACUAGCGUACUCAACACAGUAACACCAAAGACGUCGAUCGACCUUCGUUGGCAUUGUUCUCACGCUGCCAAACAAGGCCCGCAUAAAACGUUCAGCAGUCUCAUUCAUUUCCGGACUAUAAGGAGCAGCCGGAUUGUCUGAGACCCGCAGCGAUUGCAUGAGUUUGGUCAUGUCAUCACUGCCGAGGACUGGCUCUCCAUCCCUCCGGAUGAACCAUACUACCUUGCCAUCAAGCGAUAAGGAGUAGUCCUGUCGGAUGCCUUUUAUGACUUGUUCUAUUUCCUCCACACAGUCGCUCUUAAGCUUCAGCGGUCGACAAAAAGCCUUGCUUCUUAAUUACGUCACAUAUGACAACUAGAACACAUCUCAUAGAUCUUACUGAGACAGGUUUUAUUCCUACAGCAAAGUCUAUUGCAAGUAGUUUGAGGGGUUCGGGUUUGUAGGUGGUCAUGUCUCUAGAAUUUGCAUGGGAUCUUCGUUGUCCUUUAUGUAGGUCACAUUCUGGGCAACUAACUUGCCAACCAUCUAUGUGAAAGUGUCCGCAUCUCCUGUGUAGUUCUAAUCUCGUAAGAUAGCAACUAGAGACACCUUCUCGAAUGGAUGCACAAGUGAAACCACUUUCGUGCUUGUUUUCAAAGAAACUACAUGCGAGUGCGGGUAGCUGCAAGCGUGGGUGAGCUCUGAUGGGUAGCAUCUGGCCGGUGUCCGUGUGUACGAUACAACCACCAGUGCCUUUGAAAUUGAACUCCCACCCUAAUUGUGAGCAGUUUCCGUCUCCUAACCAUGGCAAUGCGCGAUCUAUGUUUCCAGGUAGAGAAUCAUAGUAAGCUCCAUUCUUUAGUCCAAAUAUGUUGUUCUUGAGUUUUCCGAUUCUUCCGUCUUUAGUGCCUGCGCUACCUGUUAUUCUACAAAUGUUGUGACCAAUUUCAUCGAAAUCGUCUUUGUGUCGUGAUAGAUAUUUUUUUGCACAACUGUCAACUAGAGUUGCUUCUUCUGGUGUUCUAGUGUUCAAUGUUGUGAAACUAUAUCCAUCCGUAUUGUAGCUAUCAGCAUAACUAAAAACAUUUGCCGUUAUUUCAUCUUCUUCGAAAUUCAGCGAACACUUCCCAAAUUCGUACGGUUGGUUCUGUCGCUCAGCUUCGGCUGUGCGAGUUCAUGACGUUGAGCAUCUCCGCAACCUGCGACAUGUGGAUCAUGCCACUGCUAUUACCCUUUCCACCUUUGCCUCUAGAGCUACUAGAUGAGGCUCCGGUAGUCCAGCUUCCCUGUCCCUGUUGAAGGGCUUGCGUGUUAUGCCAGCACUCGGAGGACGUGUGUCCGACCUUGUGGCAGCAAGCACAGCGGGGUGGAUAGGUAUGCUUGUUAUUUCCUUUUCCUUUAUCUUUCUUCGGCUUUUGUCCGCCGUUCUUUCCUCCUUUGGGUUGGUACCCGUAGGAAUUGUAGACCUCGGCGAUUGCCUUCUUCUUUUCUUUCUGCUUGAAACGCUUGAGGGCGUUAGCGGAAGUGAAGGUCUUACCAUCUGCCUUAUUGGCCUCUGCCUCGUCAUCAUCCUCAUUCUUAUCAUCACGCUCACGAGGACGCUUGUUCGAGGUUUCCUGAACAUUGACCGGAAACGCUUUCCCGAAGGAGUCGCUCUCAAUUUUGUAGGUUCCCUCCUCGAUCAACGUUGUGGGACGUUUCUCAAGUCGGUCUCCAAUUUGGUCAAAUGUCAGGCCGUCUUCUUCUUGCAUCCGCUCGAUAGUCGCUCUGAAGUUCUUGCAGAACAACUCAGGCAACUUCAGCAGGAUCGCUCCGUUCUGUUGAUCAGCUUCGGGCAGAUCUGCAUCCGGCGGGAAGACGGUGGGCGAUUGGUUCAUGAUGUCGCGGAUCUUCGAGAGGAACUCCUUGACAUCUGCAGGCUGGUCGCUGUUGUGGAACUUCAUCAGUCCCUCCGACAACGGCUUGACCUUCAUGCGCUGCUCCUGGCGAUUGUUUGCGUUGAAGUUCCCUUGAUCACGAAGUAGAACAACAACUUCACCAGCAUCCAUUUCGUCCACCGCGCCAUCGUUAUUCCGAUUGUCGACGAACGACUUGGCCGCACCUUUCAGACUUCGUAUGAUUAUGUCUUUCAGGUUGCGCCACUUCUGGCGGGUCGCUUCUUCGCGACUGGUAUUACCUUGCGGUGCACCAUGUGGAACGGCCGGCGCGUUGACUACAUUCGUGUAGUUCUCAAGUAAGCCUAGGCGACUAGCUUCUUGACGUACAGCUCGUUGCCACUCGCGCCAGUCGGACUUCUGUCCCAACUUCUUGAGGAUCUCCCUGGCCUCGCAGGACAUUUUGAUGGAUUUAUUUUUAUUUUACUUCACUACUUCCAAUUGUAUUUACUUUUGCCGCUCAAGGGUUAGACCAGUGCUGGACCACAAGAACACAGGCCUCCGCGCCUUGGUUCGUUUCUCAGUGGAAACACAAAGUCAGAAUCUUGAAUGCAAGCAAGUCUUGACAUUCCUGCCUGAGACUUGCUAUCUCUGGCUGGUGUAGUCCCUGUUUGGUUCAUUGGGUAAGAUGAAUCAUACAUCAUCAGCAUAGGCAUGUCAGAAGGGAUCGGACUGAACAUGCAUCAUACGACUAGGAUCAGUACAAACGUGCCUAGUCUACGCGUUGAUCAUUAUGGUUAUGCAUUGACUGCGCAUUGGAAGUAGCAUUCAUGAUCAUUGACAUUCGUGUCUUGUGAGAUCAUCCCGAUGACAGUCGAGCGCGAGGCUUUGUGUGAGCCACUGAGAACAGAACAACACGACAUCCGAGAGGCUUGGGCCAUACAUGACCAACGGGCACAGAUAUUCGAUGGUGACAAAUGUAGCACAAAGGCAUCUCCAAAAGGUUUCUCGUCGACAAAUGUCGCAAAUAAAUGUACUUUCGGACUGUGGCUGGUCUGACCAAUACACAAUCAACACAAAUGAGAAGUCAAACGCUAUAUGCGGAUGACCUGAGUACAAUCCUGAAUCUUGAGAGUCUUUGUGGCAAAUCGGCUGUGAAUCAUGUGUGUUUGACAGAGAAAACAAUGCUUAUGAAAGACGGGCCAAUUUGCCUUGAUUUGUGUAAUUGUGUGAAUAUGCGGCCAUUUAUCUUAAAUGACCACUCCGUCACUCUUCUAUUCACAUAGCGUAGGACCCAAAUGCAUCUUCUCACUCGUGUGCUCCGUCUUAUCCGAAAGAUAUUAAAUGAGUCAAGUGUCGAUCUUUGAAUCGUGUUAACUUGUCGAGCGAAUAGGUGAGAGAUCAAAUGCGAUUUCCAUAUGCGACCAAACGAAUGCUACUUAGUGGAGCGAUCUCGAACCUCCUUUGUUCGAUAAGAUAGCGACUAUUUGUAUUGCUUUUUUCAGUAGGUCCUUCUUCAGUAAAGAUCUGGAACUUCUGUUUCAGAUCUUGAAAGCAAUUUUGUUUAUGUAGUGCUCUUUUGCACCCUUUUGGAGUGGGGCGAUCUUUUCGCUCUCUCCUGAGCUAUCUAGUCUAGCAGAUCCGCACUCUCCGAUCUCUAGGGCGAUCUCUUCUAGAGUGUGAUCUUGAUGUGGUCUGUCGUGGGUCUAGAUAUGUCUCUCGUACGUGCUUGAUAUGGCCUUAUCACGCCGCAAGAUUAGUUAGGUCUCGAAAUAUAUGAUGAAAUCGUACCUAUUUCGAGUAAAAUGAAAGAAUUUUGAUUAUUUAUGAUUGUCAGUAUGUUGGCAAACCCCCCCUGUAAUUCGCGAAUUAGUCGCCUCUAUCAAGAUAGAUUAGCUUAGUCGUGGAUUACCUAUAUUCCGCUGUAGUUCGGCCGGAGAGUCUGGGCCUUGAGGGACGAUUCCAAGCAAUAGUCUGCUAAAGACUAUGUUUGGAGAACUACCAGUGAAUAUAUAGUCUCAGUGGGUAGCUCCGAGCCCGAACUCCUUGCCAGAGACAGCAGAUUUUGCUGAUUUUAUCUUGCAAACGACCGACUUCCGCUACAUCUUUGGCGACUGUCCUCUCGGAAAACCCGCGGCGUUUUAUUUUAUUCUAUAUGGAUAGGGGAGGCAGUACGCUGGGCCAAGCCUUGUGGCUUGGGCGUUUUUGUACAGACGGAACGCUGGGUGAGUUCGCGUUUUGGAGCGGCCGCUGCCGCAUCCACCAGGGCGCCAUCUGCGGCAGAGAAGCAGCAGGCACGCUGCUUACGCUAUCGGCGAUUCGGCCACGGACUUGGGAAAAGGGGGCGCACCUUUCGGCGCUGAUAAUUAUCCACUUUCUAGCUCUACGGCCUACUGGGUUACAGUUUAGACACAAGCACAAGAGUAAUAGCGAUGCAAUUUCGCUCCCAUGAAUAUUUUUACUUUUGUCGUAGCAGCAGCUUCAUCGUAUGGGUCUCCUUCUCAUCGCAGGCCAAAACCUUGCAGCUGAAGAGAGCCGAGAUACGCUCCGGGCCGGCUUUCUCAGUACCUGAGCACGAAUAUGCUGGCAGUUGAGGACGAGUCAGCGCUGAACGCUACAGCUGGGCUGGCGGAGCUGUUGAAGCAGGUGCGUGCACCAAAGGAGCAAAAGAAAUACUUGAAGAGGGUCGAAAUAAUUUCAGGCGAGCGCGCGCGCUUUCGGGUCCACAAGAAGAGCAUCAAGGAGACAAGAGCGGCCGCCCACUCGUUGCGCAAAGCUCUGAAGGCGCCUAGUUGGAGUAGGUGGGUCACUUUUGCAACGGCCCCGCAGAAAAUGCGUGCUGCAAUGGUCUUCAGCAUCGCGGUGAUAGUAGGCCGGCUCUACGGUGAUCAGCUGAAGAUCAAAGAGGACUACGCCCCGAAUCGUCUGACGCUGAAGGAGCGACGGCGAGGCGCUAAGCUUAGUAGCUGUUCUUGGUUGGGCCCGUAGAUCAUCGCCUUCGUGUGCUUUUUGUGAUCUUGUUGCCUGUUGUGGUCUACUUUAUAUGGAGCAGUCAUGGCCUCCUUAUGGUAUUUGAUUUUUUUCUGAUCUCCCACUCAACUUCCUCCACCUAUGAUCUUAGUACUUUCGUGAGCAAUUCCAUCGUCUCACCUUGUUGUGUUCAGAUGGCAACGUCAUGCUUUGCACUUCCGGGCACUUUGUGCGCGACCUCUGCAAGCCAGUGGGCCACUAUUUGCUGACCGAGUUGGGCGACAAAAUCAGACGUCGCGACGGAAUUCAAGCGCUCCGUCUCCCAUCUUACUAAUUUUACUGCAUUGACAGGAGGACGCCGCGGCGUUUCGUUUUGGUUCGUAAAAGUUUUUCGGUGUGAAAAAUUUUUGCGUUUUUUGUGUCAGGGUCGACGUUGGACCUGGCUCGUUUUUUUAAGUACUAUUGGGAGGCACUUUUCAGCCUCUAGUGCGAAUAGUAGGCGCAGUGCGUAUAGUAGGCGCACCACGAAUCGCACGAAUAGUAAAAAUUUUUCCGCUAAAGGCUAAAGGUGCGUCCAAUAGUAAAAUUAUUUACAAAAAAAAAAGAGCCCCGGAUGGAAUCGGAAUAAUAAAAUUUUUUCUGAGAGACAAACCCACGCAGCAGCGAAGUUGGGGGGUUGCCGUCUUCUCGUAAUUUUUUUUGUUCCUAUUUUCGUGCCCCUGUCAACGCAGUAGAAUUAGUAUGCUGGGAAGCUGGGCCACAUGAUGAAACUCGUCGGACGUUUCGACCUGAUUGCGAGGCGGUGCGUUUGUCUUUUGAAGAUAUAGCGACAACUACAAGGCAGACCGAGCUGAUUACGCAGCAGUCACCGCUUUCACCGGAACAGCUAGAGGCGGUAGCGGCUGAUAGCGUUAACCUCAUGAACCAACUAAGACGAGCGCACAACUUAAACAAAUUAAGAUGGGGGAGGGUUCCUAAUAGGCAACGCGACGGCCUAGAAAGUGCUGGAUCUCGCGUCUAUAGAUGUGGGCUGUUCCCGGCGCAGAUAUUCAAUAGCAACAAAUGGGGCGCAGAUGCAUCUCAGAGGUUCCUCGUCCGACAAAUGUCGCAAAUGAAUAUGGAUGCACUUCCGGAGUGUGGCUGGGCUAUCCAAUACACAAUCGACACAGAUGCGAAGUCAAACGCUACAGGCGGGCGACUGACUGCAGUAUCUUGCUCAGCCUGAAAAUCUUGAAAGUCUUGACCAAUCCGAAUGACGAGGAUAAAAUGUGUAGCCUUUAUAUGUGCUUAAGGAUUGUGCUUGUGGCUGGGCACUCCAGUACACAGUCAACCAAAUGCGAAGGCAAACGAUUCAAACAGAUGCGAAGCCGAACGAUUCAAACAAAUGCGCAGUCAAAUGGUUCAAACAAAUGCGAAGGCAAACGAUUCAAACAAAUGCGAAGCCAAAUGAUUCAAACAAAUGCGGAGGCAAAUGAUUCAAACAGAUGCGAAGCCAAAUGAUGUGAAGCCAAGCGCGCUUUGCUUAUGGGUUGUGGCUGGGCACUCCAAUACACAGUCAACCUGUGAAGUCAAACGCUAUAAGCGGACGACUACGCGGCCCCUCCUGUCUCUGUCCGUCAGUCUUGACCAAUGUGAAAGAGUCUCUGUGGCAAAUCGGCCGUGAGUCAUGUGCGGCGACAAAGAAAACAAUGCAUAGGAAAGAGGCCUCCGCUUGCCUUGAACUGAUAAGCUUAGUGACGAGGAUAAAGCGCGUAGUCUUUUAUCUUUGGAAGUCAGUCCGGCACCCUUCUACUCACAUAGCGUAUGAUCCGAAGGCGUGGCCCAUUUGGGUGCUCAGUCAUCUGGGAAGAUACUAAAUGGGUCAAGUGUCGAUCUUUGUGCCAUGACAUCUGAGCGAAAGAGUAGGCGAGAGAUCAAAGCGCGACUUUCCUUGUAAGAUCAAAAGAAUGCCACUUACUGGAGCGAUCUCGAGCCUUCUUUGUUCGAUAAGACAGUAGCUAUUCUUUUAUUAUUUCGAUGGGUCCCUCUCAGUAAAGACCUGGAGCUCUUGUUGCAGAUCUUGGAAGCUUUUCCCUAUUAGCAAAUGACUUGGAGCAGCUAUCUUGGCACCAUUUGGAUUCUGGCACCAUUUGGAAUGGGAUGGCCUUUCGCUCUCUCUUGAGCUCUCUAGUCUGGUAGAUGCUCACUCUGCGAUCUCUGGGGCGAUCUCUAGGCGCCGAGUAAUCGUCCCAGACUGUAGAUGGUUCGACAGUGCGGCGAGGGCGCGGCUGGCCUAGUCAUGAUUCUAGAAUACGACCCGAGUACGAUCUGGCCUAGAUCUACUCUAGAUAUGUCCCUUGUACGAGUAUGGCUAGCCUUGUCACAGAGUAAACUAGUUAGGGCCUUUCGUAGGCUAAGAUAAUUUAUGCACCGGCGGGAGGGGGGUGCGGAAGUUUAAUAGCUAUUAGCUACGAAAGUAGGGCAUAAGUUGCAUAGGUGAUAGAAUCUUCAUGAUAAAAUCAGGAAUGUACGUCCUAAAAUCACGACUAUGCGUCAGUAUGUUGACAGGCCCCCCUGUAGUUUGCGGAUUGGUCAUCCUAUUAAGUCGCGAGUUGCCUAUAUUUCGACUGUAGUUCGACCGGAGAGCUUGAGCCGCGAGAAGAGGAGUCUUAUCAAGCAGUAACCUGCUAGAGGCUAUUCUGGGAGAACUGCCAGCGAAUAUAGAGCCUCGCUCGUGUUUCGCUGUGUAGUCUUGGCUGUUCUUACCUGAACCGCCACCGCGUGACUUAAUCGCCAUCGCCUUCUUUCUCGUUGUCGCACCUACUGAUACAGAAACUCCGACAGGUCGUUAGCCUUUCUGCGUCCGCGUUGUUGGCUUUGUCGGUGUUGGAGGCGAUGUUUGACUGGAGGUUCGGAACGGCCACCGAUAUUCAUGGAGAAUUCGUGGAGGGUUUUCUUGUAGGCUUGCGCACAUGGGCUGACCUGCGCGACGUGGAUUUGUCCGUGCCAAAUCAAGGAGAUGCCGGCGCGUAUUGCUUAUUAUCCUUGCGGAACUGGUUGGGCCACAACUGCAGCACAGAAGAAGAAAAAAUGGAUCAUCUAACAAGCUUCCUCAACCGCAUGAACGCGGAAAGGCGUAGAAGUAAAGGCGCAGAAUUAAAAGCGCAGAGAAGUAAAAGAGCAGCAGAGAACCAUUCCCAGUGGCGUGGAAUGACUACGAUUCGCCACGAGGUCACGAGGGGAGACCUCAGCGCGAAACUAGGUCGCGUGGAAGCAGAGGAGAUCGCCGAGAAGAAUCCGGCAGCACCCAAGAAGAAGAGGCACAGCUACAAAAGGGGAAUCGACUUGCUGCGCGGAAAGCGGACGCGGGAGGCAAACGAGCGACGAGCAGCAGGCGAAAGCCCUGCGAAAAUCAGUAAGAGCAUGAAUAGCUACUCGGACGAUGAGCAGAGGCGCUUGGCUGUGCGGUUGCUGUGCUCUCACGUUGUUGAAGGUGUAGGUGGUGCGGACGAAAAGCGUCCUGCGAGGGAGGAGUGGGACUCAGAUGAUGACGAGGAGGCGGGGGAAGUAAUGAAGCGCGAGGCGAUCUGGUCAGCGUUGAACAGGAGAAGCAGUACUACAAGGGAAUCAAGUCGGCUGUGCAACGGAUGUGGACUACUGACGAAAGAACUGGCACCAGCUUCCGCAACUUAGUACUUUUACAGACGCGGAGAUGGCUACAGGAUGUGAAGUCCAAGCCGGCGGGCAAUUUAGAGGUCCGGCCUCGGCAGCCGCAUCCAGUAGAGCUGGGUCUUGCUGCAGCCUGCCGGGCUAUCCGCAAGAAGCAGAGCGGCAAAGCGGAUGAUGAGCUGACUGCGCACGAAGAAGUAGAUGACGAGCUAGAUUCUUUUGACGAAAACUACGACGAAGAGCAGGGUGGGGACUUGCUUGACGCUCCAACUACUUGCUCUGUUGUAAGACUAGACUCUCGCGGUGGGGAUAGUAACGAGCAACAACAAGAGCGGUCUUCACCAGUGGAGGGCUGCUCGCCUGAGUGGUUCGCCACAGUGUGAAUUGAUCUACAAGCUCGCGACUUUUCUGCAGUGCGAGUCAACACAGAGGAACGCAGUGGCGGGCAAGUGUUUACUCUGCGGCGAGAAAUACUCCACAGCCAGAAGAUCCUCAGGGACGAGCGGCACAAGACGAGGCUGCGGCUUGCAAGAUUUGGGAGGCGUUGCCGCGCGGAAAGCAGGAAGAUGGGCGGACUUUUCUAGAACGCAAGCAGGGGAGCUUGGUGCGGCCGAAAAAAACGCAGAGUAAGAACAAGAAGAUCAAAGCAGCGGGGAAGGCAGUAGAACUCUCACACUUUGCGCAAAUCAUGCAGCAGACGAAGGAGGCGACGCUGAAGAGGCAGGCGCGCAAAACGGAUGGCGAAACCGUGAAACAAAAAAAGCAGCGGAAGGCCAAAAAGGACAAGGGGAAGCACGUCACAGAAGAAGAACGCGAGGACGAGAUCAAAGGAGGCUGCGCGCUUUUCUUUGAUCUUGAUCGUGACCUGCCGGGGCCGGAGAAUGAUAUGAAGUACCAGCUGAAAGAGAACGACCUUCCCCCAUCAAUGCAGCAAGAUCGCCUGCGCAUGAAAAUGCAUGCCACUGCGACACUUGUGCCGUUACAGAUCUCUGGCUUCAGCUUGGCGGACGGUAGUAAGAGAGGGACGCGCAGCAUCUGCGAGCGAUUCGCUGACAGGAUAACAGCGUCUGCGGUCGGCACACGUGCGAAGACGUGGCUAAGAGUCAUAAAUGAGACCACGACUGACCCCAUUACGACUGCAGGAGCGCAGUCUACUCGCCGUUUUCGAUUUCCGGAGGAUGGAGAAGUAGCUGCUGGCCAUCUCGCGGCGCUGUUUGCUGUUCGAACGGGGUUCAUCCUUGACCGCGUCCGGAACGUGCUCAAGGACUCAAGAUAUGUUUGCGCCGACAGCUCCAAACUACAAGAAGAAUUCGAGAAGUAUCGCAGCGGCGCCGUCCUGCGUGGUCGACCGUGUUGGAAGAUGUUGCAAGGCGAAAACGUGCGGACCUACCGGCGGUGCCUUGUCUUGUGCGGCGAGGCGCUCCGGACUUUGAGCGUCGGCCGCGUGGGCCAAGCUUUCGACGACUUCCCCGGCUAUCAAGGUUUCUCUGAUGGGGUGCAGAAAUAAAAAGCCAAGUCACAUAAUUAACAUAAGAAGCGCCGCACUGUUCAAGUAGUUGAUACCUCAGCACGCUCUUGACUUAGAUUUUUUCAUGUGCAUGCUUGUGGUCAGUUCUCCUGCAAUUCAACAACACCCUUACAAUUUAUGUCAUCGCUGUUUCGUCUUAUCGAAAGCACUAACUUAAUUAUGGAUCAAGAUCUAAUCAGUGUUGUAGUUCUCUUCGUCUGUCAUGAGUGUACUCUUUUACUGUGUAGCUUGCUUGGUGCGUCGCUUAAUCACUAGCCCCAAAAUGAAAAAGAGCGCUGCUGUCGUGGUCGUUGUUCAUAUUAGUGCUACAACCUCCUCCAUAAGAUCACGACUUCUAGCAUUGCGAUGACAAGGCCACAGGCUUGCUAUUCUUGGGGGGCGACAUUGUUGCGCUGCUGCGUGGACGUCUCAGCUGCUGCUCCUGGUUCACGAUGUCUUCGAGUAUCUCCUACAAGACGCGACGACACUAGGCCCAGCAGGUUGCGAAGGUGAUGAUGUGGAUUCGGUGGACAAGUCGAGCAGAAGUGGGGCAGUCUUUGGCUACAACGUCGCCAGACUUUGCGGCGAGAGUUGCAGCGGGCAGACCUCGGAUCUCAUGAAAAAUUAUGAGAGAAGUUGAGCUUCUACUCUGGAUGCUUCAGACAGGUAGUGGCUGCAUACUCGAAAAAAGCUCCUUCUUUUCAAAAGUUUUCACCAGAAAAGAAGCUGGACGCUUCAAAUUAUUUCUAUGCAAAAGCAUCACUUUCUAUCGUAUUAAAAUAAGAGUCGAGACUUUUCUACAUAACUUCCGCUAACUGGCUGCUUUGCGUCUGAGCAACUUGCGGAGAAGUUGCAGAAGGAGGGCGCGAGCUUGUUUGCGAGUUUUCAGGCCUUCUGACUUUCGCGCCAGGAGCAACGGGUGUGGACUUUGCAGAGGACACUGACUGAGGCGUCCCGCGGCUGCAACUAGAGGGGAAGUUGCUUAGGGAAUCAACUCAGUCACUCAUCAGUAGACCACCUCCCUCGUAGGUAAUUCCUCUCGUUUCUAGCGUACUUCUGACUUGAUUCCGUAGCGCUUCCAUCCGUGUGCAUUUCAAUGAAGCGCGACCUUUUAUCCCAUGAAAACCAGCUGGAUGACUCCCCAGCGAAACGCCAUAGCUGGAACAGAAGACAAACACCGCGACAGACUUCUGCCUGGCAUUAGACUGCCACGACAGCAUUCUGCGUUUCGAUAGUUGGAAGAAAAAUGAAACCUGUGCUGGAGCCUACCACAGAGAGGGGAACUGGCAGGGGGACUUGGAGAAGCGAAGUCGGUGGUAGGAGCUUGCCGACGCUCGUGAAGAGAGUAGAAAGAAGAGGAUGGCGGCGUGUUCCUGGAACAGUGGCAAAGCUGUAAAUGCUUGUCUCACACAAGAAAGGAGAUGGCGCCGCUGUCUGGGGUGUGCUCGUGAUCGGUAGCUAAAAGCUUGAAGAAGCACAGGAUCCUCGUUCUGGCUCCGUUAACAAGAUCCGAAGAGCUUGGUGGUGGGGGGAGAUCAUUGCAGUAGUUGGCUUAUUUAUAGGCACGCUGAAAAGUGCGGGAGUGUCUCUGAUCAUGUUGAGGGAAGUGGUAUCUCUCUGCUGACUUUCUACCCACACGCUGGCUAUGGUUUCGUAGUAGAGACUUGACGUCUUUCAUUUUCUACUUGGUAGUGGUAUUAGUAUCAUCGAGAGUCUAUCUUUCUACGAUCGCUCGCAACAACAUCCAAAAAAGUUUAGCCUAUAAAACUUACACUCCUUGGAAAAAGCUCAGAAAAAAAAUAGUCGCUCGCUCUCUCUCUUUGCUAUACGAAUUUCGGGCGCAGGCGAUUGCCUCAGAAGCAACAAAAUCCAGCACCAGGAUGCCGAAUAACAACGGAGGCGCCAGCUCGCCGAAGAAGAAGGCUCUGAAGGCCCGCGACUCCCUGCGUGCUGCGUGCGACGUGUGUUCGACCGUCAAUCUGGAGGCGUCGACUUCUUGGCUAGAGAUUAGCUGACGACUGAAAUUCUUCUCAAGUUCUUAGACACACCCUCGCGAUUUCUCCUACCUAUCCACUAUCACGGCCUGCAAAAUCAUGAUACUCAGCUACCCACUCACUUGCUCCCUAAUAAAUUACCUGCUUCACUACAACCCAAACCAUCCAAAACCAUAACAGCAAGAGCCGAACGUCGUGCACAACGUUCGGGAGGUUUUCCGUGACAACAACCGCAGGAACAAGAAGAAAACUGAGAAGGCGACUCUGACGCCAGGGCCCGUCCCUUUACGUUCUGACGCCAUAAACGCGGCCCAGCAGGCGAUGGCUCGUCGUACGUAGCCAGAAGGCACGCGCGAUUGCUGCACUUGUCCAGGGCUGCAAAGUGGCUGAGUCCAUCGCUUCGGAACAACGUUGGCUGUCAGGGUUUUCUCUCCGUUUACUUCAUCUAGGUUCUUUUCCAUGAGAGUCGAAGUCCUUCUUGAGAUCAAAGUGAGCGACUCGCCAUAAGUACCCUCAUCCCAUAGAAAACGCUCCACGUCAUCCCUUGCAGGGCGCUUUGCAGACCUGUGGGGAAUCGCAGACGACUCGCGCCGCAGCCGCCCGCAUGCUCCGCGCAAUUGGACGCUGCAUCAACAUGAUGGAGAACACCGAGCGGAUCACGUGCUUGGAGCGCAUCGCUUUGGUCGUGUUUGAGUACGGGACUACUCACGCCAGGGGCGACAGAUCCGGACCUUAUAACUUGACCCAGAUGCGUGACUGGUAAUUACCUUUUUUGGGAUUUUGGUCGAGUGGUGGACACGCACUACUUUCAUACGAGUGGGGAAGUGGAUGGCUUUUUUUUUAUCUGUGCAGGCAUGAUUCAGAUCUUCGUCUAUUAUCGCACCAUUGUGCGUCAGAUCUGGGCUUUCUCUAAAAUAUAAGAUCCGUCGUUUGCGCCUAGUAUUCAGUCUCUUAAUACCUCACAUCGCCGCAGGAUGCAGACCAGCGCGGACAUUUUGGAACACGUGAACUGCUUGCAGCAGUUCUACGAUGGUAUCAGCGAACACAUCAACCGCGGCGAGUUCACCAAGAUCAAGGAAUUAGCUACGCGCGCAAUUGCUCAGGGGCCGGCUAAUUCGGUUCUCCGCAAGUACUUCCAGAACCUCACGACUCAGGAGAGGAGGUGACGAGAGCUCUGCGGGUAUCUUUAUUCGCAAUCGUUCAAGUAUGUAACUUUAUACCUGUGUGAAUAUUCGUGCGCGUCAGCUGCUGAGUACUCCGAGAGAUGAACUACAUACAUACUGAGAAACGAGAGAGCCACUUACUUGCCCCCAUAGGUAUUACUCAUUAGCGAUCGCAUCCCCCUCCCCUCCGGGCAAUCCGUGCUGCUGUCAAGGACGGCAACGAAGAGAAGAUCAAGACCGAGCAACGCGCGGCCGAUUUGAAUGGCAUGGCGAUCGCUCUGGCCGUGGCCACUAUCCAGGAUUGUCAAUGGGGCUUCUUCCUGAAGCUGCUGACCAUGUGCGUUUCGCAGUGCUGGAGCUUGGCCCUCGAUCGCUGCCCGUGGAAGUUGGUGCUUUCUAGUCUUUUCAUUUCGCUACGCAGAUGGGAGAGCGAUGGAAGAAGAGCACGACCCCAGUGAGAAAGCUUCCCAGGCUAAACUACAUACCACGGAAAUUAGUCGACAUUUAGGGCCUAGGUGUGUUGAGUUCUAUCCAUAAGUCUUAACUCUACAGCUUGAUGGGCCUCGCUGUCGCGCCUGGCUUGUGAUAUUGGCGACGCGCAUCGCCAUCCCGUUGACGGCUCCUGUGUUUCUUGGCUUGGCUUUGCUCUUCAGCGUGAUCGUCCCCGUGGGAGCCGGCCUUCGCGUACUUCAAACGAAAGCGAUGCUGAUGUAAAUAGAUGAGUUGUGGCUUCGUAGUAAGAGAUAGAGAGAAAGGCUACAGGCUGUCCUCGAUAACGUGGCACAUUUUUCAUAUCUAGAUGCCUAAAACAAACCCCACCGAGAAAGUAGAGAGAUAGAACGCGUUACAUACUCAGCUCUGGCUGAGAUUAUAAGCAUCCUGCUGCCUUAAUAAAUUUGCAUCCGCACCUCUUACAGAGCCGCGCGCUGGAGAAAUCGACGCCGGUGGGUAAGCUGCGCCGCAAAAUUCAGGCCUUGCGUGAUAGGGCGCACCCUGCCGACGUGCAGGAGUUCAUCCACAACCUGAACGCCAUGCGCUCCCACAUCACGAGCAAGCAGCUUGACCGCCUGGGCAGUUGUCGCGACUUCUUCAAGAAGUUCGAGGCGGAGCCCACGAGAGGCUUCGCGCCUGUUGCGAAGUUGGUGAUCGCUUUUCGCGAUGCGAUUGGUGGCUUCGUCUUGAGCACGCGUGACCAUGUGGAGAAGAUCGCGCGCUUCAUGGACGAAAUUAACAGCGCAGAGACCCUGACGGAGAUGAAGGAUGCGCUGGCGAGUGUCUGCGUCGCGUUUGUUCGCGAAGUGGCAAGCGAUGCCUUCAAGAAGAUGGGCCAGAAGCUGGCGCAAAGUGAUAAAAUUUAGGUCGGAGCUAGACACUUCCUUGCUGUCCCUCAGUAAUUCACUCGGUUAAGUGGACGCUUUACCUUUAUCGCAUUUCAGAGCAGCUACCCCCUCACCCACCUGCAACGCCUUAAAAAUGAGACGCCCCACAUCCAUGAUUAACCUCUCACGAAAACACAGCGCCAGACAGACUUGCCGAAGGACGCCAUGGACGUGCUUAACGGUAUGGCGAAUACUUGGCACUUCGUGGCCCUAUCGCAAAUCGCGUCUCUCUUACGCGCAGAAGAUCGACACGGCUACGCGCGCGAUCAGUCCACAAGGUCUAGGAGACGGCGCUGCGCAGCAGAGCAACCGCGUCCAGUUCUACCUGCAACAGGAUCAGCAAGGACAGGGGGACGCAGCGGGUGCCGCAGCUGAUGGGGAUGAUGAGGCAGCAGAGGAGGAGAACGGCAUCGACGUGGAGUUCAUCGGGGAACAAGCUGCAGAAAACAACGACGACAGCGGCGACGACUUGUAAGCAUGUCGUAGAAGGCCGCAAAGAGUAGAGAUAAGUGGUCAAGAGAAAGUUUGACUUUUUUCGGGAUGUUGUAGUAGUCUAGCGCUUCUUCAGGCAGCACAGUAGUGCUAGGAGAGCAAAGAAGGACUACACGACUUGCGCAGAGUUGCGCGCCCUCGCUUGUUCUAUUCGUAAGCGUAGUGUUAUUGCUUGGCUAGUGGAGAGAUUAGAUAUAGGCGAGAGCCGUAACUAAAGCAUGGCGCCCCGCAGUCUUCCUCUGCAGUUGGUCACGUCUAGAAGAUUCAUGGGCACCCUUUGGAGUAAUUUUAGUCUUUUCAUUGUUUUGCUACUUUGUCGUGGUCUGUGGCUCCCGUGAUCUGAUGCGUUGUCUCACCUACGUAGUUCGGAACUCGCAGCAUCCAAGUGCUACACAGUAUGAAUUUACUUCGAUCAUGGUUGUCUUUGAAAAGUGUCGCUUUCUCUUGUUCUUGUCCUAUUAGUCUAUCUGCUUCUCCAGUUCUUGCGACUUUCUAGCGUCAGGCUUUUUCGCUCUUAUGUCUAUCCCUUCUUGCGUAGCGUCGGUCUUGUACUGGAUAGCAUUGCGUAGGCCCGUGAUGUCGCUCACUGAAGUCGGCGGAUUUUAUGGGAGGCAACUCAUGAGAUAGAAGGAAUUCAUAUAAUGAGGAGCAAAGACGCAACAUAUCAGAGACGCUAGCGGCUUCAUGUUUGUAGUUUCGCCUGUAAGACUAUCGGCUGUUUCUUCUGAUUGCCGGCGAGUAGUUUCACUCUGCAGAUAUAAGCACGAGAGAAAUAAAAUUCAUGACGACGAAAGCAAUAGACUUACUCUAAAGAUUUAGCGUCUGUUCGAAAGCUAUGAAGAUAUCACGCGCAGACUUAUGAACCCGAUCCACCGACUCACUUCGCCCGAGACGCCGCAGCGUUCUUUUCAGGACGUCAUGGUAGUCAGGGUAUCAAUUUCUACCCUCAUUCAACAGAAGCGCCCCCCUCUCCUCGUGAGCUUUCUCGACAUGUGCCCCCAGCACGAUAAAAAAGCACGGCGCUGAACAUGGAAAGGGUGCGAAGACUUUAAGUAAAGACGUACCCGAACACAACAGAACGCAUAUGAGAAAAGUGGCUAUGCGCCUAGUGUGCUAUUGUAGGCCGGCCCUACUAUAGGUGGGGGCUCGAGUGCCAGACUUCGCGGGCAGGAUUGGCUUGCUGUUUCCCAAGUGUUGCGUCUGUUUUCGGUUGAAGAUUCUAAUCAGGUGAGCGAAACAGACCAGAGGAGCAGGAUGAGGGUGAGGAAGAAAACAAGACGAAGAUGGGGGUCGCUCGGUCCGUGGUCUGUGUCUGUUCUGAGAGCUGUGAAGACCUGUGGGGGCGCUCUGUAUUUUCAAUGUUGUCGGCCCAGCAACCUCCCACGAAAUCCGAGAGACGAGAGCGACCCUUUCCUCCCGCGUUUUUCCUUUUUCCUCGUACCCGUUUGAGCGGUUGCGCCCCGCCCGAUUCUUCCGGCUGUGUAAGUUUCUAGAAAUUGCAGGGGUGGGCUGAUUAUGGGGGUGCUGUGUUCAGCUUUCGCUUGGGCGGCCUUGUGCUUAUUUCUAGAGCGAGCUCCCUUCUUGAGGCUGAGGCAGUGAGUCCUUAUCCCUCCAAGCUGUCGCCCUCGACUGUGGGUUUUGUGUCUCGCUCUCUGCGUUUUCUAUCGCUGGACUUUCUCUCGUAAGUCUUGGCAGGUACGCACUUAGCCGGGUACUCUGCCGCGCCAUUUGAUGCGGGUCUCUCGUCCGCUGGUAGAAGGCAUGGAUGCGCCGAAGGGUCUUCGACUGUGUUCGACAUUCAUGAAAGCGGAAGCUUUUCGCUCCCUUGAAAACAUGGGAGGAAGAGGCGCCGAGUGUAGUCCUGUCCAAAAUUGGACAGCAUCAGUAAACUGCUUCGCUUUUUCUGUAAAAGUUGAAGAGUUAAGUUUGGAAGCUCGCAAUCGUGUCGGAUCCGCGUGGGAUUCUGCGUCUCGUCUUGGUAGUGUUGAUCAUGAAAGGCCCCCCCUGUUUUGAUCAAGAGAGAGCGCAGGUUUUCAGUGCUAGAGCCGUAGGCUAAAAAGUGGCUAUUUGUAAACUUUCCACCUCAAUCCCAAUGGAAGUGCCUCGGUUUUUAAGGGGACAGCGACAGGGGGCAGUGACGCUGACUGGCCACCUACAUAAUGCUCGCCUUGCCUACCUUGUGUUCUUGCAUCUGACUACUGCCAGCACGUCUGUAGCUUCGCUAUCGAUCCAGGAGACCCCGCGGCGGCUGCCUUGGUUGUUGCGGCUCCGUGAGCGCUCUCAGAGUAGCCGCACCGCGUCGGAAGAUUCAAAAGCUUGCCCACUUCUGUAACCUCGUGCGCAAUUCUCUGCCCCAUAUUUAUUUUCAGCCGAGGGCACCAGCGCGCCUUGUGCGCGGUAGUUGGAUGGCGCGUGGUUGUGACUUGUCCUCAGGUUAGGUCAUGGGCCUACUGUGGGCGACUUGUGUCGCGCUGGCUGUCUGCCUCGUGUUUGGCUCGUGCUCUCCCGGGUGAAGCUCGUGAACGAGGUGCGCGCGCCAUGCCAAUACCGAGCAGGUGGCCUCUGCUUCUUGAAGGCUGCAGUCUACUGCCGACGCUGGUUAGCUCAGUGGACCCCCUGCAGAUGCCGGGCUUUCUUCUUGUCUUCCGGUGGCGGAUUGGGUCAAGCUGUGCCGCUCUGUCUUUUUUCCCCUCGCUGGGUAUCGAGGAGGAGGCCCAGCCCCAAGCAGGUGAAGAGAGUCCGCGGGCAGGUUCUGCUGGGUCUCUUGCCGUUUAAGUUCGUGCGCAGCUGGUUCGGCUUCCGUUUUCGUGUGGUUGUGGUGUGUUGGUUGGUGCAUGAUUGUCGCGCGCUGCUCUGCCUUGCUCUCGUGUGUCUUUUUCUAGUGUGUUCAUCCUUUGGCCUUUUUCCCCCGGUGAAAUUAGCAAAAAAAAUCGACACACAAACCGGAAGAGUGAGAACCUUGCAGGGCGUGGCUUGUGGUGGGGUCUUGCUGAGUUGGGCUUGUGGUGGUUGGGUUUUGCAAGGAUUCGGCUGCCGGCUGUUGCAGGCACGGAUAGAACUGAGGCCGGCUGCUCUCCUCACGUCCGACGGGCCAGGCAUUUGGGACUGACGUGGGCAAGUUGCCAACAGUGUGGAUGAAGACUCUGCCCCCCGCCCUCUGCGUGCACUUUCCCCGCCAUUGGGUGCCUCCGCUUCCCCGGCUCCUUCCCUUCGCGACAGCCGUCGGGCUGAGUCGAUCGGCAGGGCAGCACAAUAGCCGGGCCUGGAAGUGGGAGGCUUAGGGGCUUGCUGGUCUUCUGUUAGGUUCGUUUGAUGAAGUCAAAGACUGUGGCACUGCCAACGUUUAAAAUUUUGAAAAUCGUGGAAGUUUUAACUUCAUCGAAAAAAAAUGGACUGAAGGGCCAGGGUGGCAAGUUGUAGGCCUCGGUCCAUGGGCUCUUGGGUUCAGGGAGUGGUAGGUGGGCUGGGUUUGUUUGUUUGUUUGUUUGUUUGUUUGUUGCUUCGUCUGUUGAUAAGAGGAGAGAGCGGAGAAAUUUUGUACGGGGGUCGCGUGUAGUUUUUGGCUCUGGUGCUUUUGGUUCGGGUGUAUGUGGUUGAGAGAUUGGCGGGGGCGUUGUCGCUUUUCUUUUUCGCUCUUUGAGUGUUCAUCUGGCUGCACUCUUCUACUUCUAACUUUACUGGUUGUAAUGGAUGUCGAUUUUCUCAAAGGGACGAUGGAUGACUUGGCGCGUGAAGCAGGUGG